GUGGGACGCCCUGAGCAGAGUCAGCGUUCCCGGCCUGGACGCCUCGGCUGGAGGGACUGCUGUCAGGAGGACGAACAGAACUACACGGCGCCCGCCUGUAGUUUUGUUUUCUACUGAGGGCUUCCUGCGCCGCUCGGCUGCUCUUCUGGACUUUCUGACUGUUUCUGGAUAAAGGUUUUAGAUUUGCUGCCCCCCCCCGCCCCGCUGAGGGCCCCCCAGGCAUCCUUGUGCUGACAGGGUGCCGACCGUGAUGUCAACACAGGCGCCGACGUUUACUCAGCCGCUACAGAGCGUCGUGGCACUAGAGGGUAGUGCCGCCACGUUCGAGGCUCAAGUUAGUGGUUCUCCAGUUCCUGAGGUGAGCUGGUUCCGUGAUGGCCAGGUUCUUUCCGCCGCAGCUCUGCCCGGCGUCCAGUUCUCGUUCAGCGACGGCCGCGCUGUUCUGAGGAUCCCCGCUGUGAAUGCCGCACACAGCGGGCGCUUCUCCGUCAGAGCUACCAACGGCGCCGGGCAAGCUACCAGCACCGCUGAGCUCCUGGUUACAGCCGAGACGGCGCCUCCCGCCUUCCUUCAGAGACUCCAGAGCUCCUCUGUGAGUCAGGGCAGCCAGGUGAGGCUGAGCGUCAGAGUUUCAGGAAUCCCCACACCUGUGGUGAAGUUCUACAGAGAAGGAGCCGAGAUCCAGAGCUCCACCGACUUCCAGAUCCUCCAGGACGGAGACCUCUACAGUCUGCUGAUCGCAGAGGCCUUCCCGGAGGAUUCUGGGACGUAUUCAGUGACGGCUACCAACAGCAGCGGACGCGCCACGUCCACCUGCGAGCUUCUGGUCCAAGGAGAAGAAGUUGUUCCCAUUAAGAAAACAAAGACUAUCAUGUCCACGUCCCAGAUGGAGACGUCUGGGUCCAGAGUUGAGAGGAUGGAGGCCAGUUUCCAGGCCACCACCAUGAUGGAGAUGCACGUCGAAGGAGGAAUCAUGACUCAGCACAUCGCUCACAAAACCCCCCCGAGGGUCCCCCCGAAACCCACCUCCAGGUCCCCCCCGUCCUUCGUAUCCAAGGUAACGGGAGGCCGGCAGCAGUCCCCGUCCCCUGUAAGACACGUGAAGGGGCCGACGCCCGCACCUGUCAGACCCGUCUCUCCCUCCAGCAGGAUGUCCGUCUCUCCCAUCAGACCCGUCAGGUCUCCUGUGAUGAGCAGAAAACAGGUUUCAGCCUCUGCAGAGGUCCUGCCGCCCUGGAAGCAGGAGGACUACGUGGCUGAAGGCUACACCAGUAUGACCAGUAUGAGCAGCUCCACUCAGAUGCACAUGGAGAAACAGUGGGAGCACCAUGUGGCCGGUUGCAGAGAGGAGGCGGUCGCUGUGCCAAUCAGAGCCCAGGAGCCUGCUGUCCCGCCCACUAUCAUGGCAGGACUGAAGAACCUGACGGUGACAGAGGGCGAGUCGGUAACCCUGGAAUGCCAGAUCAGCGGUCAGCCCACCCCCGUCAUCAUGUGGUUCAGAGAGGACUACAAAAUCGAGAGUUCAAUCGACUUCCAGCUGAGCUACGAGAGCGGCUUCGUCCGGAUGACGAUCCGUGAGGCGUUCGCCGAAGACAGCGGCCGCUUCACGUGCACCGCCACCAACGAGGCUGGAACCAUCAGCACCUCCUGCUACCUGCUGGUUAAAGUGUCAGAGGACAUAGAGAGCAGAGAGGAGAUGGUGACGGUCACAGAAACAGGAAUCACACAGGCCAAAGCCUUUGCCGUGGAGACGAGGGAGCAGACGGAGGUGAGCACCGGAGAAUCUGCUGCUCCCUUCUUCAUUAAGAAACCCGUCCCCCAGAAGCUGGUGGAGGGAGGGAGUGUCGUGUUUGAGUGUCAGAUCGCAGGAAACCCCAAACCUCACAUAAUUUGGAAGAAGAGUGGCGUUCCGCUCACCACUGGAUACAGAUACAAAGUUGCCUACAAGAAGGACACUGGAGAAUGCAGACUGGAGAUCUCUAUGACUUUCGCUGACGAUGCUGGAGAAUACUCUGUCUUUGCUAAGAAUCCGCUUGGAGAAGCCUCAGCCUCUGCCAUCCUACUGGAUGAAGAGCAAUAUGAAGCCUACAUGAAGCAGCAGGAUGUGACCUAUAAAACCGAAGUGACAACCACCGUGAUCCAGGAACCCCCUCCAGUCGUGACUCAGUACGAGUUCGAACAAAGGAGGGUGACGACUCCAAUGAGCUUCGUCUCAGAGACGGAGUUCAUGAUUUCAGCGUUUGAAGAGAGGAUCAUCCAGGAGAUCGAGAUCCGCAUCUUGAGGAUCUCCUACAGAGAGUUGGUCACGGAGGACGGAGAGCUGAUGGUGACUGUCGCAGAGGACCAGGCUCUGCAGCCGGCCUUCGAAACACCAGUGAAAAACUAUCGGAUCAUGGAGGGAAUGGGAGUCACCUUCCACUGCAGGGUGUCUGGAACGCCGCUGCCCAAGAUUGUUUGGUACAAAGAUGGUCAGCGCAUCAGACCCGGUGGGCGGUACCAGAUGGAGGUUCUCCAAGAUGGACGAGCCAGCCUCCGUAUGUCUGUGGUCCAACCAGAGGAUGAAGGAGUGUACACAGCCUUCGCCUCCAACAUGAAGGGAAAUGCUGUCAGCUCUGGGAAGCUCUACGUGGAGCCCUCUGGAGGUGUAACCCCUCCCAGAUACACGCCACAGCCGUCCAUGCAGCGGAUCAGAUCCGCCUCUCCUCGCUCCCUGAGCCGCUCCCCCGGUCGCUCUUCGAGCCGUUCGCCAGGACGUUCUCCUGCUCGCCGACUCGAAGAGACAGAUGAAGCUCACCUGGAUAGACUCUACAAACCAGUGUUUGUCCUUAAGCCUUCCUCCAUAAAGUGCUCAGAGGGUCAAACCACCAGAUUUGACUUGAAGGUUGUCGGCAGGCCAAUGCCUGAAACCUACUGGUUCCAUAACGGACAACAAAUCGUCAAUGACUUCACACAUAAGAUAGUGAUUAAAGAGGACGGUACCCAGUCCCUGAUCAUCGUCCCGGCUGUUCCAAAAGACUCCGGAGAAUGGACGGUUGUGGCUCAGAACAGAGCUGGACGAACGUCUGUAUCCGUAACUCUCUCAGUUGAACCCAGAGAAAGCGUAUCCAGACCACAGUUUGUUGAAAAGCUGAAGAACAUCACCGUGAGGCAGGGAACGCUGGUGGAACUGGCUGUCAAAGCCAUUGGAAACCCCCUGCCAGACAUUGUUUGGCUGAAAAACAGCGACAUCAUCAGCCCACAGAAGCACCCACACAUCAGGAUUGAAGGAAUCAAAGGAGAAGCCAAAUUUCAAAUCCCUUCAGCUGCUGGCUCUGACAGUGCCUGGUACACAGCCACAGCCAUCAACAAGGCUGGCAGAGACACCACCCGCUGCAGAGUCAACGUUGAAGUCAACCACGCUGCCCCUCAGAUUGAGAGGAAGCUCAUAAUUCCUAAAGGAACCUACAAGGCCAAGGAGAUCGCAGCUCCUGAACUGGAGCCGCUCCAUAUGCGCUAUGGCCAAGAGCAGUGGGAGGAAGGUGACCUUUAUGACAAGGAGAAGCAACAGAAACCAGUGUUCAAGAAGAAGCUGACCUCCAUCAGGAUGAAGCGUUUCGGUCCGGCUCAUUUCGAGUGUAGGCUCACUCCCAUCGGAGACCCCACAAUGGUGGUGGAGUGGCUGCAUGACGGGAAGCCUCUGGCUGCUGCUAACAGGCUGCGGAUGGUCAACGAGUUUGGCUACUGCAGCCUUGACUACGAGGUUGCUUACGCUAGAGACAGCGGCGUGAUCACCUGCAGAGCUACCAACAAGUUUGGAGUUGACCAGACCUCAGCUACCCUGAUUGUCAAGGACGAGAAGGGCCUCGUCGAGGAAUCCCAGCUCCCUGAAGGCAGGAAGGGAGCCUAUCGAAUGGAUGAAAUUGAGCGUUUUGCUCAUGAAGGAGGGCCUGCAGGGGUCAGCCUUGAUGAAGAAUCUGAAAAGACAAAACCUGAUAUUGUCUUGCUUCCAGAACCAGCAAGGGUGCUGGAAGGGGACAUCGCUCGGUUCCGCUGCAGGGUGACUGGCUACCCGGCUCCAAAGGUUAAUUGGUACCUUAACGGACAACUCAUCCGCAAAAGCAAGAGAUACCGACUCCGUUACGAUGGAAUCUACUACCUGGAGAUCGUAGAUGUCAAGUCCUACGACUCUGGUGAGGUCAGAGUAGUUGCAGAUAACCCAUUAGGCACGACCGAGCACACCGUGAAGCUGGAGAUCCAACAGAGAGAGGACUUUAGAUCAGUACUGCGGCGUGCCCCAGAACCCAAAGCUGCUGAGGUCUCUCAUGACUCCGGCAAGAUCGGAUUUGAUAUCGUCAAGGUAGACAGACCUAGCGAGGUCCCACAAGACAGGGAAGUCGUUAUGCUACGUAAGGCCCAGAGAAUUGUUCAUGAGAAAACCUCAGAGGAGUCCGAUGAGCUAAAGAGCAAGUUCAAGCGCAGAACGGAGGAGGGUUUCUACGAGUCUAUAUCUGCAGUCGAGUUCAAGUCUCGCAAGAGGGACGACUCCUAUGAAGAUUUACUAAAGAAGACUAAAGAUGAGCUGCUUCAUCACAUGAAGGAGGUAGAAGAGGCUGAAAGGAGGAGGCUGGAAGAGCAAGGCAACAUCACCAUCCCCACGAUCAAACCAGAGAGGAUCCAGCUGUCACCCAGCAUGGAGGCUCCACACAUCCUGGAACGCAUAGCAAGCCAGACUGUUUCUCCAAAAGAUGAGGUUCACUUUAGAGUCAGAGUGGUUGGCAGACCUGAGCCUGAGUGCCAGUGGUUCAAGAACGGUGUCCUGCUUGAAAAAUCGGAGCGUGUCUACUGGUAUUGGCCAGAAGAUAAUGUGUGUGAACUGGUAAUCCUAGAUGUUGCAGCAGAGGACUCUGCUAGCAUCAUGGUCAAGGCCAUAAAUGUCGCUGGAGAGUCCUCCAGCCACGCCUUCCUCCUGGUGCAAGCCAAGACAGCCAUUAGUUUUACUCAAAACCUAGCAGAUGUCAAUGCCAAUGAGAAGGACACCAUGGUGACCUUUGAAUGUGAAACCAACGAACCAUUUGUCAAGGUCAAAUGGCUGAAGAAUGAUGAAGAGAUUUUCUCAGGAGACAAAUACCGAAUGCAUUCUGACAGGAAGGUCCACUUCCUGUCUGUGCUAAUGAUAGAAAUGAGUGAUGAUGCCGAAUACUCCUGUGUUGUCAUUGACGACGAAAACAUCAGGACAAGCGCAAGGCUGCAAGUAGAAGGUGCUGCCCUGGAGCUUAUCAAACCCCUGGAGAGCAUCGAGGUACCAGAGAGCUACGCUGGGGAGUUUGAGGUUGAGGUGUCCCGCGAAGAUGCUGAGGGAACGUGGUUCUUUGGAGAGAAGGAGCUCUCUCCCAGCAGCAAAUAUGUCAUAUCCUCCCGCCGAGGACGACACACACUGGCCGUUAAGGACGUCAGGAAGGAAGACCAGGGAAAGUACACCUUUGUUUGUGGAGAUCUGAGCACCAGUGCCGCGCUAAAAAUGAAAUUGCGCCCAGUGACCCUGAUGCAACCGCUGACUGACCUCACUAUCUGUGAGGGGGACAUUGCUCAACUGGAGGUCAGGUUCUCUCAGGAGAACGUAGAAGGAAACUGGCUUAAAAACGGCCAAGCAAUCUCCUCCUCAGACCGUGUCCACAUCGUCAUUGACAAACAUGUACACAAACUGCUAGUGGAGAACGUCAGCAGAGAAGAUACGGCGUCCUACUCCUUCAUAGUUCCAACUCACGACAUCUCCACCUCGUGCAAGCUCAAUGUUCAGACCAUUGACAUUGUGGUGCCGUUGAAGGACGUUUCGUCCACCGAGGGCACGAAGGCGGUCCUUGAGUCCAAGAUCUCUGCUCAGGACAUCAGCUCCGUCAAAUGGUACCACAACGACAAACUGCUGAUGCCCAGUGACCGCGUCCAGGCCGUGGCAAAGGGUGCCAAGCAGCGCCUGGUCUUCACCAGGACCUUUGCUUCAGACGAAGGACGAUACAAACUGGUGGUUGGCAAGGUGGAAACCAGCUGCAACCUGACUAUUGAACAGGUCCAGAUUGUGAAGCACAUGGAGGACAAAGUCUGCUCAGAGUCCCAGAACGUUACCUUCAGUGUGGAAGUUUCACAUCCUGGUAUCGACCCCCUGUGGACCUUCAGAAACCAGCAGCUUAAGGCUGGGGCCAAAUACAAGAUAGAGUCCAAGGGUACUUCUCACUCUCUGGUGGUCUUUGACACCAUGAAGGAUGAGGAGGGCCAGUACAUGUUCCACGCUGGGGAAAAGACAUCCAGUGCUCAGCUCACUGUCUCUGGUGGAGCCAUCACACGUCCACUGCAGGACGUGGCGGUCGCCGAGUCUCAGACUGCUGAGUUUGAAUGUGAAGUCGCCAAUGCAGAUGCUGAAGGCAAGUGGCUGAAGGACGGUCAGCCCGUGGACUUCAAUGACAACACUGUGAGCGAGGUGAACGGGGCGGUCAGACGCCUCGUCAUCGUCAUCACCCGACCGCAGGAUGUCGGAGAGUACACCUAUCAGGUGGCCAACUCUAAAACCAGCGCCAACCUCAAGGUGGAGGCGGUGAAGAUCAGGAAGACUUUAAGGAACCAGACAGUCACAGAGACCCAGGAGGCCGUGUUCUCACUGGAACUCACCCACCCGGACGUGAAAGGAUCCCAGUGGAUCCGGAACGGAGUUGAACUGCAGAACAGCGACAAGUUCGAGAUCAUCUCAGAGGGAACGAUCCAGGCUCUGAAGGUCAAGGACUGCAACACACAGGACGAGACGGUUUAUUCCUUCAAACUGGGAAAACUGUCCGCCAACGCCAGACUCAACGUAGAGACGAUCAAGAUUGUCAAGAAGAUUAAGGAUGUGAAAUCCCUGCUGGACGGCACAGCCUCCUUCGAGCUUAGCCUGUCGCACGACAACGUCCCUGUGAAGUGGAUGUUCAAGGGCGUCGAGCUGAAGUCGAGCGAGAAGUGCAAGAUUCUGUCGGAGAGAAAAGCUCACAAACUGAUCCUGCAGAACGUGGACAGCAGCAACGCAGGAGAGUACACAGCUGUGGUUGGACACCUGCAGUGCAGCGCCGUGCUUACUGUAGAGGCUCUUUGCGUCACCAAACCUAUGAAGAGUGUGGAGGUCCCUGAGACUCAGGUGGCCACGUUUGAGUGUGAAGUGUCCCACUUCAACGUGCCCUCCACCUGGCUCAAAGACGGCGUGGAGAUCGAGAUGAGUGAGAAGUUCCGCAUUGUGGUUCAGGGAAAACUGCACCAGCUUACGAUCAUGAACACCAGCAGGGAAGACUCUGCCGAGUACACCUUCAUCUGUGGGAACGACCGCGUGUCUGCGACGCUCACCGUCAACCCCGUCCUGAUCACCUCCAUGCUGAAUGACCUGAAUGCUCAGGAGAGAGACACCAUCACCUUUGAGGUCACUGUCAACUACGAGGGCAUCAGCUACAAAUGGCUGAAGAACGGCGUAGAGGUCAAAUCAUCAGAAAGGUGUCAAGUCCGCAGCAAGCAGCUCACGCAUUCACUUACGAUCCGCAACGUUCAUUUCGGAGACGGAGGAGAGUACCAGUUCGUAGCAGGCUCUGCUGCCAGCUCUGCUAACCUCUUUGUUGAAGCUCGCGUGAUAGAGUUCACCAAGAAGAUUAAAGACAUAAAGAUAACUGAGAAGAAGAAGGCGGUUUUUGAGUGUGAGGUUUCUGAGCCCAACAUCCAGGUGAUAUGGAUGAAGAACGGCCAGGAGCUGGACGUGUCUGAGGAGAGGUAUGUGGUGCAAGCUGAGAAGUAUGUCCAUCGUCUGAUGAUCCAGACUGUUCGAAUGUCAGAUGCCGGAGAAUAUUCUGUGGUGGCCGGAUCCAGCGUCUCCAAGGCCCACCUGACGGUAGAGGGCCGUGAUGUCAGGAUCGCUGAACCAGCAGAGCGAGAGAUCACGGUUCUAGAGAAACACAGAGCAACCUUUGAGUUUGAGGUGAAUGAGGACGACGUAGAGGGUCGCUGGCUUAAGAACGGCGUGGAGAUCCAGUUCUCGGUGGAGGAGAGGUUCAGCUACAUAGCCAUCAGGAAGAUGCACCGUCUCACUAUCUCUGAGACCUACAGGAGCGAUGCCGGGGAAUAUACCUUCAUCGCUGGCAAGAACAGGAGCACCAUGAACCUCAGAGUCAACAUCCCAGAGCCUCCUCAAGUCCUCCGUCACAUGGAGCCCCAGUCGGUUGAAGCAGGAAAGCCAGCCCGCUUCUCUGUGGAGGUCAGCGGCGUUCCUCAACCGCAGGUCUCCUGGUACAAAAACUCCCAGGCUCUGUCGCCAGGCUUCAAGUGCAAGUUCCUGCACGACGGGAAUGAGCACACCCUGCUUCUGAUCGAGGUCUUCCCCGAGGAUGCCGCCAUCUACAACUGCGAAGCCAAAAACGACUAUGGCACGGCCACCAGCACUGCCACGCUCAACGUGGAGGUGUCAGAGGUGGUCUCCCCAGACUCCGCUGCCCCCAUCUCUCCGCCCGUCAUCGUCUCCCCCAUCUCCGACACCUCAGCCAGAGAGGGAGAACCAGCUCACUUCCAGUGCCGAGUCCGUGGCGAUGACGUGAAGAUCAGUUGGUUCCACAAGGAGAAGGAGAUCAAGCAGUCCGACUUCUUCCGGAUGUCUCAGUUCGACGACAGCUGCCAGCUGGAGAUCUCCAGAGUUUACCAGGAGGAUGAAGGCGAAUACACCUGCGUGGCCACGAACAACGCCGGGAAAGUCUUCUGCUCUGCCACUCUCACACUGGAUGUGACUCUUGUGAGGGAGCAGAUUGAAGCCACAGUUGAAGAGGAAGUCAAAGAGAGUUCUAGCACCACCAUCACCACUGUGGAAGAACGAGAGGAAACCUUCUACACUGGUGUCCAGUUACCACAGAAAUCUAAAACACUUGAACUCAAGCCAGAGCCAAAACGUUACUCUUCCACUUUAGAGAAAAAGAAAGAAAAGCCAGUUUUCCUCAGCCAGCUGUCUCCAGCAGCCAUAGCCUCAGGGGAAACUGCUAGGCUUACUGUUAAGGUGUCCGGCUUUCCAAAGCCUAUUGUUCAAUGGUCUCACAAUGGUAGGGUGAUAAAGAGUUCCUCAGUUUACAGAAUGGUAGAGGAGAAGGAGGAAUACACCUUAGUGAUCACCAAAGUUACUUCAGAGUAUGAGGGUGAGUAUUCUUGCACUGCUACCAACAGGUUUGGGCAGACAACAUGCACAACAUACCUAGAAGUGAAAAAGCCUGAUAUCAGCCAGGCAGAGAGGUGGGUGGAGAAGAUGUUUAAGGUCACAGGUCAACCACCUACUUUUAUUGUUCAGAUCCAACCCGUGAGGUGUUCAGAGGGAGGGGAGGUGUAUUUUAAUUACAAAGCCACAGGAGACCCGGUUCCUGAUGUGAAAUGGUUCAAAGGGGCUUUCCAAAUCCAGCCCAGUAGAAACUGUAUAAUGGUAGCCAACCCAGACGGAUCCGGCCUGCUUAAUAUCAAGACUGCCAAACAAGAAGACAGUGGCUUAUACACAUGCAAAGCCUCCAACCAGUUUGGUGAGGCGACUUGCGGAGCUGAGCUGGUUGUGUUUAAGGAGUCGACCUCAGUUCCUCCCAAAGACGAGCAGCUGACCAUAGUACAGAAGAAAGCCUCUAAAGUGUCAGUAUCAGAACAGGCAACGGAGUCUCGUCUGUACCAGGUCAGUCUGCCUGGCCAGGACAGAACCCGGUCAGAUCAGAUGGUUUACACCAUUGGCACCGAAGACAGGAAGAUAAUUCCAAGUGAGCAGGUGAGCUCGCUUGGAGAGGUUAAUAUUUCUGCUGCAACUAUCCAUCGUGAGAUGUUGACACAACAGGCUGCUGUGCUUCAGACUCAUGAGGUAGAGGAGCGUGUCUCUCUGGUUUCCACUCACCCUCCUCAAUCAUCAGCUGUUCCAGGGAAACAGCUUCACAUGGCAGCAUUUACAUCCUCUGUGGAGGAAAGUCAGGGUCUCACAGAGCAGCACUGUGACCGCCUUCAAAGCCCUGAGGUCAUUGAGCUGCAGCUAGCAAGAGAAAAACAGUCAAAAUUAAUGUCUGCUGUGGCGGAGGAACUCACCCCUCUUUCUACUGUCAGCACAGAGCCUCUUCAUGAUAGGCAGCCUGCGAAAGUCAAAGCAAGUUCCGAGCCCAAGCAGCUGGUCAGCGGAUAUCAGGUGGAGUCACAGCUUUCUAUCAUGAGAGAGCAGUCUGAGGAUAUCCCUGGACAACAACAAGAGAAAGGCUACAGGGUUAAGGAAGGUGACAAGAUUUUAUAUUCAGCCCAGUCUGCAGAGAAACAGCCACUCGAAGAAGGCCACACAGCUGAGCUAGCAACUGCAGAUACUGCUGUAGAAUCCACCAGUAAGAAAGAACCGAGCCGACCGAUUUUAGCCUCAGUAAGUGAGUCUAAACAGACCUUUUCCAAGGAGACAGAGUUCUCCUUGCAGAUGCCUGCUGAAGAGGCAGCCCAGUUCUCUAAGGAUAAGAUACUGAAGGCGGCGUUAAAUGCAGAAGAAAGGCAAGUACUGCAGGCUGACCCCACGCAAGAGCUGCCAUGCAUGGAGAGCACUGUGACUAUUCAGUCAAAGGUAGAAAGUGGAAAGGUGCUGCACCUGCAGGUCAUCACAGACCAGGACCUCCUUCCAUCUGAGAAGAGUUUCAGCUGUGAAAAACCUGAAACUGAACAGGCAGAAACCAGGACGAGUCCCACUUUGCUGCACACUGUCAGUCAGGAUGAGCAGAGAACAGUUAUUUGUGAAGACUCAUCAGAGUUUGAGGCCAAGGCCACUUCAACAACCAUUGAACCCCAAAAAGAGGCUCCAACUCUGUUGCAUCUUCAGUCAACCCAACCUGUAGAGGUGCUGCCCAAAGAGAAUCUUCUCACAGCUGAAAAGCCUGAUCAACAGGUGGCAACUCAAAAGCAAGAAAAAUCAAGAAGCCAUGCAGCCAUUUCAGAAGAAAGGAGGGAGUUGACAGCAAAUUACAUUGCUGAGCUAGAUUUGCCAGUCAGUGGAGUUCAGUCUAAAUGUCGAACUGAACCCAAGCCUCAUAAUAUCCUCCAGGUUUCCUACCAGCCCAUGCAACUUCCAAAGGAAACCCCCAUUACUGUUGACUUUAAGCACCAGAGAGCUUUAGUGCAGAAGGAAGAUCGCUGGAAUGUGAUGAACGUCACCAAUGUAGCAGACAGUCAGGUCUUAGAAGAGGGUCAUGCAGAAAAUCUGUCAGGUGUAGACACAUUCAAGUGUCAGACAACUGUAGAGCCCAAAAUGCCCACUGAACCAGUCCAAAUUGAGGAGAAGGAGAUCUCCACCGAGAGCAGCAUUUCUCUGGAGGCAGCAGAACAGGACUUUGCUGUUCAGAUCCAGGAGGGUCAGUCCAUUAGGCAAUCAAUUGUGAUGGAUGAGAAGCAAGUAUUGACAGGGGAGCACUCUCGAGAAAUCUGCAAGUCUGAGUCAACAAAAGUUGUAGUUAGCACACAGCCAAAAAUGUCAUUGAUGGUAUCAGAAUCUAAAGAGAGCACAAUUCUCCCCAAAGAGAUGACGUUUUUGAUUCAGUUGCCUAAACCAUCCAGUCUGAACAUACAGCGACAACUUAGAGAGGCUCUCCAGUCUGCUGUGGCCAGUGACCAGCCUGUCUUGCUGGCUGAUGUUGUUGGAAGGUUCCAGGCUGUGGAAGUUCAGGAGGUCAAAGUUCAGCGAGAACCCAAACGCUCUAUGUUUACAUAUCUGAUUACAACAACAGGUGCCCCUGUAGAGAUCACACUAGCUUUUGAAGGGGAAUACCCACAGACAGCUGAUCUUAGGACCGAACUUCAAGCAGCGUUCCACUCUAUAGUCUACCAGGAGGCCCAUGUUCUUACCUCAGAGCGCCCGGGCACCAUGCAGCUGGACAAACCUCAAAAGGCUCAGGUUACCUCAGCCAGGUCGAAGCAAAUGCUUUCUACAAUGGUAGAGACUGUGCAUGUGACAGAGGGCACAGUAGAUAUAACAGCUGUGAAAUCUCAGGCUGCUGCACUUAAGCUUGAAUCUAAGGUCAUAGAUCAAUGUGCUACAGCAGAGAGACUGGUUGCAGUGCAAGAAUCCAAAACAGAAAAGUCUGUUUCAUCCAAGACUAAAAUAACCACAGAAGCUCAGAUGGCCUUUGAACAGUCAGUUAAAGUUGCAAAGAAAGAGGUAAAAUCUGUAAUGGUAGAAUAUAAAGAAAAAGAUGAAGGGGUUGCUUUUGUCCCUACUGCUCUCCCUCCUUCCCUCACCUCUACUGAACAAAUAGGUGUCAGCAUCCAGCAGGAGCACAGGGAGGAAAUCUUCAAAGAAGAGUUUACAGUAUCCAGACCAGAGCAGAGAGAAUACCCUGAAAUUGUCAUGUCCCUAGAGGACUUGUCCAUAGAAGAAAAUAGCGAAGUCACUUUUAGCACAACCAUUAAACAUGCAGUGAAGGUAACUUGGUUUUUCAAUGGCCAAUUGGUGAAAUCUGGCAAAGAGUUCAAGUGUGUACAAGACCAUGACACAUACUCACUGAUUAUCAACAAAGUUGUCAAGGAGAGACAUCAAGGCGAAUAUGUUUGUGAGGCUGAGAAUGAAGCCGGCAGGACAACAACGUCUUCAAGACUCACUGUGGUCCCAAGAGUGCCACCAGUUUUCAGGCAGAAAAUCAACCCUGUUGAGAUCAACGUUGGGGGUCAAGCAAAGUUUGACUGUGAGACCGAGGAUGCUCCGAACGUGACCUUUAAAUGGUACAAAGCUGGUAUAGAAAUAAGACAGAGUGAGAAGUACCGGAUCAUCAGCAGCCAUACAGGCUCUUCCCUGGAGCUCCUGAAUCCUGUGAAGGCUGACAGUGGUGAAUACUCCUGCAAAGCUUCAAACCAGCACGGCCUUGACAGCUGCACCGCCUCUCUCAUCGUAACUGAGAUGUAUCCACCAGUAUUUGUUUCAAAACCAGAGCCAAUGACCCUAUUUGUGGGAAAACAAGCCGUUCUUCAAUGCUCACUUACUGGAUCGUCACCAAUGGAGGUUGUCUGGCACAAGGACAACUUAGCCAUAAUGUCUGAAGGGAAUUAUGUGAUAAAAAGUGAAAGGAACAAAUAUUCUCUUCAGAUUAAAAGUCUUGAGUUGGCUGAUAAGGGGGUGUACCUCUGCAAGGCCUCCAACAGCGUUGGCACAGCUACUUUUACCACAGAGCUUACGGUUAUAGGUAAGCCCAUCUUUGUUAGGACCUUUCAGCCAACGUCUGUUGCUGUCAAUGACCCGCUGAGGCUGGAGUGCCAGGUGGAUGAGGACACAGCUGUGACUGUCACCUGGACAAGGGAUGGCAAAAAAGUCCACUUGAGCAUGGACUGUAAACUGUCCUUUGAGGAUAAGGUGGCCAUUCUAGAGAUCCCCAAGUCCAAACUGAAGGACUCUGGGAUAUAUGUUUGCACAGCCACAAAUGAGGCUGGGAGCUCCUCCUGUGAGGCUGUGGUUACUGUACAAGAGCCUCCUGCUUUUGUCAAGAAAAUGGAACCUAAGAUUACCUGGAAGCAGGGUGCAGCUGCACGUUUACAGUGCAGUAUUAAAGGAUCGCCUGAACUUCACAUCCACUGGUUCUGGAACGACAUAGAGCUUAGUGAUGGAGAGAAAUAUAAAAUCACCUUUAAAAAUGGAGUUACAUGCUUGGAAAUAAUGAACCUCCAGGUGACAGACAGUGGGGGUUACACAUGUGAGGUGUCAAACAAUGCCGGUAGUGAGAGCUGCAGUGCUCUGGUUGCUGUUAAAGAGCCUCCGUUCAUUAGAAAAGACCUGCAGACUGUAGAAGCUGUGAAAGGUGAAGCCGCUCACCUGGAGUGUGAGAUUGGAGGAACAGCUCCCUUUGAAAUCAGUUGGAUAAAAAAUAAGAAGCCAAUAACAGUUGAUCAGAAAUAUAAAAUCAUUUCCCAAGACUCUCUUUCAAGGCUGGAGAUCCAGACCUUUGAAAGUGCAGACAUUGGUGAUUACCAGUGUGUCAUAUCCAAUGAUGUUGGGAAGGUAACCACCAAGGCCUCAGCUAAGCUGAAAGAGCCGCCAUCUUUCUCUAAAAGAGUUGAAAGUGUUACAGCAGUGUUGGGAAAUGCAGUCAAGCUACAAGGAACCAUAAAGGGAUCAGCUCCCAUUACUGUUAAAUGGCUGAAAAACUCUGAAAUACUCAGAGACGAUGAUCCAAACAUUAAGAUGGUUUUUGAAAAUGGCAUCGCAAGCCUUUCUUUAACAGCAGUGGCGAUUGGUCAUGCCGGAAAGUAUUCAUGCCAGGCAGAAAAUGAUGCCGGGCAGCAGAAAUGUGAAGCUACCCUGAUUGUGCAAGAACCGGCUAGAGUUGUAGAACCUGCAGAGUCCAUUAGUGUGACUGCAGGCGAAUCAGCCACGUUUGAGUGUACAGUCUGUGGAAGCCCAGAGCUGAAAGUCAAGUGGUUCAAAGAUGGGAAGGAGAUGAUCAGUGGGAGAAAAUAUAAGAUGACUGUGAAGGACAACGUAGCCGUCAUGAAGAUUUUGACAGCGGAGAAAGGAGACACUUCGGACUACAGGAUGGAAGUGUCCAAUAAAGUCGGGAAAGACCAGUGCACAUUCUCAGUCACCGUAUUAGAUCGGAUAAUGCCUCCGACUUUCACUAAGUCCUUAAAAAGAGUUGAUGGCAACAUUGGUAAUGACGUAUCGAUGGACUGCAAGGUGUCUGGGUCCCAGCCGAUGACCAUUGUUUGGUUCAAAGAUGACCAGCAAAUAGAGCCAGGGGCCAAAUUUCAACCCGAGUUCAAAGAAAGCUCUGCUACACUGAGAGUCAGUCGGCUGGAAAAGGCUGACUCUGGAGUUUACAAAUGCCGAGCCACCAACUCAGCCGGCUUUAAAGAGACUAGUGGCACACUCUACGUCAAAGAGCCCCCAGUGUUCACAGAGAAACCAGACAACCAGGAUGUUAUACCAGGAGCCAAGGUUUCCUUUAGAGCGGCCUUCACUGGAACUGCUCCUUUGGCUGUGAAAUGGUUCAAAGAGGAGAAGGAGGUUGUAACUGGAGGAAUUUAUUUCAUAAAGAAAGACGCUUCUUCCAGCUCUCUGGAACUGCAUUCAGUGAAGCCCACUGAUUCUUCUAAAUAUACUUGCCAAGUGUCCAACGAUGCUGGGAAAGUGGAUUGUUCUGCAGUCCUCUUCGUGAAAGAACCUCCCGUGUUUGUACGGAAGCUUGAUGCAACCAAGCUGGUUACCAGUGGUGACUCCACCAGGUUGGAGUGCAGAGUGUCAGGUAGCCCUGUCAUCAGUUUCAAAUGGUUCAAGGAUGAGAUGGAGAUCGGCUCUGGUCCUAAAUACAUGAUCAGUGAGACUGAUAUAGAGGCAACUCUUGAAAUAUUAAACUGUGCAGUUGAGGACAGUGGAGAUUAUGUCUGUGUGGCGUCAAGUGAAGCAGGCAGUGACCGCUGCAGCAGUACAGUUUCUGUCAAAGAACCACCAGUGUUUGUUCGUAGCUUGGAGCCUAAAAAUGUGGUGAAAGGUUCUGAGAUGGUACUGGAGGGCCAAGUCUCUGGUUCUGCUCCAUUCACUGUGGCAUUUUAUAAAAACUCUAAAGCGAUCAGAAACGACAAAAGACACAGAAUCAAAGUUAAAGACGAUCUGGUGGCCCUGCAGGUGCAGUUGGUUGAGGCGGGAGAUGUUGGUUUGUACCAGUGCAUAGUUGAGAAUGAAGUGGGGAAAUCAACCUGUGAAUGUAAAGUGACACUCAAAGAACCACCAUCUUUUGUAAAAAAGCUGGAGAACCUGAGUUCGUUGGUUGGCUGCGAUGUUUCUCUUCAGUGCACACUGAAGGGUACUGAGCCAAUUGCAGUGUCCUGGCUCAAAGACAACCAUGAGCUAAAAGCAAUGGAAAAUUUUCACGUUUCAUAUGAGAACCAGACGGCGCUGUUGCAGAUCAGCGGCUUGCAGAGCCAAAAUGGAGGGAAAUACUCAUGUCAGGCACAAAAUCAGGCUGGCAGCCAGACUUGCUCAGCUGUGUUGACAGUCAAAGAACCAGCUAAGAUCACAGAGGAGGCCAAGUCCAUCAGUGUGACUCAGGGGGAUCCAGCCACAAUGGAGGUCAGAUUCUCCGGCACAAAAACCCUUAAGGCCAGAUGGCUAAGAGCAGGGAAGGAGCUUGCCUCAGGACAGAGGUUUAAAAUACAAAGCACAGACACAAGCUCUGUGCUCAAGAUUCUCAAAACUGAGAAAAGUGACAUAGGGGAAUUUACCUUUGAGAUUUCUAAUGAUGUCGGACAAAGCUCUUGUGAGGCCACGCUCACAGUUCUGGACCAAAUAAUUCCUCCAUCUUUCACGAGGAAACUGAAGCAGACAGAAGGAAUUAAAGGAUCAUUCGCUCAUCUGGAAUGCCUUGUCUCAGGCUCCCUGCCAAUUACCAUCCAAUGGUUUAAAGAUGAAAAGGAGAUUCAGGUCGACGAGAAAAAUAAAUGUACAUUCUUUGAGAAUGUUGCUUGCCUAGAAGUCUUGGAUCUUCACCUUAAAGAUGGUGGGAGUUACACCUGCAUUGCCAAAAACAAAGCAGGGACAGUCCAGUGCUCUGCAAUCUUACUUGUGAAAGAACCACCAUGCAUUCUUGAAAAGCCUGAAUCCAUGAAUGUUUUACCUGGAUCUAAGGUCCAGUUCAAUGUACUGCUCUCUGGCACACCACCCUUGACAAUCAAAUGGUUUAAAAACAAGAAAGAGAUUUUAUCAAGUGCAAACUGCUCUGUGAUGAAAGACAACACAUCCACCUCACUGGAGCUUUUCUUUGCUAAGAGCUCAGAUUCAGGAGAUUAUGUAUGUGAAAUUCAGAAUGAUGUGGGCUCUACCUCCUGCCAAGCAACGCUUUUUGUCAAAGAGCCACCAAAGUUUACCCAGACCCCGGCCCGGGUGUCUGUAGUGCGUCCUGGUCAAAACAAAAUGUUUGAGUGCCAGGUGACAGGCACACCUGAGAUAGACAUCUACUGGUUUAAGGAGGGCUCUGAGAUCAGUGCCGGUGAUCGCUACAAGAUGGCAUUUGUAAAUUCUGUGGCCACUCUGGAGGUCUGUGCAGCUGAAAUCAAAGACGGAGGCCUUUACUACUGUGAGGCUCGCAAUGAGGCUGGUAGUGAGAGCUGCAGCAUGGAGCUCAAAGUCAAAGAACCACCAUCUUUUAUCAAAGACCUUUCUCUGGUUGAUGUUGUGAAGGGUUCCACAGCUUGUUUUGAGUGUCAGGUUGCUGGAACAGGUCCCUUUGAUAUAACCUGGCACAAAGAUGGAAAAGAGAUCAAGCCCAGUGCCAAACAUGCCUUCUCCCAGUUGAAUGACACCUUAACUCUUGAGAUUCACAGAUGUGAUGGUGUAGAUGUUGGUGAAUAUCAGUGUACUGUAGCUAACGAGGUGGGGAGCUGUACUUGUAAGACAACUCUCAGCCUCAAAGUGCCCCCAACAUUUACCAAGAGGAUUGAGGACAGUGUUACUGUUCUGGGUAAAGGGGCAGAGUUUCAGUGUGUUGUGGUGGGUUCUCCAACUCUUUCUGUCCAAUGGCAGAAAGAUGACAACUGGAUUUUGGAGGAUCCAAACAUUGAGAAAUCAUUUGAAAAUAAUAUAGCGACUCUAAAGAUUGCUACCUGUGGAGCAACUCAGGCAGGCAGGUACACCUGUCAGGUGGUUAACGAGGCUGGGCAAGAUAAAUGCUUCGCUACACUCACCGUGCAAGAACCCCCUCAGAUCGUAGAAAAACCUGAGGAGAUCAAGGUAACUGUGGGAGAUCCAGUCAAUCUGGACUGCAAGGUGAAAGGCUCGCCUGAGCUCAAAGUGAAGUGGAUGAAAGAUGGAAAGGAACUUCAGUCCAUCAGGCAGCACAAGCUGAUCUUUGAGAACAACAUCAGCAGCCUGAAAAUUCAGGCUGCUCAAACAGCAGAUGAAGGAGAGUACAUGUUUGAGGUGUCAAACCACAUAAGCAGCUGUUCUUGCAAAGUUAAAGUGGUUGUUUCAGAGCAAGUAAUUCCUCCAAGCUUCAUCAAACCACUGGUAGACAUGCAGGAGAUUCUGGGCUCCUUUGUUCAGAUUUGCUGUAAAAUAUCUGGUUCCCUCCCAAUCUCUGUGGAGUGGCAGAAAGAUGGGAGUAAAGUCUCCAGUGGUGUCAAACACAAACUGAUUCAGCAGGACAACUCUGUGUCUGUGGAGAUUGAACAGCUUGAGAGAUCUGAUGCUGGAUUGUAUUCAUGCAAACUGACCAAUGCAGCUGGGAGCUGUGAAUGUAGUGGAUCCCUUAGGGUCAAAGAGCCUCCAAGCUUUGUGGUGCUGCCCGAGUCACAGGCGGCUCUACCCAAUGCCAUGGUCCGAUUCAAAAGCACAUUCACGGGCACGCCGCCCUUUGCGGUCAAAUGGUUCAAGGACGACACGGAGCUCAUGACCGGUCCAACGUGUUUCAUGGGUGUGGAUGACAUGUCCUGCUUCUUGGAGCUCUACUCAGUGGCCAUAACUCAGAGUGGAGUUUACUCCUGCCAAGUCAGCAACGAUGCUGGUUCUGUACGCUGUAGUGCAGAUUUGACGGUCAAAGAACCACCUGAGUUUGUGCUGAAACUUCCCGCCACUAAGUUUGUAAAGCGGGGUGAGCCACUCCACCUGGAGUGUAAAGUCCGUGGCUCCUCCCCUCUGAAAACGACCUGGUACAAACACGACACCAAAGUCUCGGACGGGGGCAACUACAGGAUGUCAUUUGUUGACUCGGUAGCGGUCCUGGAGGUGCUGUCCUGCAGUUUUGAUGAUGACGGAGUUUACACCUGCGAAGCGCAGAACGAUGCGGGCAGCGUGAGCUGCAGCACCACGCUUUCUGUUAAAGACCCCCCCGCAUUUGUGAAAGUUCCCUCACCUGUUGAGGGGCUGAAGGGGAAGGAUGUGAGCUUAUACUGCGAGAUGAGUGGCUCAGUUCCGCUCCAGAUCGCCUGGUUCAAAGACAGGAAGCCUCUGAUGGAAAGCAGGAAGUAUAAGAUGGUGAGCGAGGGCAGCUCAGCCACGCUGCAUGUCAUUGGGAUAGAGCCUUCAGACGCCGGCGAGUAUGAGUGCAAAGUCUCAAACAGUGUAGGAAGUGACUCCUGCCACACGGCGGUUAAACUCAGAGAGCCGCCAUCAUUUGUGGAGAAACUGUCAAACAUGACGGUGAUGCUGGGCGAGGAGGUGACCCUUAUUGCCACUGUUAAAGGCUCUGAACCCAUUACUGUGUCCUGGGUUCAGGACAAGGAUCACAUUCUCCGCGACAGCGACAACCGGAAAAUCACCUUUGAGAACAACCGGGUCGCACUUACCGUGUUUAAGGCCGAUGCAGCCGUGGCGGGCAGAUACACCUGCACACUCAGAAAUGAUGCUGGAAGUGUGGAUUGUUUCGCUAACUUAACUGUCCUAGAACCGGCUAAGAUCGUUGAUAAACCCGAAACCCUGAGCGUGACGGCGGGCAACAUGGCAGCCCUGGAGGUCAAAGUGUGCGGAACGCCAGAGCUGGUCCCCAAGUGGUUCAAAGACGGGAUGGAGCUGGCCACCGGCAGGAAGUACAAGAUCUCCUUCUCCCAGAUGAUCUCCAGUCUGAACGUGCUCUCCACAGAGAAGCUGGACUCUGGAGAGUACACCUUCCAGGUCAUGAACCAAGUGGGGAAAGAUCUGAGUAAAAUCAACCUCACCGUUUUAGAUAAGACGGUUCCUCCGACGUUCACCAGGAAGCUGAAGGACUGUAAGAUGACUGUGGGAGAAGCUGCAGAUUUGGAGUGCAAAGUCUCAGGCUCCCCUCCAUUCACUAUUUCCUGGUACCACAAUGACGAGGAGAUACAGACCGGACCGAACUGCGAGCUUUCAUUCAGUGACAACAGCUGCACCCUCAGAAUGCCCACCCUGAAGCUGUCCGACUCCGGGGUCUACCGAUGCAAAGCUGUCAACGAGGCGGGGUACAGCGAGACCUCAGCCACUUUGACAGUCAAUGAACCGCCGUCCUUCGUGGUGCCACCUCAGCCGAUGGAGGCCAUGCCCGGCUCUAACGUUACCUUCUCUGGCAUUGUGAAGGGCAGCGCCCCCCUCACCCUGAAAUGGUUCAGAGGAACAAAGGAGAUCCUGCAGGGGAAGGACUGCACCUUCUCCCUGAAGGACAACCAAGUGACUUUGGAGCUUCAGAACGUGAGCCCAUCUCAUGCCGGGGAGUACACCUGCCAGAUCAUCAACGAUGCAGGAAAGGAGAGCUGCGCUGUCAAUCUCACAGUCAAAGAACCGGCGUCCUUCUCUAAGAAACUGAAGGACGUGUCGGUUGAGAAGGGCAAACCUUUAACCCUGGAGUGCUCAUACACUGGAACCCCAAAGAUCACUGUGAGCUGGUUCAAAGACGGCCAGCAGAUUUUUGCUUCCUACAAAUACAACAUCACCACCACUGAGAGCUCCUGCAUCCUGGAGUGCCUCAGCACGGACGACAAGGAGGCAGCUGGGACCUACACAUGCCAGGUGUCCAACGAUGCAGGGAAGGACACAAGCGAGGCAGUGGUUUCCAUUCUGGAGCCUCCAUACUUUGUUGAACCUCUGGAGCCAAUGGAGGUAACGGCAGGCGAUGCAGUGUGUCUGAAGUGCCAGGUGGCGGGUACGCCUGAGAUCAAAGUGUCCUGGUUCAAGGCGGACGGCAAAGUUCGGUCCAGCCCCACCUGUAGGCUAGAGUACUCGAAGGGCAUGGCCUGUCUGAAGCUCAGCAAAGCCACCAAGGCUGAAAUUGGGGAGUACACCUGCAAGGCAGAGAACAAGAUCGGCUCUGCAUCCUCUACCUGCAGACUCAAUGUUCUCGAGGCCAAAACGCCUCCAUCCUUCCCCAAAAAGAUUACAAGCCUGCAGGAGACAGAGGGCCAGGCGGUCCGCUUCGAAUGUCGUGUUGCAGGCUCGUCACCCAUCGAGGUGUCGUGGCUGAAAGACGGCAAGCCACUGUCGGAGGGAGGCGAGUUCUCCAUGCUGUACGAUGACAACACGGCCGUGCUGCAGAUCGGCUGCGGAGAGAUGAGGCAUUCUGGGGAGUACACAUGUGUGGCCACCAACAGCGUGGGCUCGGCCUCCUGCAGAGCCAAACUCACCAUCCAAGAACCCAGGUACCCGCCAGUGUUUGACAAGAAACUGUCACCGCGGGAGGCGACAGUGGGGGACAGCAUCGAAAUGGAGUGUCACAUGACUGGCUCUGCCCCCAUCAAAGUCACAUGGUCCAAAGACCACAAGGAUAUUCGCUCUGGAGGGAACUAUAAGAUCAGCUGUGUGGACAACACGGCCCAGCUGACCAUCCUGAAGGCGGACAAAGCCGACACAGGAAAAUACUUCUGCCAUGCCUCCAAUGACAUGGGGAAGGACUCUUGUUCCACUGACAUCACUGUCAAAGAGCGUAAAAAUCCACCAGUGUUCACUAAAAAGCCCUCAGAGCACAUGGAGGACAUGGAGGGCAAGCUGGUAAAAAUCGAGAGCCGAGUCACGGGCUCACAGCCCAUGUCAGUCACAUGGUUCAAAGACGAUGAAGAGAUUAAAAGCUCUGACAAAUACGACAUCAGCUUUAAGAGCAACGUGGCAGUGCUGUGCAUAAAGAGCAGCCAACUGACUGACAGUGGCAGGUACUCCUGUCAGGCCUCCAACGAAGCUGGGAGAGCUUCCUGUGACGUCACCGUGGGCAUCCUGGAAUCCAAGAAGCCUCCAGUGUUUGAUGUUCCACUCAAACCAGUGACUGUGGAUGAAGGGGACAAGCUGAGCCUCAGGUGCCACGUCUGUGGCUCCGCCCCUCUGAAGGUCCAAUGGAUGAAGGACAGAAAGGAGCUGUCAUCGGCGGGCAGCAUCCGGCUCAGCUUCUCUGACGGUACAGCCAGCCUGGAGAUCGGCUCUGCCUCUAAACACGAUGCUGGUGAUUACCUCUGCAAGGCCACCAACGAGGCCGGCGCCGAGUUCUGCAAGGCCAAAGUCACAGUCAAAGCAAAACAAGGAGCAGCUAAGCCUGAAACUCCAGCAGCUGCUCCAACCCCCAAACUGGACAAUCUUUACUUCAUUGAGGAGCCCAAGUCCACACAUGUCACAGAGAAGGGAACCGCCACCUUCAUUGCUAAGGUCGGAGGAGAACCCAUCCCAAGUGUGAAGUGGAUGAAAGGGAAAUGGAGACAGCUCACUCAUGGCGGCCGCAUCGCAAUCGUGCAGAAAGGUCAGGAAGCCCAGCUGGAGAUCCGAGAGGUGACCAAGUCUGACUCUGGUCAGUACCGAUGUGUUGCCUCCAACACUCAUGGAGAGAUCGAGUGCAGCGCAGAUAUGCACGUUGACGCAAAGAAGGAGGCGCCGCAGGUUGAAGGAGACCUGCGGGCCAAACUGAAGAAGACGCCGUCCAAGCAGAAGAGCCCACAGGAGGAAAAGGACAUCGACAUAGUCGAGCUGCUGAGAAAUGUCGACCCCAAAGAGUACGAGAAAUACGCCCGAAUGUACGGCAUCACCGACUACCGAGGUCUGCUGCAGGCCAUCGAGCAGCUCAAGAAGGAAAGGGGGGAAGAAAGUGGAAGACCGGAAAUGGAACGUGGAGACAGAGAGUCAGAUGAGGACAUGGCUCGACUGGUGGCCGACCUGCAGAAGAGGAUGGAGAGGACUGAGCCUGUUACUGUAGUGAAGGACAUCUCCAACCAGUCCGUCUUUACCAAUGACGAGGCGGAGUUUGAAUGCGAAAUCAAGAUCAAUUACCCAGAGAUCUCGCUGUCGUGGUACAAGGGCACGCAGAAGCUCGACACGUCCGACAAAUACGACAUCAGCAUCCGCGGCGACCGCCACCUGCUCAAGAUCAAGAAGUGUCAGCCGUCCGACCAGGGCAACUACCGGGUGGUGUGUGGACCACACAUCUCCAGCGCCAAGCUCUCCAUCACAGAAGUGGAGGUGGAGAAGCACCUGCAGGACACGUCGGGUAAGGAAGGCCAGUCGUGCACGCUGUCUUGUCAGUUGUCUGUUCCUAACGUCGAGGCUCAGUGGUUUAAAAACGGCAAGAAGUUAGAGAUGAAGGGAAGGUAUUCAUCCGAGGUGAAACACAAAGUUCAGAAGCUUCUGAUCAAAGACCUGAAGUCUGAAGACCGGGGCAGAUACUCCUGCAGAUACCAGCACCUGGAAUCCUCUGCAGACCUCAAGGUGGAAGCCGAACAAAUUCAUUUCACCAAACGCAUCCACAAUGUCGAAGUCAACGAGCGCCAGUCGGCCACCUUCGAAUGCGAGGUGUCCUUCGACAACGCCAUCGUUUCUUGGUACAAAGACACCUGGGAACUGAGAGAAUGUACUAAGUACAACUUCAGGAGCGAAGGCCGAAGGCAUUUCAUGGUCAUUCGAAAUGUGACCAUCGAAGACGAAGGCGUGUACUCAGUGAUUGUGAGAUUGGAGCCCAGAGGAGAGGCUAAAAGCACAGCUGAGCUUUAUUUGUCUGGCAAAGAGAUUGAAUUAGCGAUGGUGCCGACAGAUAUCCCAGACUCUUCGGUUCAGAGGCCUGAAGUGCCUUCAUCCGAGGAGAUCCAAGAAUCUGCCGAGUUCUACCAGAUUGAAGAGAAAAUUGAACAGAGAGAAUCAGCUGAAUAUUCUUAUCAUUACGAAGAGGAGGUGCAGCAGAAAGUGGAGUUUCAGAGCUGGACAGAAGAGUCUGUAACCCAGCAGGUCUCAGAGACCACAGCUUCCAGAGUUGCUGUUGAGGAAAAAGUGGAGAUGAUGAAGGUUGAAAUGAGGGAGGAAGUCCCAACAAAAGUGGAGAAAAAGGCUGAGGAGAAGAAAACUGCAGCUAUAGAGGAACCAAAGAAAAAACCAGAGACUCGGAAGCUGGUGGAGGAGAAGGUUCCUGAAGCUUCAGUCCCAGAGAAGAAGGAGCUUCCUGCUCCCAGAGAACCAGAGGCGGUGAAGAAGCCAUCGCCCCCCUCCCUGCCUGAAGAGACGCCCAUCCUGCCAACCAAAGAUGAGCCCAAAGUUCUGGUUCCAGCUGAGUCCACGGAGCUGAAGCCUGAAGCAAAGCCCAAGGCAGAACCGGAACCGAAGCCCAAAGCUGCUCCGAAAGCAGAACCCGAACCGAAGCCCAAAGCCGCUCCGAAAGCAGAACCAGAACCGAAGACCAAAGCUGCUCUGGCUCCGAAAGCAGAACCGGAACCGAAGCCCAAAGCCACUCCGAAAGUAGAACCAGAACCGAAGCCCAAAGCUGCUCCGACUCCGAAAGCAGAACCGGAACCGAAGCCCAAAGCUGCUCCCAAAGCAGAACCGGAACCGAAGCCCAAAGCAGCUCCAACUCCGAAAACAGAACCGGAACCAAAGCCCAAAGCUGCUCCCAAAGCAGAACCGGAACCGAAGCCCAAAGCAGCUCCAACUCCGAAAGCAGAACCAGAACCGAAGCCCAAAGCAGCUCCAACUCCGAAAGCAGAACCGGAACCGAAGCCCAAAGCAGCUCCAACUCCGAAAGCAGAACCAGAACCGAAGCCCAAAGCAGCUCCAACUCCGAAAGCAGAACCAGAACCGAAGCCCAAAGCUGCUCCGGCUCCGAAAGCAGAACCGGAAACGAAGCCAGUGACGCCUCCAUCCAAAGCCCCCAAAGAAGAAGCAAAGAUCCUAACUGAACCAGAAGCUCCACAACCAAAGGCAGAACUGAAGAAAACCAAACCAGAAGUCCGUAAACCCGAACCUCCUAAACCCGAACUUCCUAAACCAGAACCUCCAGCUCCAAAAGCAAAACCGGCACAGAAGGAGCCAGAGAAGAAAGUGGCAGAAAAACCACAGAAGAAGGAGGUGGCUGCUCCUCCACCUCCUUCAUUCCAAAAGGAGGUACAGAAAGAGGCAGAAGAGCCAAAGAAGAAGCCGAUUAAAGUUCCCCUGGAAGAAAAAGUUCCAGAGCUUCCGAAAGCAGAGAAGAAACCAGAGGCUCAGGUGGUUCCUCCCUCAGAAGAACCAGCUCAGAAGGACAAAGAAACUGAAGAUAAACUCAAGAAGCUUCCUUCCACGCCUCUUGAAGCAGAGACAAAAGGAAAGAAAAUGGAGAAAGUUCCUGUAAAGGAGAAGGAGUUGCCACCAGAACCCAAAGAAGUGAAGCCUGCACCUCCUUCAGAAGAAAGCAAACCAAAGUCCGCAGAGGUCACCAAGAAACCUGAAGUCACAGCAAGGAAAAUCUCUCCACCAGAGGAAACCAAGCCAGUGACCAAGACCGAGCCUGUGGUAAAGGUAGAAGAACCAUCUAAGGUUGUUCCAGAAGAGCAAACAACAGCUCCAAAAGAUGAAACCAAGGGACCAGUGCAGACACCAGGAGGAGUCCAGAAAGAACCCGUACAGCAAAAAAAGGGUAAAAUUCAAGUGGCGGAGGAUGGGAGGUUUGAGAUUCCCACCUUGAAGAAAGCAACCAGGGUCGUGAGGGAAGCGGAGGAGGACCACGAGGUUGUCAAACUGAAGAAGGUUCCAUCACCCCCCAUGAAAGAGGCUGACGAGGUGGAAAAACCUCAGAAAAUCACCAAGACCACUGUUUUCCAUGCUGAGGAAUUGGUGCAUGAAGAAGAGGCUUUAGAGAUGUCGGUGGUGACCAGAAGGACUGUUCCGGAAAGAACACCUCGAGAGAAAGCUGACGUGGUUAAAAAACCAGAUGUUAUUGAGCCUAAAGGGGAGGAAGAAAAGGAAGCUCCCAAAGAUGCAUGGAAACGCCAGAAGCCUGUCCCUAGAGAGGAAAAACCAGAAGACAAGUUCCCUCUUAAGAAAACUCCGAAGGCACCAAAAGAAGAGGAACCUGCCCCACCCAGCCCAGCACUGAAGAAAGUGAAAAAGCUGCCCUCAGCUGAAGCUGAACCAGAGUUGGUCAAGCUUAAACCAUUUGAGAAGCCUGUUAAACCUUUAGAGGAGCCAGAGAAAGAUAAGAAGGAGAGGCCUGAUAGAGAUACUAUUUCUUUCCAGAAGGGAGACAGGAUCCCCAGAGAGAAGGAGCCUAAAGAACCUACAAAGGAACAAGAGAAGCCUCUCCCUGAGGUAAAGGAAGCUCUGCCUAAAGUGCCAAAACCAAAAGAUGCAAAGACAACCCCAGAGAAAGAACCUGAUGCAGUUAAAGUACAGACUAAAGGAAAGAAAAUCCCAGCAGCUGAACCAGAAAUAGAAAGUGUUAAGCUAAAGCCCUUCUCCAAACCUUCCAAAGAAGCUGAGGAACCUGAGAAAAAACCAGCAGAGGAGAAAGACAAGAAACCAUCCAAAGACCUGCAACGUCGUCCCACCAGUCCUCUUGAAAAACCGAAGGUGAAAGAAGCAGACGUUGAGCCCAUGAAACCUGAGCUACCUGCAGCUUCUGAAAUAAAAACAGAGAAGCCAAAAGAAGUAGACAUGGUUCCAGUGGAGAAAACACCCGCGUCCCCACCCGAGAAACCUGACAAAGCCGCAGAAAAACCCAAACCCAAAACUCUGGAACCAAAGAAAGGGAUUGUGCCCAAGGCUGAGGAAGAGAAGGAAGGGGUAGCACCGAAGCCAGUGGAGCAGCUCAAAAAGGUGGAACUCAAAAAGACUCCUUCUCCUAAAGUGGAGAAACUCAAGGAAGCAGAAGCAGUUCCAGCUGAGAGAAGACCAAGCAUUGAAAAACUGAAAAAGGUUCCAAAAACUGUUUCACCCAAAGACUCUAUUGAAGCUGUUACGCUGAAAAAGGUUCCAAAGAAACCAGAACCAGAAGAGCCCGACAAAAAGAAAGUUCCCGCGGUGAAAGAGAUCUCUCCUGGGGCUGUGCAAAUGAAGAAGGUUGCUACUCAACCAGAGGAGGAGGUUUUCGAAGAGGAGUUUGAGGCCGAGGAAGAGGCUGAGCUAGAUCAAGAGGAGGCCUGGGGCUGGGAGCUGGUUCCGAGGGACAGUUAUGGCUCGGAGGACUGGGAAGGUGAAGGAGAAGAAGGUGCUCUGGAGGUUCCUGGGGUCACCCGGAGAGAGGGGCAGCCUGCAGAGGAAGCAGGGCGGGGCAGAGGGCGAGGCCUAAAACCGAAGCUAACCCCUUCCCCCGGAGAGGGCAGGGGCCGUGGAAAACCUGGAGGCAGGGGCCCCCCACCACCAGAGGAGCCAGGCUUUGCAGGCUUCAAGCUCAAAGCCGUCCCUCUUAGGUUUAUCAAGAAGCUGCAGGACAUCGUACUAAAGGAGGCCGAGUCCAUUGGCUCGUCUGCCGUGUUUGAGUGUGAGAUUUCCCCCUCUACAGCCGUCACCUCCUGGAUGAAAGACGGUGGUAACCUGCGUGAAAGUCCCAAGCACAAGUUCAUCUCUGAUGGCAAAGACCGGAAGCUGCACAUCAUUGAUGUACAGCUGUCUGAUACUGGAGAAUACACCUGUGUGGCCAAGAAUGCUGGGAAGGAGAUCUCCUGCACUGCUAAGCUCGUAGUUGAAGAGCUUCCUGUAAAAUGGGUCAAAGAGUUGGACCCGGAGACCUCUGCUAUCUUGGGCCAGCCCAUCUACAUGACCUGCGAGCUGAGUAAAGAGAAGGACGUGAUCUGGAAAAAGGAUGGCGAAGUCCUGAAGAAAAAGGAGGGCAAAAUUCAGAUCAACAUCAUUGGCUUGUCGCAUGCAGUGACCAUCCAAGGCUCCACACCAGAGGACGCUGGCGUCUACUCAUGUGAAGUAUCAGGACAGGAGGAUGUGAAGACCUCCACGAACGUCAAAGUGAUUGAAAUAAUUAAAGACUGGAUAGUUAAACCACUUAGAGACCAGCAUGUGAAACCAAAGGCAGCUGCCACGUUUAAAUGCGAGCUCUUCAGAGACACUCCCAACUGGAAGUGGCUCAAAGGAGAGGAUGAGAUCACUCCAUCUGACAAGGUUGAGAUCAAGAAGGAUGGAAAAGAACUGACGCUGACCAUCAAGAACUGCCAGCCGGAAGAUGUAGCACAAUAUUCAAUGGAGGUGGAAGGACGCAUCUACACCGCCAGUCUGACACUUGGAGAGCGUGAAGCUGAGAUCCUGAGGCCUUUGGUCAGUGUUGAGGUGAUAGAAAAGGAAGAAGCCUCAUUUGAAACAGAGAUAUCUGAGGAUGAUAUUCCAGGAGAAUGGAAACUUAAAGGAGAGGUUUUGACAAGAUCCCCGACGUGCGACAUCCAAAUGGAGGGUACUGUGCGUAGGCUCACACUGAAAAACUGCCAGUUGGAUCAGGCGGGGGAAGUGUCCUACCAGGCCCUGAAUGCCAUCACAACUGCAAUGUUAAAUGUCAAAGAAAUCGAGAUGGACUUUGUUGUCCCGCUGAAGGACGUUUCUGUGCCAGAAAAGAAACAGGCUAAGUUUGAAUGCACCAUCACGAAGGAUGUCGUAAAAGUCCUGUGGUACAAAGGGGCUGAUAUCAUCAUCCCGGACCAAAAGUACGACAUCAUCGAUGAUGGAAAGAGGCAUAUGUUGGUCAUCAAUUGCUGCGAGUUUGAUGACGAGGACGAAUAUACGAUUGAGGUUUUGGGCAAAGCUUCCAAAGCCAGGCUCAAUGUCGAGGGUAUCAGGCUCAGAUUUGUUUCACCACUGAAAGACCUAACCGUCAAGGAGGGCAGUACAGCUCGCUUUGAGCUAGAGCUCUCUCAUGAGAACAUCCCUGUUUCCUGGUACAAGAAUGACAAUAAAAUCCAUCCGAGCAGAACGGUUGUCACUUCCAUGGAUGGAAAGAAACACGUGCUAGAAAUUAAGGAUGUGACCCUAGAUGAUAUCUGCCAAAUUAAGGCAGAAGCAAAGGGAAUUCCUUCAAUGGCCAAUUUGACAGUUAUAGAGGGAGAUCCUUACUUCACGGUUAAGCUGCAGGACUUCACUGCAGUAGAGAAAGAUGAAGUUGUUCUAGAUUGCGAACUCAGCAAAGAUGUUGAUGUCAUGUGGUACCACAAUGAAGCUGAGAUCAAGGCCUCCAAGAUGGUGACCGUCAAGGCUGAGGGCAAGCGAAGAACCCUGAUCAUCAAGAAAGUCGGGGACAAAGACAAGGGACAGUAUGUGUGCGACUGUGGGACAGACAAAACAACAGCUGAGCUUCACAUCGAAGCUCGCCACAUCAAGGUUGUUCGGCCCAUGUAUGGCGCCGAAGUCUUAGAGGGUGAAACCGCACGAUUUGAGGUCGAGCUCAGCGAAGACGAUGUCCACGGCCAAUGGAGACUAAACGGAGAAGUCCUCAGUCCAUCAGCUGACGUCGAGAUUGUGGAGGAUGGUGCCAAACACACUCUGGUCUUGUACAACUGCAAAGUGCCCCAGACAGGCGAGCUUGUGUUUGCUGCCGCCAACGCCAAGUGUUCUGCUAACCUUAAAAUCAGGGAGCUACCGCUUUCAUUCAUUACACCGCUGGCUGAUGUACACGUGUACGAGAAGGAGGAAGCUAAGUUUGAGCUGGAAGUUUCACGAGAGGCCAAAAGCUUCCGUUGGCUCAAAGGGACUCAGGAAUUGUCAAACGACGAUAAGUUUGAAAUCAGUGUAGAUGGAAACCUACACACUCUUGUCGUAAAGUCCGCCAGAUAUGAAGACGAAGCCAAAUACAUGUUUGAAGCUGAAGAUAAGAGGACAUCGGGAAAGUUGAUUAUUAAAGGUAUUCGACUCGAAUUUAUCAGGCCGAUUAAAGACGUGACCGUUAAGGAGAGAGAAACCGCCGAGUUCAGCUUUCAAAUUUCUCAUGAAAAGAUUCCAGUGAUUUGGUACAGAAACGAAGUGCGCCUGCAUCCCAGCAAGCAGGUGCACAUGUCGGAGGAGGGGAAAGUGCACACGCUGGCCUUCAAGGAGGUCACCAUCGAUGACACCUCCCUGAUUAAGGUGGAGGCCAUGGGAAAGACGUCAGAGGCGAUGCUCACUGUUCUUGAGGGCGACCUCUACUUCACAGUUAAGCUCCAGAACUACACCGCGGUCGAAAAGGAUGAGGUGGUCUUAUCCUGCGAGCUGAGCAAGGCAGCCGGAGAGGUGAAGUGGUUUAAAGAUGGCGCCGAAAUUUUCUUGUCCAAGAAUGUUCUCUUCCAAUCUGAUGGCAGAAAGCGCAUGUUGGUGAUCAAGAAAUCUGCCAAGAAAGACAUGGGAGCAUACACCUGCGACUGUGGCACGGAUAAAACCACAGCCAACCUGAACAUCGAAGAGCGCAACAUUAAGGUUGUCCGCCCGCUGUACAGCGUGGAGGUCACAGAGACCGAGACGGCCUGGUUUGAGACGCAAAUAUCUGAGGAUGACGUUCACGCCACCUGGAAACUGAAGGGAGAGACCCUCCACCCAUCUGCUGAUGUGGAGAUAAAGGAGGAAGGGGCUCGACAUAUUUUGACACUCUUCAACUGCAAAAUGGACAUGGCCGGCGGCGUCGACUUCUCUGCAGCGAAUGCAAAAUCUUCAGCUCAUCUCAGAGUCAAAGGCCGGGUGAUCACCCUGGUGAGGCCUCUGAAGAACGUCACAGUGACUGCAGGAGAAACCGCCACCUUCCAGUGCGAGCUGUCAUAUGAAGACAUCAGCGUUGAUUGGUUCCUGGGGGGUACAAAGCUGGAGCCAAGCGACAGAGUGGUGUUCAAGGAUGAAGGGAAAGUCUACAGCGUCACGGUGAGAGACGUCCAACUGAGUGAAGCUGGACAAGUCAAACUCACCGCCAAGGACUUUGAGACUGAGGCGAGGCUCAUUGUCAAAGAGCCGCCAGUAGAGUUCACCAAACCUCUGGAGGACCAAACAGUAGAGGAGGAAACCACCGCCACCCUUGAGUGUGAAGUUUCCAGAGAGAAUGCAGAGGUACAAUGGUUCAGCGAAGACCAAGAGAUCCACAAGACCAAGAAGUACGAAAUACUCGCAGACGGCCGCAAGAGAACGCUGCUAAUCCAUGAAUGCACCAAGGAUGACUCAAAAACCUACACUUGUGAUGCUAAAGACUUCAAAACAUCCUGCUUCCUUACUGUUGAACCUCCACGUGUCGAGUUCUCAAAGCCACUCCAUGAUGUCGAGGUCCGGGAGAAGGAAACCGCCAGGUUUGAGUGUGAAGUCUCCAGAGAGGACGCCAAGAUUCGCUGGUUAAAGGAUGGAACUGAAAUCAGAAAAGGAAAGAAGUAUGAAAUCAUUGCAGAAGGCCGCCAACACAUCCUCAUCAUCCAUAAGGCUGCGUUUGAUGAUGAAGCCGAAUACGAAAUUGAUGCAAAGACCUCCAAAUCCUCCGGCAUGCUCACCGUUGUCGAGGAGGAAACAGUAUUCUCCAAAAACCUUUCGAAUGUGGAGGGAACGGAGACGGAGAGUGUGAAGCUCAUCUGUGAGGUCUCCAAGCCCGCCGCCGACGUUAAAUGGUACAAAGGCGAGGAAGAGCUGCCAGAGGGUGGCCGCUAUGAGCACAUCGUUGAUGGCAAGAGGAGGAUCCUCCUCAUCCAGGACCUGAAGUUAGAGGACGCCGGAGAGUACAACUGCAGGCUGAGCUCCGGUGCCAGAACCACCGCAAACCUCAAGAUUAAUGAACUGGCUGCUGAAUUCCUGACCAGACCUCAGAACCAGGAGGUGGUGGAGGGUCAGAAGGCUGAAUUCACCUGCACUGUCUCCAAGGAAACCUUCACCGUCAUAUGGUUGAAGGACGGCAAGGAGCUGGAGUCAGGAGGCAGAUUUGAUAUGGUGAGUGACGGCAAGACCAGGACCCUGGUCAUCAAGGACUGCGAGACCACUGAUGAGGGUGGAUACGUGGUAUUGAUCGGAGAGACCAGAGCCGGAGCUCAUUUGACCGUGAAUGAGAAACUGAAGGUCAUUACACCUCUGAAGGACUCAGAGGUCAAAGAAGGACAGGAGAUAGUCCUGAACUGCGAGGUGAACAUCGAAGGAGCCAAGGCCAAGUGGCUAAAGAACGAGGAGACUCUUUUCGAAAGCGGCAAGUACGUGAUGGUUCAGAGAGAUAACGUCUUCUCCCUACGGAUCAAAGACGCUCAGAAGGGAGACGAAGCAGACUACAGCAUCAUGCUGACCAAUCAUAGAGGAGAACAGGCCAAGAGCACCGGCAAACUCUCCGUCAGAGAGGAGAGUCUGAGGAUCAUGGUUCCUCCAGAGGACAUCGAUACUCAGGAGAAGAACACAAUCAGCUUCUCCUGUAAGACCAACAGACCCAACGCCACGGUGAAGUGGAUGAAGGCUGGUCAGGAGAUCGCCUUCAGCAAGCGUGUGGUCUACAGGGUGGACAAGGAGAAGCACACGCUGACCAUCAAAGACUGCACGCUGGACGACGAAGGCGAGUACACUGUGGUGGCCGGAGACGACAAGGCCACAGCGGAGCUGAUCAUCAGCGAGGCACCCACCGACUUCAGCGCUCCUCUCAAAGACCAGACCAUCACAGAAUUCGAGGACGCAGAGUUCACCUGCAAGCUGACCAAAGAGAAGGCAGAGGUCAAGUGGUACAGGAACGGACGGGAGAUCAGAGAGGGACCAAGAUACACAUUCGCAAAAGAAGGAAAGUUCUUCACGCUGCGGAUCAAGGAGUGCAGACCCGAUGACGAGUGUGAAUAUGCCUGUGGAGUGGACGACAAGAGGUCUAAAGCUAGGCUGUUUGUUGAAGAGAUUCCUGUGGAGAUCGUCAGACCCCCACAAGACGUGUUUGAACCCCCGGGUUCGGACGUUGUUUUUGAGGUGGAGCUCAACAAGGACCGUGUGGAGGUGAAGUGGCUGCGUAACAACAUGACCGUGGUCCAGGGAGACAAGUUCCAGAUGAUGAGCGAGGGAAAACUGCACCGGCUGCAGGUCUGCGAGAUCAGACCCAGGGACCAGGGCCUGUACAGGGUCAUGGUCAGGGACAAGGACGCCAGGGCCAAGCUGGAGCUGGCAGCCGUGCCUCAGAUAAAGACCACCGACCAGACCUACGUCACAGACGCCGGGAAGCCCAUUGUCCUGGCCGUCCCGUACAGCGCUUACCCUCAGGCAGACGCCGACUGGCUGUACGACAACCUGAGCCUCCCCAAAGACAACAUCCACACCUCCGCCGACCGCACAGAGUACCGCCUGAAGGACCCCAAGAAGUCGGACCAAGGCCGCUACAAGAUCAUCAUCAAGAACAAACACGGAGAAGGAGAGGCUUUCAUCAACCUGGAUGUCAUCGACGUCCCUGGACCUGUGAAGAACCUUCAGGUGGUCGACACCGCAGACGGCGAGGUUAGCCUGGCGUGGGAGGAGCCUGAGUACGACGGUGGCAGCAAAGUGACCGGAUACGUGGUGGAGAGACGCGACAUAAAGCGUAAGACCUGGACUCUGGCCACCGAUCACGCAGAGAGCCCAGAGUACACGGUGACCGGGCUGCAGAAGGAUUCCUUCUACCUGUUCCGAGUCAGCGCUCGGAACAGGGUGGGCGCCGGACCCUUCGUUGAGACGGACGAAGCCGUGCAAGCCAAGAACAAGUUUGACGUUCCUGAGGCUCCUCUAAACGUCAUCGUCGGAAACGUCACAAAGUUCGGAUGCACCGUCUCCUGGGAGCCUCCCGUAUCAGACGGAGGCUCUCCCAUUACCUCCUACAUCGUGGAGCUGCGUGACAGGACGUCUGUGAAGUGGUCGCCUGUCCAGGUGACCAAAGCUGGCGAGCUCAGCGCCAUUAUCAACGAUGUCAUUGAGAACAAAGAGUACAUCUUCAGAGUCAAAGCUGAGAACAAAGCGGGCGAGGGCAAGCCCAGCGCCGCUUCGCAGCCUGUGAAGAUCAUGGAUCCAAUUGAACGUCCUAGUCCACCUCAGAACCUGGCUUGGCAGGACCAGAAUAAGAGCUCAGUGCAGCUCACCUGGGAGACGCCUCUGAAGAAUGGCGGCAGCAUGAUCACCGGAUACAUCAUCGAACGCUGUGAGGAGGGCACCGACAAGUGGUUACGCUGCAAUGCUCGCCUCUGCCCGGACCUCUUCUACAAGGUGUCGGGUCUGAAAUAUGGAACCAAGUACAACUACAGAGUGUUUGCUGAAAAUGCUGCUGGAGUUUCUGACCCAUCAAACUGCAUCGGACCUCUGCUGGCAGACGACCCUCAUUUUGGCCCAAGUUUCGACCUGAGUGCCUUCAAAGACGGCCUUGAGGUGAUCGUCCCUCAGCCUCUCACCAUCAGAGUGCCCAUCACUGGUUACCCGACCCCCGUCGCCAAGUGGAACUGUGGUGAAAAGGAGCUGACUACUGCAGACGAACGCGUCUCCCUAAUGACCAAAUCCACGUUUACAGAGUUAAUGAUUGCACCGAGCGUCCGCCCAGACAAAGGCAUCUACACCCUCCACCUGGAGAACGAUGUCACCUCUGUGUCCGGAGAUAUCGAAGUCAACGUCAUCGCUGCACCGAGCGCUCCUAAGGACUUCAAGGUCCUGGAGGUAACCCGGCAGCAUGUCCACCUGAGCUGGGAGGCUCCUGAACAUGACGGAGGAAGCCCUCUGACCGGCUAUCAGGUGGAGAAACGUGACGUGUCCCGCAAGACCUGGGUGAAGGUUGCCUCAGGGAUCCAGGAUCUGGAGUUUACAGUCACUGAUGUGAUUGAAGGGAAAGAGUAUCUGUUCAGAGUCACCGCCUGCAACAAGUGCGGCCCAGGGGAGCCGGCGUACAUCGACGAGCCCGUCAACGUCUCAUCUCCAGCCACUGUACCAGACCCACCAGAGAACCUGAAGUGGAGAGACAAGUCAGCCAGUGGUAUCUUCCUCACCUGGGAGCCGCCAAAGUAUGACGGCGGCACCGGCAUCCGGGGCUACAACGUAGAGCGCUGCCAGAGAGGCACAGAUAAAUGGGAGCCCUGUGGAGACAUGGUGCAGGAGCUGAAAUGCCAGGUGAGCGGUCUGAUCGAGGGACAGUGGUAUGCAUACAGAGUCCGAGCCCUAAACCGCCUUGGAGCAAGCAGGCCCUGCAAGCCCACAGAUGAGAUCCAGGCUGUUGAUCCUAUAGAGGCUCCAGAGAUCCAGCUGGAUGCCAAGCUGCUGGCCGGUCUGACUGCCAAGGCCGGCAGCAAAAUCGAACUCCCUGCUGAAGUGACGGGUAAGCCGGAGCCACGAGUGAAGUGGACCAAGGCUGACCUGGUCCUCAAGGCAGAUGACAGGGUGUCCAUCGACACCAAGCCAGGACACUCAACUGUCACUAUUGCCAAGACCAAGAGAGACGACAGCUCCACCUACAUCAUAGAGGCGACCAACAGCAGCGGGCGUGCCACUGCCACAGUGGAUGUCAACAUCCUUGACAAGCCCGGACCUCCUGCUGCAUUCGAUAUCUCCGAUAUCACCAACGAAACCUGCUUCCUGGCCUGGAACCCCCCACGCGACGAUGGCGGCUCCAGGGUUACCAACUACAUUGCGGAGCGCCGGGCUGCCGACAGCGAAAUAUGGCACCGCCUGUCCUCAACCGUCAAACAGACCACAUACAAGGCCGUCGGCCUGGUCAAGUUCAAGGAGUACAUUUUCCGAGUGUUUGCUGAGAACCAGUUUGGUGUUGGUCCACCUGCAGAGCACCCCUCCAUUAUUGCCCGAUAUCCGUUUGACACCCCUGGAGCUCCCUACAAACUGGAGCCUUCAGACAUUGCCAAAGACUCUGUGACGCUGACCUGGUAUGAGCCGGAUGAGGAUGGAGGAAGCCCCAUCACAGGAUACUGGGUGGAGAGAUAUGAGCCAGACCACGAUAAGUGGAUCCGAUGCAACAAGCUGCCCAUCAAAGACACCAAUUAUAGAGUAAAGGGUCUUCCUACGAGGAAGAAGUACAAGUUCAGAGUCCUCGCUGAAAAUCUGGCUGGAACUGGAAAACCAAGCAAAGAGACGGAUCCAAUCCUUGUCAAAGAUCCAAUCGAUCCUCCAUGGCCUCCUGGUAAGCCCUCAGUCAGGGACGUAGCCAAGACUUCCUGCUUCCUGUCGUGGACCAAACCCGAGCACGACGGCGGUGCAAAGAUCGACAGCUACGUCAUCGAGAUGCUGAAGAGCGGCACCACAGACUGGAUCCGUGUGGCUGAGAACAUCAGCCUCCUGGAGUUUUUCCUGAAGGGCCUGAUGGAGAAACAGGAGUACUCGUUCAGAGUGAGAGCCAUUAACAUCGCAGGAGAGAGUGAACCCAGCGAGCCCAGCGACCCAGUGCUCUGCAAGGAGAGACUGAACCCUCCAUCGGCACCCAGGUGGUUGGAGGUUGUGGGGAUCAGCCGGAACAGUGCAGAUUUGAAGUGGACGGCCCCGGAGCGUGAUGGAGGGUCCCGGAUCACCAACUAUGUGGUGGAGAAGCGUGACGUGAGGCGUAAAGGCUGGCAGGCCGUGGACACCACCGUAAAGGAGCUGAAGUGCACUGUGACACCCCUCAACGAUGGCGCUCUGUACGUGUUCAGGGUCGCCGCAGAGAACGCAGUGGGAGUCGGUCCAUUCUGUGAGCUUGAGGAUUCUGUGCUGGCCAAAGACACUUUCACUACUCCUGGACCGCCCUAUGCUCUCACCGUCUACUCUGUGACCAAAAAGUAUGUGGAUCUGGAGUGGGUGGCGCCUAAAAAUGAUGGCGGUAGACCCAUACUGAGGUAUUCUAUUGAGAAGAAGGAGAAGCUGGGAACACGCUGGGUAAAAUGUGGAAAGACUUCUGGUCCAGACUGUAAAUACAGGGUGACAGAUGUCAUCGAGGGCACAGAAGUCCAGUUCCAGAUCCGGGCUGAGAAUGAGGCCGGUGUCGGACACCCAAGCGAACCUACAGAGAUCUUAACCAUUGAAGAUCCCACAGGCGUCCCUUCUCCUCCCAUCGAGCUGCACGUGACCGGCGCCAGCCGAGACUUCCUGUCCAUCGCCUGGAAGCCACCACAGCUGGAUGGCGGCUCUCCGAUCCGUGGCUAUCACAUUGAGAUGUGCGAGGCUGGAACGGAGAAGUGGAUGAGGGUCAACUCUCGUCCGGUGAAGGAGCUGAAGUACCGCGUGGAGGAGGGUGUGGUUCCUGAGAAAGAGUACAUACUGAGAGUCAGGGCUAUCAAUUCAGUGGGAGAAAGUGAGCCCUCCGACAUCUCAGAAAACGUCUUCGCCAAAGACUCCGACUGUAACCCUACACUGGAGUUCCAGACUCUGGACCUGGUUGUCGUGGAAACAGAGAAACUCCACAUCCCAGUUCCCUUCAGAGCCGUGCCGUCUCCUAAAAUCACGUGGCACAAAGAUGGCAAAGAGAUGAAGGCAGAUGAGCGUCUCAUGUUCAGGAAGGAGUACACUUCCUGUCACUUGGAGAUCGACAGCAGCCUUCACCCCGAUGCUGGGGUGUACAAAGUGACUUUGGAGAACAAUCUGGGAAGUGCCAGUGCAACCAUUAACGUUAAAGUCAUCGGUCUUCCUGGUCCCUGUAAAGAGAUUGUGGCAUCUGAAAUCACAAAGAGCUCCUGUAAAGUGUCCUGGGAUCCUCCAGACUACGAUGGUGGCACCCCGGUUCUUCACUACGUCCUACAGCGGCGUGAGGCCGGCAGGAGGACGUACGUCAACAUGAUGUCAGGAGAGAACAAGGUGAGCUGGAUGGUGAAAGACCUCAUCCCCAACGGAGAGUACUACUUCAGAGUCCAGGCCGUCAACAAGAUCGGAGGAGGAGAGUUUAUCGAACUGCGGAACCCCGUCAUCGCUCAGGACCAGAAACAUGCUCCUGACCCACCAGUGGAUGUAGAGACCCACAAUCCCACCUCCAGUACAAUAACCUUGACCUGGAAGCCUCCCAUGUAUGAUGGCGGUGCCAAGAUCAUGGGAUACAUUCUGGAGAGGCAGCAGAAGGGCGAGGACAAAUGGGAGAGGUGCAACGACUUCCUGGUGCCGGUCCUGUCCUACACAGUCAGAGGACUAACAGAGGGAAAGGAAUACAUGUUCAGAGUCAAAGCAGAAAAUGCUGCCGGAAUCAGUGAGCCAUCACGCAGCACGCUGUUCGUUAAGGCCUCAGAUGCUAUCGAUCCUCCCAAAGUGUUCCUGAGUGGUAGCCUGCAGUCUGGUCUCAGUGUUAGACGGGGCUGUGAGAUCUGCCUGGACGCCAAUAUUUCUGGCUCGCCGUACCCUCAGAUUACAUGGUACUGGAACAACCAGCCAAUCCAGCCUGAACCACUCCGCAAGAGACCCGAAAAACCCCUGAAGAAGAAGCCUGAGAAGAAGGAGGAGGAGAAGAAGGAGGAGGAGAAAAAGGCUGAGGGGGAGGCUGAGAAGAAAGAAGAGACGAUGGAAGUAGAGGAAAAGAAAGAAGCAGAGGAGAAGAAGCCAGAGGAGGAGAAGAAGCCUGAGGAGGAGAAGAAGCCAGAGGAAGAGGCUGCAGAGCCAGAGGUGGAGGAGCCUGACUAUCCCACCAUCAACGAACGUCUUACUAUCAAUAACAGCCACAGGGGUGUUUCCUCCAUCGCCAUCAGGGAGUCAGUCCGCCCGGAUCAUGGCGUCUACAUGGUGAAGGUGGAGAACGAUCACGGCAUUGCCUCAGCAACCUGCGAGGUCAACGUGCUCGAUACCCCUGGCCCUCCUGUGAACUUUACAUUUGAGGAAGUGAGGAAGAACUCGGUCAUUUGCAAGUGGGAUCCUCCUCUGGAUGAUGGCGGCAGCGAGAUCCUCAACUACACUCUGGAGAAGAAGGACAACUCCAAGCUGGAGUUUGGCUGGAGUUGUGUUACUUCCACUCUCAGAGGGUGCCGUUACCUGGUGCCCAAACUCAUUGAGAAGAAGGAGUACAUCUUCAGGGUGGUGGCAGAAAACAAGUUUGGUCCUGGUCCGCCUUGCGUCUCCAAGCCUCUAGUUGCCAAGAACCCCUUCGAACCUCCCGAGGCUCCUGAUAAGCCACAGGUUGAUGACAUCACAGCCAACAGCAUGCUGGUCAUCUGGAAUGAACCAAAAGACAAUGGCAACCCCAUCCUGGGAUACUGGGUGGAGCGCAGGGAGAUCAACAGCUCCCACUGGGCACGUGUAAACAGGAACAUCGCCCCAGACACCCAGCUGAAAGUGGAAGGUCUCCUCGAGGGACUGACUUACAUCUUCAGGGUGGCGGCUGAAAACCAGGCCGGCCCUGGAAAGUUCAGUCCUCCCUCUGAACCUAAAACGGCCCAGGCUCCAAUCCUGCCACCUGGACCUCCCACUGCCAGAGUGGUGGCUUCCACUGACCACUCCAUUGAGGUUGAGUGGGACCCGCCUGCAGACAAUGGUGGUGGAGAGAUUCUGGGAUACCAUGUGGAUAAGGCAAUGGCUGGAACCAAAGACUGGUCUAGAUCAACAGAACGCCCCUGGAAGACCCGUAACUUCACUGUCUAUGGAGUUCGUGAAGGGGCAAAGUACACCGUCAGAGUCAUUGCGUGCAACGCUGCUGGAGAGGGAGCUCCUGGAUUCACAGAGGCUGUUUUUGUCCGGAACCCAGCAGAAAUUCCAGUUAUUGAAAUGGACCUCUCUGUCAAGAAUGGUGUUAUCAUCAGAGCUGGAGAAACGCUGCGUGUUCCUGCUACAGUCACAGGUAAACCCUACCCAUCCAUCACCUGGACGAAGGAUGAUGGGAAACCGGAUAAAGACCGUGUGGAGAUCCUCAGCGAGGGAGACGACAGUAUCGUCUUGAUCAAGAACGUCCAAAGAAAAGAUUGUGGAAAAUACCAGAUCUCUGCCUGCAACCCCAGUGGCUCCAAGUCUGCAUCGACCAGAGUGGAAGUUAUGGACGUCCCUGGCCCUAUCACCGAUCUGAAGCCAGUUGUCGUUACGCGCAAGAUGAUUUUCCUGAACUGGGAUGACCCAGAAGACGAUGGAGGCAGCGAUCUGACGGGCUUUAUUGUGGAACGAAGGGACGCCAAGAUGCACACUUGGAGGCAGCCCAUUGAAACCGCUUCAUCCAAGUGCGAGUGUGUGGGCAUCAUGGAAGGGCAGGAGUACUUUUUCCGUGUCACUGCCAAGAACAAAUACGGUUUGGGUGUACCUGUUGAGCUGGGGCCUAUCAAGGCUGUGGAUCCUCAGGGUCCUCCAUCAUACCCUGAGAAGUUCCACUACACGGAGCGGACCAAAAACUCCAUCACUCUGGCUUGGAAGCCUCCACGUAGUGAUGGCGGCAGCCCUGUUAUCGGGUACUUUGUAGAGAAGAAGAGGCAGGACAAGCAGGCCUUUGAGCCAUGUAACACAGAGAUCUGCCCCAACAUGACUCUUACUGUGGAAGGCCUGGAGGAGGCCUGGAUGUAUGAGUUCAGAAUCAAAUGUGCCAAUCUUAUUGGUGAGAGCGAGCCAUCCAUCCCACUUACAGUGGUGAUCCAAGAUGAUGAAGUUGGUCCUGAGAUCCACAUGUUGAAGCACUUCAAGGCCGACUGUAUUACUGUGAGGAAAGGUGAGCCUAUCGAAAUCCCUGCCGAUAUCAUUGGGCUCCCCGUCCCGAAUAUCGAGUGGUCCAAGGACGAUGUGGUGAUCGAUAAGCCGACAGAGACGCUGCUGAUCGAGACACAGGUCACUGGAAGGAUGAAUGCCAAGACCACGCUGUCCAUCCCAGCUGCCAACAGGAGGGACCGUGGUAGCUACACCGUGUCAGCAUCUAACAACAUGGGCUCUGCUAAACACACCGUCUCCGUCAUGGUGCUGGAUCGACCAACUCCACCGAGGAAUCUGACUGUAUCUAACAUCAGAGCAGAGUCCUGCUACCUGAACUGGGACCCACCAAUUGAUAAUGGUGGCAGCGAGCUGACUAACUACAUUAUUGAGAGAAAGGAAGUGCGUAAAGAUGAGCCUGAGCCAGAGGAAGGUGAAGAGGCUCCACCUGAGCCACAGUGGGAGGAGGUCAGCAGCACCAUCAUUGAGAGGAAAUUUGGGGUAUGGAACUUGGAAACUAACAAGACCUACUUAUUCCAAGUCAGAGCUGAGAACCGCUAUGGUAAAUCUGACCCCUGUACAACAGAAGAAGUCCUCAUUACAGACCCGUUUGGUCUUCCUGGACCACCAGAGAAACCAACUAUUACAGAAUACUCCAAGGUGUCUAUGACACUCACCUGGCAGCCUCCUAGAGAGACUGGAGGCUCAAUGAUCACUGGCUACUGGUUGGAGAAAAGGGAGAAAGGCACCGACUAUUGGGCCAAGGUGAACAAGAUGCCAGUCACUAAAAGGGGCACGAAAGGUUGGGAGUAUCAGGUCACUCGACUGUUUGAAGGAACUGAGUACGAGUUCAGGGUUGCUGCCAGCAAUUCAGCUGGAACCGGACCAUUCAGUGCACCAUCUGACUCCGCCUUUGCCGUUGAUCCCAUCACUCCUCCAAGCAUGCCUGCCGCCCCUGAGAUCGCGGAUAAGACCAAGCACAGCGUCACUUUGUCUUGGAAGCCACCUGAGAGUGACGGAGGUAGCCCCAUCAAGGGCUACAUCAUCCAGAUUCAGGAUGAGGGAUCAUCAGAGUGGCACAAGAUCAACGACAUCGACAGCCUGAUCCCUACCACAGAAUUCACAGUGCCCAGUCUCCGUGAGCUGAAACGCUACCGCUUCAGGAUCAUCGCCGUCAACGACAUUGGCGAGUCCGACCCCAGCCCUCGCACCAGUGAAGUUCUGAUUGAGGACAUCCAACUUCCUCCUUCCAUCACAAUCGAUGUCCUGGCUGAAGAAUUGGUGAACAUCCGUGCUGGAGAUCCAAUCAGGAUUCCCGCCACCAUCAAGGGCCGGCCUGUUCCCAAGGUUACCUGGGACUAUGAGGGCAAAGCCAAGAGCCAGAAAAAGAACAAACUGCAUACAGUUCCUGUGGAGGCUGAGGUUGAGUCCACAGAGACCACCUCCGUGUUGAACAUCCCUGUGAGCCUGAGGAGUCACUCUGGACGUUAUACCAUCACUGCCAAGAACAAGUCUGGACAAAAACAUGUCAACGUCAGAGUGAUUGUCCUCGAUGUUCCUGGACCUCCAAAGGACCUGAGGGUCACUGAUGUAACCCGUUCAACCAUGAGGCUGAUCUGGAAGCUCCCUGACACCGAUGGAGGAGAGAGGAUCAAGAGCUACUUCAUUGAGAAGAAGUCUGUCAUUGACAAGGCCUGGACUAAGGUGAAUGCUGCUUGUGCUAGUCAAGCCUUUGUGGUUCCUGGCCUAUUGGAGGGUCAGGAGUACCUGUUCAGGGUUCGUGCCGAAAACAGACUUGGAUUUGGUCCCUUCACUGAAACAAAGGAACCUGUCCGAGCUAGAGAUCCCAUCUACCCACCGGACCCCCCAACCAAGCUGAAGGUUAACCUGGUUACCAAGAACACCGUCACUCUGAGCUGGGAGCCUCCAAAGAACAACGGCGGCUCUCCGAUAAAGCAUUACAUCAUCGAGCGUCUGAGCUGGGACACCAGCGGAAAGGAGAAGGAGACCUGGAAACAGUGCAACAAGAGAGACGUGGAGGAACUGAGCUUUGUUGUGGAGGAUCUGAAGGAGGGUGGAGAAUAUGAAUUCAGAGUAAAAGCUGUGAAUGAGGCAGGACCAAGCCGACCUUCUGCCACCGUGGGACCCUUGGUCAUAAAGGACCAGACAUGUCCUCCUACCAUUGAGUUACGGGAAGCCAUGGAGGGAGAGGAAGGCUGCGACGUCAGCAUUGUGGCAAAGAUCAGCGGUUGUCCCUUCCCAACGCUAACCUGGCAUAAGGCCAACCAGGCCAAACCCGAGGAGAAGACUGCUGUCCAGUAUGACCAGCACAUCACCAAACUGGUGACCCCAGUCAAGUGCACACUGCUGAUUCAGCAGGCCAGCCGGGAUGACAGCGCCCUCUACAGCCUGACUGCCAGUAACAGUCUGGGUACAGUCUCCAAGGACAUCAAACUGUCUGUGCUGGGACCUCCUGGCCCACCAAUUGGACCGAUUAAGUUCACAGAGGUCUUUGCAGAGAGGAUUGGCCUGGCCUGGAACCCUCCCACAGAUGAUGGUGGAUCCAAGAUCACCAAUUAUGUGGUGGAGAAGCGUGAGGAAAACCGAAAAUCCUGGGUCCAUGUCUCCAAUGACCCCAAGGAGUGCACCUAUAUUGUGACAAGGCUAACAGAGAACCAUGAAUAUGAGUUCAGGGUCAUGGCCCAGAACAAGUUUGGAGUUGGACCACCACUGGUCAGUGAGCCAGAGAAGGCCAGAAACCUUUUCACCGUUCCUGGUCAAUGUGAGAAACCAACAGUAACUGAAGUCUGUCUUGAGUCUAUGACCGUGAACUGGGAUGAGCCUAAGUAUGACGGCGGGUCCUCCAUUACCGGCUACUUCAUUGAAAAGAAGGAGACUACUUCCAAACGCUGGACCCGAGUCACUCGGGAACCGAUCCGUGCUCUCCCACUGGGCAACAACUGGGACGUUACAGGCCUAAUGGAGGGUGCACUGUACCAGUUCAGGGUGAUCGCCAUCAACGCAGCUGGCUGUGGCCUGCCCAGCCUGCCUUCAGACCCCGUACUCUGCAGAGACCCCAUCAAACCUCCAGGGCCACCUUACCCGAAGGUGUCAGACUGGACUAAAUCAACCGUGGAGCUUGAGUGGCUCCCUCCUUCGUCGGAUGGAGGGUCCAAGGUGACCGGUUAUGUUGUUGAGUUCAAGGAGGUGGACAAGGAGGAGGAGCAAAGGAAAGCCCAGAGAAGGAUGCUGCUGAGCGAAGCUGAGGAGGAGAAGGAGCCUGAGAGUGAUGAGAGCUGGCAGAAGGCAAAGGACACUGAGGUUAGAGGAACCAAGUACGUGGUGGCCGAACUUAAAGAAGGAGGCCUCUACCAGUUUAGAGUCCGAGCCGUGAACUCAGCUGGAGUUGGAGAGCCUGGUCUCGUGUCCGAAUUGAUUGAGGUCAAAGACAGAACAAUUCCUCCUGAGAUGGACCUGGAUGCUUCGGUGAAGGAAAAGAUUGUCGUCCAUGCAGGAGCUACCAUCCGCAUCAUUGCAUACGUUUCUGGUAAACCUGCUCCACAGAUCACCUGGUGCCGCGACGACGGUGAAGUGCCCAAAGAGGCUCUAGUGGAGACAACAGGCAUCUCCAACUCACUGGUCAUCAAGAACUGCAGGCGCCAACAUCAGGGCAUGUACACGCUCACUGCCAAGAACGAGGGUGGUGAGAGGAGGAAGGCCGUCAUCGUUGAAGUUCUUGAUGUUCCUGGACCUGUUGGUCUUCCUUUUGCCGGUGAGAAUCUGACCACUGACUCCUGCAAACUGACCUGGUACUCCCCCGAAGAUGAUGGAGGCUCGGCCAUCACCAACUACAUAAUCGAGAAGCGAGAAUCUGACCGCAUGGGCUGGACCUCGGUGUCCUACACAGUGACUAGGAACAACGCGGUGGUACAGGGUCUGAUCGAGGGCAAGGGUUACUUCUUUAGGAUCGCAGCCGAGAACAUAAUUGGAAUGGGACCUUUCAUCGAGAUCGAUAAGAUGGUCCUCAUUAAGGACCCCAUCUCCGUCCCAGAGCGUCCAGAGGACCUGAUUAUAACCGCAGUCACCAAGGACUCCAUCUCUGUUGCUUGGAGACCCCCUAAAUACGACGGCGGAGCGGAAGUGACCUCCUACGUCCUUGAGUCAAGGAUGGUGGGCCGGGACACUUUUGCUCGUAUAGGUGGUGAGGACAAGCUGAUGGACAGGAAGUUUACGCUGACCGGACUGAAGGAAGGCUCGAGUCACGAGUUCAGAGUCUCAGCCGUCAACCAGGUGGGACAGGGCAAGCAUUCCUUCCCAACCAAACCCGUGCAGUGCAAGGACGAGCUUGAACCACCAACUCUGGACCUAGACUUCAGAGAAAAGAUGAUGGUGAAGGUAGGAGACUCGUGCUUAUUGUCAGGACGCUACAGCGGCAAACCAGCACCAACCAUCAGCUGGACAAAGAAUGAGGAGGAGGUUAAAGCAGAUGAAGAGAUCAGCCUCCACAGCACUGUGCACCACCUUAGCCUGAACAUCCCCAAGGCUAAGAGAGAUCACAGCGGCCGCUACUGCGUCAGCGUCGACAAUGCUGCUGGAACACGUACCGGAGUAUGUGCCCUAACUGUAGUCGACCGCCCACAGCCACCAGAGGGCCCCGUGGUAUUCAACGAAGUCUACAGAAACUACAUGGUCAUCUCCUGGAAUCCACCUCUGGAUGACGGGGGCUGCGCCAUCUCCAACUAUAUCAUCGAGAAGAGAGACACCAACAGAGACCUGUGGAUGCCCGUCACCUCGUCCUCCACCAGGACCACCUGCAAGGUGCCAAAGCUGAUUGAGGGCCGUGAUUACAUCAUCCGGAUCAUGGCUCAGAACAUGUAUGGCAUCAGUGACCCACUUCUGUCUGCGGAGACCAAAGCUAAGGAUAUCUUCAAGGUGCCUGAUGCACCAAAGCAGCCUGUGGUAAAGGAGGUUUACCACGACUCGGCCCUGAUCAGCUGGGAGCCACCUGCUGAUGGCGGAAAGCCAAUUACCGGCUACAUAGUAGAGAGAAAGGAGACCAAGGCCAACAGGUGGGUUCGUUGCAACACAGAAAGAAUCUGCCCUAAAGUGGAAUACUGGGUAACAGAGCUGCUGAAAGGCUGCGAGUACGAGUUCAGAGUCAGCGCUGAGAACGAGGUGGGAGCUGGGGACCCCAGUCCACCCUCCAAACCAGUUUUUGCCAAGGAUCCUAUUGUCAAACCCAGUCCACCCGUGAAUCUUCGUGCCAUCGACUUCACCAAGGAAUCUGUCACUCUGUCCUGGGAGCCACCCACCGACACUGGACGGGGAAAGAUCUUUGGAUACCUGCUGGAGUUCCAGAAGGCUGGUGAAGACGAGUGGCACAAGGUGAACCAGACUCCAGACUCCUGCCAAGAGACCAAGUUUAAGGUGAUCAACCUUGAAGAUGGUUCUCUGUACCGGUUCAGAGUCAUUGCUGUGAAUGCUGCGGGAGAGUCUGACCCAGCAAACCUGAGGGAGCCAAUCAGAGUACAGGAGAGGCUUGAGCCUCCAGAGCUGAUUCUAGAUGCUGGAAUGACACGAGAGGUGAAGGCUAUGGCUGGCACUCAUAUCACCCUGAUGGCCACCAUCAAAGGCUGCCCAUUCCCCACUGUCACCUGGAAGAAGAAUGACGCAGAGGUUCCCACAAGGGCGGACAUUGAGACAAACCAGAUGGGUACCAAACUGGAGAUGAGAUUCUGCAACCGUGGAGACUGUGGAGACUACACCCUGACAGUGGAAAACCCGGCCGGGUCAAAGACGGCUACCUGCACUGUGCUGGUGUUUGACAAACCUGGCCCUAUUCAGCACCUCAGGGUGUCUGACAUCCGGAGCGAUUCCGCCUACCUGUCGUGGAAGGAUCCAGAAGACAAUGGCGGCUCUCGCAUCACUAACUUUGUGGUAGAGAAGAAAGACACUGCCGCCACUCAGUGGGUCCCUGUCUGCUCCACCUCCAAGAAGCGCAGCAUGAUGCUGAAGCACCUGAUGGAGGGAACAUCCUACAUGUUCAGAGUUGCUGCGGAAAACCACUACGGUCGCAGUGAAUAUGUGGAGACACCAAAGGCCAUCAAGGCUAUGAAUCCCCUCUUCCCUCCGGGUCCUCCCAAAGACCUGCAUCAUGUAGAUGUUGACAAAACCGAGGUCUGGUUGGUCUGGAACUGGCCUGAUCGCAAUGGGGGAAGUGAGAUCACUGGCUUCUUUGUGGAGUAUCAGGAAGAGGGAGUGAGGGAUUGGGAAGAAUGGAAGACUGUGAGCAUCCCAGAGAGUCAUGUCACCGGCCUGGAGGAGGGAAAGACCUACCGCUUCAGAGUAAGGGCUGAGAACGCCAUCGGACUCAGCAGACCUGAUACCACCCUGCCCAUCCUUUGCCAGGAGAAACUAGUCCCUCCAAUUGUCGAGGUGGAUGUUAAGCUCAUUGAAGGAAUCAUUGUGAAGGCCGGCACCACCAUCAGGUUACCGGCUAUCAUGAGAGGAAUCCCUGUGCCCACUGCCAAGUGGUCCAUUGAAGGGGAGGAAAUCACAAGCCAGGGCAACAUUAAAAUCGACACUGACAAUUUCUCCACGGUGCUCAACAUUAAUGAGUGCACCAGGAACCACACAGGCACCUACCUGCUCACCGUCUCAAACCCAGCAGGGACUAAAACCGUGGCCCUCAAUGUAACAGUUCUAGACGUCCCGGCUGCUCCUAUCGGACCCGUCAACAUCCUGGAAGUUACUCCAGACUCCAUGACAAUUGAGUGGCGCCCACCAAAGGAUGACGGAGGCAGCCCUGUCACCAGCUACAUUGUGGAAAAAAGAGAGUCCAGCAAGGAAACCUGGGGGGGAAUUAGCUCCGGCAGCCUCGACACUCAGCUCAGAAUCACUCGCCUGCAGAAGGGAGCGGAGUAUGUGGUCCGUAUCCGUGCUGCAAACAAGAUGGGAGUGGGUGCUCCUUUGGAGAGCAAGCCCACUGUGGCUGAACACACCUUUAUGCCACCUAGUCCACCUGGUAAACCCCACCAUUACGAUCUGUCUGAAGAUGCCGUCACGAUUGGAUGGACCAUGCCUCUUGCUGAUGGUGGCAGCCAGAUCACUGGCUACCUCAUUGAGCGCAGACACAAGGGAGGAAAGUGGAUCCGCGUCAAUAGGACCCCAUGCAAGGACCUACGAUACAGAGUCCAGGGUCUCUUUGAAGGAAGUGAAUAUGAAUUCCGGGUGUUUGCUGAGAAUAUUGCUGGUUAUAGCGGUCCUUCUCCCACCUCUGACCUCUGCAAGCCCUGCAGACCCAUCACAGUCCCAAGCUCACCCAUUAACCCCAAAGUAAAGGAUUACAGUAAGAACACAGCAGACCUGGUUUGGACAAAACCCUCCAGGGAUGGCGGCAGCCCGAUCCUGGGCUACACUGUGGAAAUGAAGAAGGCGGACACUGAGGAGUGGAAGAAAGUUAACCUGGAUGAUUUUAUCAAGCAGUGUGCCUACACAGUGAAGGGUCUUGAAGAAGGUGUGAGCUACAACUUCAGAGUCCGUGCUUCCAAUAUGAUUGGAGAUGGAGAGCCCAAGGAAAUGCCAGAUUCUAUCACUGCUCAGGAUAUCCUCAUCCCACCUGAGAUUGAAAUGGACCUCACCUGUCGCGAGAGACUGACAGUACGUGUCGGUCACAACCUCAACAUCAUUGGCUACGUCAAAGCCCGUCCUGAUCCCGAAGUCAUUUGGUCGAAGGGGGAGGCGGUUCUGGAGAACAGCAAGCGCUUGACCAUCGUCCAGAACUUCCCUGUUGUUCACCUCAAGGUAAAGGAGGCAACAAGGAAUGAUCACGGCCAGUACACGGUGAAGGCUUCAAAUGAGGGUGGUGAGGCUUCCUGCACCAUCACAGUCAAUGUGCUGGACAGACCCAGUCACUGCCAGAAUCUGCACAUCACUUAUGCCACCAAGAGCUCCUGUAUGGUCAACUGGGAGGCACCCAUCGACAACGGAGGUUCAGAGAUCACCAAUUACAUUGUGGAGUGCCGUGAGCCCAGCAUCAGCAUGUGGUCCAUGAUCUCCUCCAACUGCACUAAUCGCAAAAUCAAAGCCAAAAUGAUGGAGGGCCAUGAGUACCUGUUCCGCGUCUGUGCUGUGAACAAGUUGGGACCUGGUCCCUGUGUGGAAACCAAGACCCCUCUGCUGGCCAUAGACCCCAUAGAGAAACCCGGUGAGCCUGAGAACUUUAGAGCCACCGACAUUGGUAAAAACCACGUCUAUCUAAGGUGGAGGAAACCCGAUUAUGAUGGUGGCAGCCCCAACCUCUCUUACAACUUGGAGUGCAAACAUAAAGAUGCAGAAGAGUGGGAGAAGCUCAACGCCGGCAUACUAACGGAUACCUUUUUCUUGGCGAACAAGCUGGUUGAGAACCAAACAUACACAUUCAGGGUGCAAACUGUGAAUGAGGGAGGAGAAAGUGCCUGGGUGAAGAUUCCUGACAUCGUGGUGAGGGAGGAGCUCCAGAAGCCAGUUAUUGAUCUGAAGGUAACUGGAACCAUGACAGUAAAGGCUGGAGAGUCCGUCAGGAUGGAAGCAGCGCUGAGAGGAAAACCCCCGCCUGAAGUCAAAUGGGCCAAAGACAAGGCUGUGGGAGACAAUCCAAGGAUGAGCUACGAAACUGGUCCAGAUUACUCCAAAUUCCUCUUGACCAAGUCUAGACGCACAGACACUGGAAAAUACAUUGUCACUGCCACCAAUCCAGCUGGCACAUUCACGGCCUACGCCAAUGUCAAUGUCUUGGAUGUCCCGGGACCCGUGAGGAACCUGAGGAUCACUGGCAUUGGAGCUGACAAGUGCAGAGUGAUAUGGGACAGUCCGGACGAUGAUGGAGGCUGUGAGGUGGACAGCUACAUUGUGGAAAAAUGCGAGACCAGGAGAAUGGUCUGGUCCACUUACUCUGCCUCUGUGGUCACACCUUACUGCAACGUCACUCGUUUGGUGGAGGCUAACGAGUACAUCUUUAGAGUAAGGGCAGAAAAUAAAAUGGGUACCGGGCCGGCCAUGGAGAGCAAGCCUGUAACCGUCAAGACUCAGUUCAACAAACCUGGACCCCCUGAAGCCCCUGAAGUUACAAAGGUCAGUAAGGAUGAGAUGACUGUGGUUUGGGCUCCACCAGAGAAUGAUGGUGGAAAGUCCAUUACCGGCUACAUCCUGGAGAGAAAAGAGAAGCGGGCAGUGCGCUGGGUGGCGUGCACUAAGAGCCCCAUCUCUGAGAGACGCAUGAAAGUGACAAACCUGAUUCCGAACCAUGAGUACCAGUUCAGAGUAAAAGCAGAAAAUGAAGUUGGUCUUGGAGAGCCAAGCAAACCGUGUAGACCUGUUGCAGCCAAAGAUCCUAUCGAACCACCUGGACCACCAGCAUACCUGAAGGUCUCUGACAGCACAAAGACCUCUAUUACCCUUUCCUGGUCUAAACCUGUGUAUGACGGUGGCGCCCCCAUCAUCGGUUACAGCCUGGACUUGAGGCUUAAGAGCGAAGCCGACCCAGAGAAACCCUCUGAGGGCUGGAAGAGAAUCGAUACACGCGGCCCUCUGGUGAUCACAGAGUUCACUAUCGGCCAGCUGGACGAGAAGCAGGAGUACGAGUUUAAGGUGUCCGCCCAAAACCAGGUGGGCUGGGGACGCCAUGCCUAUCUGAAGGAGGCCGUGUCUCCCAAGGAGAUCAUUGAGGCUCCAGAAAUCGAGCUGGAUGCCAGUCUAAGGAAAGGUCUUGCUGUUAGGGCUGGGUGUCCGAUUCGGUUGUUUGCUGUGAUCAGAGGAAGGCCGGCCCCCAAGGUGACCUGGAAGCGCAUUGGCGUGGACAAUGUCGUCCGCCGAGGUCAUGUGGACCAGGUGGACACCAUGUGUUUCCUGGUAAUCCCUGAGAGCACAAGAGAUGAUUCUGGAAAAUAUUCACUCACUCUGUCCAACUCAGCUGGAGAGAAGGCAGUGUUUGUUCGCGUCAAAGUCCUCGACACACCUGGCCCCGUUGGUGGACUGGAUGCCACCGAUAUAACCAAGACCACCGCUCAGCUGUCCUGGUUGCCACCAGAAAACGAUGGUGGCAGCCCCAUUCUGAAUUACAUUGUUGAGAAACGUGAAGUGGACAGGAAGACCUGGACCAAAUGCAUAGAGGACCUGAAGAAAACUAGCUUCAAGGUAACCAACAUGACGCCAGGUAUCGAGUACUACUUUAGAGUUACGGCGUGCAACAAAUACGGAAUCGGAGUUCCUCAGGAUUCUCCCAGGUCCUAUCUGGCUGUAGAUCCUAUAAGUGAGCCAGACCCUCCUAAGAAGAUGGACGUGUUGGACAUCACAAAGAACAGCGCCACCCUGGGCUGGCUGAAGCCUCUCAGAGACGGAGGAGCUAAGAUCAACGGCUAUGUGGUUGAGUACCAGGAAGAGGGUUCACCCGAGGACAAAUGGACACCUUAUUCUGUGGUGAAAGAUCUCAGCAUUGUGGUUGUCGGCCUGAAGGAAGGGACGAAAUACAGGUUCCGAGUGGCAGCAAGGAACUCUGUGGGAGUCAGCUUGGCUCGUGAGGCAGAGGGAAUGUUUGAGGUCAAGGAACAACUCAUGGCUCCAAAGAUCAUUCUACCUGACACAGUGACGGUGAGGGCCGGAUCCAAAAUGUUGAUCGAGGGCAUUGUGGCUGGAAAGCCCGCUCCUUUCUGCAAGUGGAAACAGAGCAAUGAGGACGUGCUGACCUCUGACCGCCUGUCCGUCAUAAAGACACAGACAACCUGCACUCUCAUCAUAAAGAACGUGAACAGAAAGGACAGCGGCUAUUACAGCCUGUCGGCUGAGAACAGUACCGGCAAGGUCAACCAGAUCCUCAGAGUCAUUGUUCAGGACAUCCCUGGACCUCCAGGAGGUCCUUUGGAAAUCUCUGAGUUGGAUAUCGAUUCUUGCACGCUGCUGUGGAACACUCCGGAAGAAGAUGGCGGCAGCCACAUCACCAACUACAUUGUGGAGAAGUGUGACAUCAGUCAGGGUGACUGGAUCACUGUCUCAACUUCCUGCACCAAGACCAGCUACCGAAUGACCAAACUGACGACUGGAAAAGAGUACUGGUUUAGGGUCCGUGCUGAGAACAAAUCAGGCAUUUCUGAGCCUCUCUACUCUGACAAGAUGAUUGCCAGAUAUCCAUUCGAUCCUCCCAGUGAACCCAGAAACCUGCAAAUCAACAAGAUCAACAAGGACUUUGUUAUUCUCUCUUGGGAGCGUCCCAGCAGUGAUGGCGGAAGCCCAAUCACUGGUUACUGCAUAGAGAAGAAGGAGAGGAACAGCCUGCUGUGGGUAAAGGCUAACGAGUCUGCGGUUAAAGCCACCCAGUACACCUGCACAGGCCUCAUGGAGGGCCUGGAGUACACCUUCAGGGUGUCAGCUUAUAACAUGGCUGGUCAAGGCAAACCCUGCAAACAGACAGACUUCAUCACAGCCAGAACAGCUGUUGAUCCACCUGGUAAACCAGAGGCAAUGGACGUGUCUAAAAGCUCAGUGUCGCUGAUUUGGAGCCGUCCUAAACAUGAUGGUGGCAGCAAACUGAUUGGCUACUAUGUUGAAUACACCAAACUACCAGAGGAGAAGUGGACCCGAUGCAAUGCCAACUGCAUGAAUAUUCAGACAGAGAGCUAUGUGGUUCAAGGCUUGGAGGAGGGUCAGAGGUACCAGUUUAGAAUUAUCGCCAAGACUGCCGUGAACAUCAGCCUCCCCUCUGAGCUGUCGGAUCCCAUCCCUGUCAUUGAUGAGAAUGUUCCUCCUCGUCUUGAACUGGGUGCCAACAUGAAAAACCUUAUUGUGGUAAAAGCAGGGGAGAAUGUCUUCAUGGAUGCUGAGAUUCACGGGAAACCCCUACCUAAGGUGAGCUGGAAGAAGGACGGCGCACCUCUGGCGAUAGCAGAGGGAAUGAAGGCGUCUCAGAAGAAACACGUCCAUAUGCUGGAGCUCUUCUCGGUCACCAGAAAGGAGUCUGGGGACUAUACCAUCGUUGCUGAAAAUCUGAGUGGUAGCAAGCAUGCCACUAUAAAGCUUAAGGUGUUGGACAAACCCGGCCCUCCAGCCUCAAUAAAAAUAGCCAAGGUGUUUGCUGAUCAUGUGAAGCUUCGAUGGGAGCCUCCAAUUGCAGACGGAGGAUCUGAAAUCACCAACUACAUCAUUGAGAAGCGCGAGACGAGCAGGGCUAACUGGGCGCUAGUAACCGCUAACCUCCAUGGCCACCUCACUGACUGCUCAGUGGAGAAGCUCAUUGAGGGUCAUGAGUAUCAGUUUAGAGUGAGCGCCGAGAACCAGUAUGGUGUGGGAGAUGCCAUCAUGACGGAUGCUGUCAUGGUGAAGAACCCAUAUGAUGUUCCUGGGCCAUGUGAGCCACCGGUUAUUACAAACAUCACCAAGGACGCAAUGACUGUCAGUUGGAAAGCCCCCGCCAACGACGGCAAAGCUCCCAUCCUGGGUUACUUAUUGGAGAAACGUGAGGCCACAGAGCUGACCUGGGCUAAAGUCAACCGUCGGCCGGUUAUUGACAGAACAAUCAGGGCAACUCAACUGACUGAGGGCUCAGAGUACGAGUUCAGAGUGAUCGCUUUGAACAAGGCCGGUCUAGGCAAACCCAGCGAUGCUUCGAACGCUGCUCUAGCUGUCGACCCUGUCUAUCCACCUGGCCCACCUGCAUUCCCCAAGGUGGUGGAUUCUACCAAGAGCUCAGUCAGCCUCAGCUGGACCAAACCGGCUUACGAUGGCGGCUGUGAAAUCACAGGAUAUCUGGUGGAGUGCAAGCGAGCCGAUGCAGAGCAGUGGACCAAGUGCAAUGUCCCAAAGAAACUCCAGGCCACCAAGUUUGUGGUGACUAGACUAAUGGAAAACACAGAGUACCAGUUCAGAGUCACUGCUGUCAACAAGAUUGGCUACAGUGAGCCCAGCGAGGUUCCUGGGAACCACAUGGCAAAGGACAUCCUGAUUGCCCCUGAAGCUGAGCUGGAUGCUGACCUGAGAAAGGCUUUAGUUCUGCGAGCCGGCAUCACCAUGAGGCUCUAUGUCCCGCUGAGAGGACGCCCAGCCCCCAAGGUGACAUGGUCAAAGGUGGACGCCAACCUUAAGGAGAGGCAAGGCCUCUUGAUCAAGACGUCUGAAUGGGACACUUUCCUGAUGAUUGAGGACAUCAACAGAUAUGAUGCAGGCAAAUAUGUGCUGUCUCUGGAGAACAGCAGUGGAUCCAAGAGCUACACUAUCAUUGUAAAGGUCCUCGAUUCCCCUGGACCACCUGUCAACCUGGUUGUUAAGGAGACCUCCAGGACCCAUGCCUGGAUAAACUGGGAACCACCAAUGAUCGAUGGUGGAAGUCCAGUGAAGAGCUACAUUGUAGAGAAACGUCUGGCUGAGAGGAAGGCAUGGACCUGUGUCUCAGCAGAGUGUCACAAGACCUCCUUUAGGAUCACAAACCUGGAGCCAGGUCAAGCCUACUGCUUUAGAGUUCUGGCUGAAAACUCCUAUGGCAUUGGAGAAGGCUGUGAGACUGAGGGCAGUGUGCGGGCCUCAGAGCAACCCGGUCCAGUUACAGAUUUCAAAGCCCAAAAGACCACCAAAAACUCAAUCACACUGGGCUGGAAGAAGCCCAUAAGUGAUGGAGGGAGCUACAUCACCUCUUACAUCCUGGAGCAGAGCGAAGGUGAGGAGAAGUGGAAGGAGAUCAUGAAGGGCAAGAACACCACUCACACCAUCAGCGAGCUGGCAGAGGGCAAAGAGUACUUAUUCAGGGUCAAGGCCCUCAACGAGACUGGGGAGGGACCACCAACUGAGCUAACUGCUGUAGCAAAGGACCAGUUUGUGCUGCCUGACUGCAACCUGAGCAGUCUUCAGGAUGGUUGCUGUGUGGUCAAGGAGGGCGCCACCAUGCGCAUUAACAUUCCUGUCAUUGGUGUGCCCUACCCCACUGCCACCUGGAAGAAGGGUGAUGUGGGAGUUGGUGACACUGGACGUCUAUGCAUUGAGGCCUCCCAGGGCCUCACCACCCUACUAAUCAGAGACUGCCAGAGAGGAGAUGCUGAUACCUACACCAUCAAUGUCAGAAACAGUGCCGGCUCAAAGGACUGCAAGUUCCAGCUAAAAGUAGUUGGGAAGCCGGGUAUAUGCACUGGGCCCAUCAAGUUUGAUGAAAUAACAGCUGAUGGCAUCACCCUGGAGUGGGCACCGCCCAAAGACGAUGGCGGCGCAGAGGUGUCCAAUUACAUCCUUGAGAAGAGGAGGACAACAGACAACAAAUGGGCUACGGUUGCAUCAGCCAUUCAGAAGACAACCAUGAGGGUGAUCAGACUCCAUGAUGGAAUAGAAUAUAUCUUCAGAGUGUGUGCCGAGAAUAAGUACGGGAUUGGAGAAUAUCUGAGGUCUGACCCUGUCAUCGCCCAGCAUCCUUUCAAUGUGCCCGAGGCACCAGCUCCUCCUGAGAUUUUGAGCAUUCGACAUGAGUCGGCCAUUCUGACUUGGUCUGAUCCUAAAGACAAUGGUGGCUCCCCCAUUACUGGAUAUUACCUUGAGUUUAAGGAGAGGAACAGCCUGAUGUGGAAACGAGCCUGUAAAACUCCUUUGAGAGUCAAGGAGUGUAGAGUUACAGGUCUAAUAGAAGGACUAGAGUACGAGUUCAGAGUGAUGGCCAUGAAUAUGGCUGGCCUGGGAAAGGCAAGCAAAGUCACAGAGGCUGUCGUCGCACUUGAUCCUAUUGAUCCACCUGGCAACCCGGACGUGAUCAAUGUAACCAGGAACUCAGUCACUCUAAUGUGGACUGCUCCUAAAUACGAUGGUGGCUACAAGCUGACUGGCUACAUGGUGGAGAAACUAGAGGCUGGUGGAAAGGCAUGGAUGAAGGCCAAUCAUGUGAACAUCCUGAGUUGUGCUUUCACUGUCCCGGACCUGACAGAAGGAGCUCAGUAUCAGUUUAGAAUCAGGGCCAAGAAUGCUGCUGGUGCUAUCAGUGUUCCCUCCGAGCCUACUGAAUCCCUGACCUGCAGGGAUGAGUUUGAGCCCCCAUCUAUCACCCUUGACCAAGAGAUGAAAGAUGUUGUAUCUGUCAAGGCAGGGGACACAAUUGUUAUAUCAGCUGCUAAGAUUUUGGGCAAACCUCCACCAACUUCUUUCUGGUCCAAGGGAGGUCGUGAGUUCAAGAACUCGGACAUUGUCACUGUGACUACCACUCCAACUUCCUCGACUCUUGCUAUUAAAUAUGCAAGCCGGAAGAACACAGGAGACUACACAAUCACUGCAGCCAACCCAUUCGGUAUAAAAGAAGAACACAUUAAAGUGAAGGUUCUUGAUGUUCCUGGACCACCAGGCCCCAUUGAAGUCAGUAACAUUUCAGCUGAAAAGUGUACCCUGACCUGGCUUCCACCUGAGGAGGAUGGAGGUGCUUCUAUCAAGUCCUACAUCCUUGAGAAGAGAGAAACUAGCCGCCUACAGUGGACCAAAGUAGCUGAAAAUAUCAUGGACUGCAGAUUUGUAGCCAGCAAACUGAUAAAGGGCAACGAGUAUAUCUUUAAAGUGACUGCUGUAAACCUGUAUGGUACAGGAGACUCUAGCUUGUCUGGUCCUGUGAAAAUGGUUGACAGCUUUGGUCCACCAGGUCCACCAUCAGCCCCAGAGGUUGAUAACGUUAGUCGAAAUGCUGUUACUAUUUCAUGGAAGAGACCUGUACAGGACGGAGGAAGUGACAUUAGAGGAUAUUGUGUAGAAAGGAAAGAAAAGAAAGGAAUGAGAUGGGUUAGAGCCUGUAAGAGGACGGUUCCUGACCUUCGCUUCAAGGUACAAGGCCUGAGUGAGGGAGUAGAGUAUGAGUUUAGAGUCACUGCUGAGAAUAAAGCUGGAUUUGGGCAGCCGAGUGAGCCAUCACGCCCAGUAAUGACCAAGGACAUUGUAUAUCCACCCGGUCCUCCAUCAAACCCUAGGAUUACAGACACUACAAAAACGACAGCAUACUUCGCAUGGGGUCGCCCUCAUUAUGAUGGUGGUCUUGAAGUUGAUGGGUACAUCGUUGAAUAUAAAAAAGAGGGUCAUGAUGAUUGGGAGACAGAGACACAGUACCCAGUUAAAACUACUGAAUAUAUUAUUGGUAAACUUCAAAAAGGAGGAAAAUACCACUUCAGAGUUUGUGCUGUAAACUCUGAGGGAGUAGGUGAACCUGCAGAGGUUGAAAAAGUAACUGAACUGGUUGAUCAGGAAACCGUACCAGACUUUGAGCUGGAUGCUGAACUUAGGAAAACUCUUGUCGUUAGAUGCCGUGCUUCCAUCCGUCUAUUUGUUCCCAUCAAGGGCCGCCCUGUUCCUGAAGUCACUUGGAGCAAAGAAAACACCAACCUGAAAGCACGUGCACACAUUGAUACCACAGAGUCCUACACACUACUUGUUAUUCCUGACUGCACUAGAUACGAUGCUGGGAAAUAUCAUCUUUCUUUAGAGAACGUCGCUGGCAAGAAGACAGGCUUUAUCAACGUGAGAGUUCUUGACACUCCUGGACCCCCAGUCAACCUAAAACCAAGAGAGAUCACUAAAAACAGCAUAACUCUCCAAUGGGAAAUUCCCAUUAUUGAUGGAGGGUCCAAGAUUCAUAACUACAUCAUUGAAAAGAGAGAUGCCACGAAAAAGGCUUACACAGUCCUUAGCACCACAUGGCAAAAGUGUUCCUUUAAAUUUGAAGACCUUGUUGAGGGUGCUUAUUACUACUUCCGUGUCUCUGCUGAAAAUGACCUUGGUGUAGGUGAGCCCGCUGAAACAGCUGAGCCUAUAAGGGUGUCACAGGCCCCCUCUCCACCGGAUAACUUGUAUGUUACUGAUAUGACCGCUGACAGUGCUAGCCUUGCAUGGACCAAGCCUCUUCAUGAUGGCGGCAGCUUGAUUACUGGAUAUGUAAUUGAGGCUCAAAAGAAAGACACUGAUCAAUGGGUCCACAUAACCACCAUCAAAGCUCUUGAUUAUACUGUGACCGAUCUUGUUGAGGGUGCUGAAUACACCUUCCGCGUAAUGGCUGUCAAUGCAUCAGGCAGGAGUGAUCCUCGCGAGAGCCGACCAGCUCUGAUUAAAGAGCAAACAUCUGCUCCAUCUUUUGACCUGAGAGGAGUCUACCAGAAAACUGUAAUUGCCAAAGCAGGGGAUCGUGUUAAGGUGGAGAUUCCCGUGUUGGGAAAACCCAGGCCAGUUGUCUCAUGGAAGAAGGGAGACAUAGUGCUCAAAGAAACCCAAAGAAUCAACAUUGAAACCACAGCAACAUCAACCAUCCUUAACAUCAGUGAGAUCAAAAGAACUGAUCAAGGCCAGUAUUCAAUGACUGGGAAGAAUAUGCUUGGAACAUUGACAGAAACUAUCACAGUCCUGGUCCACGAUAUUCCAGGUCCACCCACUGGUCCUGUCAAGCUGGAUGAGGUCUCAUGUGAUUAUGUCAUCAUGUCCUGGGAACCCCCUGAGAAUGAUGGCGGUGUUCCUAUCAAUAAUUACAUUGUUGAAAUGCGGGAGACUACAGGCACCUCAUGGGUGGAGUUGGCAGCUACUGUUAUUCGCACCACAUUCAAAGCAGCACGACUUAAUACUGGAACCCAGUAUCAGUUCCGCAUCAAGGCUCAGAACAGAUAUGGCAUUGGACCAUGUCUUCUCUCUGAACCAGUGUUGGCUGCUUAUCCAUUUGAUGUGCCCAGCCAGCCCGGUAUUCCUGUGGUCACAUCAUUCAACAAGGAUUCAAUGACUGUUAGUUGGAACGAGCCAUCCUCUGAUGGGGGCAGUCCUAUUCUUGGCUAUCACAUUGAUAGAAAAGAGAAAAACAGCAUUCUGUGGCAGAGGAUCAACAAAGCUCUUGUUGUUGGAAACAUAUUUAAAUCAACAGGCCUUGUUGAUGGCAUUGCAUAUGAAUAUCGUGUUAUUGCUGAAAACAUGGCUGGUCUGAGCAAACCUAGCAAGGCCUGUGAACCUAUGUAUGCUUUGGACCCAGUUGAUCCACCAGGCAGACCUGUGGCAUUAAAUAUUACUAGACAUGAGGUGACAUUAUCUUGGACCAAACCAGAAGGUGAUGGAGGAUUUUCCAUCACAGGAUACACAGUGGAGAGGAAAGAGUUGCCUAAUGGCCGCUGGCUCAAAGCAAAUUUCAACAACAUUCUGGAAACCAUGUUUACAGUCAGUGGUUUGACUGAAGAUGCAACAUAUGAAUUCCGUGUGUUUGCUCGAAACUCAGCUGGUGCUAUCAGUGCUCCUUCUCAACCAUCAGAAGCCAUUACAUGCAGAGAUGACAUUGAAGAGCCCAGGCUUGAUGUUGAUGCAUCAUACAGCAGUAAUGUUGUUGUAAUGGCAGGAGAGCCAUUUAGACUUGAAGCCAAUGUCACUGGCAGACCAAUUCCUUCUUUAGUAUGGACAAAGGAAGGAAAAGAGCUGGAGGACACAGCCAAAAUAGAGAUAAAGACAUCUGACUUCCACACAACUCUAAUCAACAAAGAUUCCCUAAGAAGAGAUGGUGGUGCUUUUACCCUGACUGCAAGCAAUCCUGGUGGUUUUGCUAAGUUCACUUUCAAUGUGAAAGUACUAGACAGACCUGGACCUCCAGAUUCCCUUACAGUUACAGAUAUUGCUGCAGAGAAAUGUGUGCUUAACUGGCUGCAUCCAACACAUGAUGGCGGUGCUAAGAUUGAGUAUUUUAUCAUACAGAGGCGUGAGACCAGCAGGUUGGCUUGGACUAAUGUCGCAACAGAUCUUCAAGCAAACAGGUUUAAGGUCACAAAGCUUCUUAAAGGUAAUGAGUACAUUUUCAGAGUCAUGGCUGUCAACAAGUAUGGUGUAGGUGAACCCCUUGAAACAGAACCUGUUAAUUGUGUCAACCCAUACGGCCCCAGUGACCCACCAACACAGCCUGAGGUCACAACUAUUACCAAAGACUCCAUGGUUGUCUGCUGGGAGCGUCCUGAACAUGACGGAGGCAGUCGAAUUAAUACCUAUGUAAUUGAAAGAAGGGAUAAGACAGGCCUACGCUGGGUCAAAUGUAACAAGAGGACUGUAACUGACUUACGAUUCAAAGUCUCCGGUCUCACACCAGGUCAUGAAUAUGAAUUUAGAGUUUUUGCUGAAAAUAAUGCUGGCCUCAGCCAGCCUAGCCCUUCCAGUCCAUUCUACAAAGCUGUUGAUACCAUCUUCCAGCCUGGGCCUCCCGGAAACCCACGAGUACUAGACACCUCAAAGUCUUCCAUUACAGUCACCUGGAAUAAACCUGUGUAUGAUGGUGGUUCUGAAAUUACUGGUUAUAUCGUGGAGACCUGCCUGCCUGAGGAGGAUGAAUGGACAAUCCACACUCCCAAGAAGGGAUGGACAGCCACAUCCUUUACUAUCACUAAUCUGAAAGAAAACCAGGACUAUAAAAUUAAUAUCUGUGCUACAAAUAGUGAAGGAGUAGGAGAGCCUGCUGCUGUUCCUGGGGUCCCUAAGGCAGAAGACAGAUUAAUUCCUCCUGAAAUUGAACUUGGAGCAGAGCUACGUAAAGUAGUUUCCAUAAGAGCAUGUAGCACACUCAGACUUUUUGUCCCUAUUAAGGGAAGACCAGCCCCUGAAGUUAAAUGGUCAAGAGAGCAUGGUGAAUCCCUAGAUAAGGCAAAUAUUGAAAUCACCCCAUCAUUCACAACCCUUCAGAUAGAAAACGUUGACAGGUUUGAUGGGGGUAAAUACUUGGUGACAGUGGAGAACGCCUCUGGAAGUAAAACAGCAUUUGUCAAUGUAAGAGUACUAGACACUCCUGGACCACCUCAAAAUCUCAUUGUUAAGGAAGUUACAAGAGACUCCGUUUCCCUCGUCUGGGAUGCACCAAUCAUUGAUGGAGGCUCUAGAAUCCGCAGCUACAUUGUGGAAAAGCGGGAGUCUCAUAGGAAAGCCUACUCGACUGUAUGUGCCAGCUGUCAUAAGUCUAGUUGGAAAGUGGGAGACCUGGAAGAAGGAAAAUUGUAUUUCUUCAGAAUACUGGCUGAAAAUGAGUUUGGUAUUGGUCUACCAGUUGAAACUCUAGAACCAAUUAAGGCAUCAGAAAAGCCUUUACCACCAGGCAAAGUAUCUCUCCGUGAAGUUACUGGAACCAGUAUCACACUGACUUGGGAAAAACCAGAUCAUGAUGGUGGUAGCAGAAUAACAGGCUAUAAUGUUGAGAUGCAAACUAAAGGAAGUGAGAAAUGGACCCAAGUGAUGGUAGUAAAAACCAAUGAGGCUCAGGUGACUGGACUUACACAUGGAGAGGAGUACAUGUUCAGAAUAUCAGCUUUCAACGAAAAGGGCGUUAGUGAUCCCCGACCUCUCAAUGUGCCCGUGGUGGCUAAAGAUCUAGUUAUCCCACCAGCCUUUAAACUGCUUUUUAGCACUUUUAGUGCGCUCGCAGGAGAUGACCUGAAGAUAGAUGUACCUUAUGUAGCCUGUCCUAAGGCUACAAUAACUUGGCUUAAGGAUGGUGUGAUUCUCAAAGAAACAACACGAGUUAAUACUGAAGCCACAGACAAAAACCUUCUUCUCAUCAUUAAAGAUGCUUGUAGAGAUGAUGUUGGUAUGUAUACCAUAAAACUAAACAACACCGCUGGGGAGGCUGCAACAGAUAUAAGUGUUGUCGUCUUAGAUAAGCCCGGUCCUCCAAUUGGUCCGAUCAAGCUGGAUGAGGUCACAUCAGACAGUGUAGUCUUGUCUUGGAAUCCACCACAAUAUGAUGGGGGUUGCUCAAUAAAUAAUUAUAUUGUAGAGAAGAGAGACACAUCAACAACAAACUGGCAAAUUGUGUCUGCUACAGUAGCUAGAACAACUAUCAAGGCAGCUCGUCUGAAGACUGGUUCAGAGUAUCAGUUUAGAAUUGCUGCAGAAAAUAGAUAUGGAAAGUCAUCAUUCCUCCUUUCUGAAAGCAUUGUUGCACAGUAUCCGUUUGAAAUACCCAGUGCACCGCAUUCUGUUGUUGUCCAGUCAGCCACCAAGGAGACCAUGACUGUUGUCUGGGAGAAACCCAGCAAAGACGGUGGAAGCAAAAUACUGGGAUACCACUUGGAACUUAAAGAGCGAAACAGCAUUCUCUGGGUGAAACAGAACAAGCAGCUAAUCCCAGACACAAGAUUUAAAGUGGUUGGUCUUGAAGAAGGCAUUGAAUAUGAGUUUAGAGUAUAUGCUGAGAAUAUUGUUGGCCUUAGCAAACCUAGUAAGGUGAGCGAGAUGCAAGUGGCCAGGGAUCCUUGUGACAGACCUGGAAAACCAGAGGCUGUCAUUGUAACUAGAAACCAAGUGACACUGAGAUGGACCAAACCUGAAUUUGAUGGAGGCAUCAAAAUCACUGGUUAUGUUGUUGAGAAAAAGGAGGCAAAUGGUCGUUGGAUGAAGGCCAGUUUUGCAAACGUAAUUGAGACUGAAUUUGUUGUCACAGGACUUACUGAGGAUCAGACUUAUGAGUUCCGCGUUAUUGCUAAAAAUGCAGCCGGUGUCUUUAGCCAGCCAUCAGAUUCUACUGGAUCCAUCACUGCCAAGGAUGAGAUUGAACCACCCAAAAUUGACUUGGAAGCAAAGUACUCCCAGGUUGUGGUUGUAAAUGCUGGAGAGACAUUUACACUUGAAGCUGCUAUUUAUGGUAAACCUGUACCAAAUGUACAUUGGCUGAAAGAGGGCAGUGAGAUUGCAGAAGCAGCUCGUUUAGAAAUCCGCAAUACAAAUUUUUCAGCUUGUUUAAUUGUUAAGGAAGCUAUUCGUGUUGAUAGCGGUCAGUACACAUUGCUUGUGAAGAAUGUUGGUGGAGAAAAAACUAUUACCAUUAUGGUCAAGGUCUUGGAUAGGCCAGGUCCUCCUGAGGGCCCUAUUUCUAUCUAUGGUGUCACCAAUGAGAAAUGCUCAAUUUCUUGGAAACCUCCCUUGCAUGAUGGGGGUAGUGAUGUCUCCCAUUACAUUGUUGAGAGAAGGGAAACCAGCAGACUGGUAUGGACUGUAGUUGAACAAAAAGUUCAGACUCUAAAUCUAAAAAUCACCAAACUUCUUCCUGGUAAUGAAUACGUCUUCAGAGUUAUUCCUGUCAAUAAGUACGGUGUUGGUGAGCCUUUGGAAUCUGAGGCAAUGAUUGCAAAAAAUCCAUUUGUCACACCAAGCCCACCAACUGAGGUAGAUGUUUCUUCAAUUACUAAGGACUCAAUGGUUGUUACCUGGGAGAGGCCAAGUAAUGAUGGUGGCAGUUCCAUUCAGGGGUAUGUAAUUGAGAAACGUGAUAAGGAUGGUGUUAGAUGGACUAGAUGCAACAAGCGAAAUGUGACCGAAUUACGGUUUAGAGUAACAGGACUCAUAGAAAACCAUAGCUAUGAAUUCAGAGUAGCUGCUGAGAAUGCUGCUGGAGUUGGCACACCUAGCUCACCAACAAUCUACUAUAAAGCACUGGAUCCUGUCUUUAAACCAGGGCCACCCAACAACCCUAAGGUAGUAGAUACCUCUAGGUCAACUGUGUCUCUUACAUGGGGCAAGCCCAUAUAUGACGGUGGAAGCGAGAUUAAGGCUUAUAUUGUUGAAGCAUACAAUGUAGCAGCUGAUGAGUGGUUUAUUUGUACUCCUCCCUCUGGAAUAACAGAGACAAAAUUUACAGUGAAAAAGCUUCUGGAGAAACAUGAAUAUCAGUUCCGGGUUUGUGCAAUCAACAAAAUUGGUGUUGGAGAACAUGCUGACGUGCCGGGUAAAAUCCUACUUGAAGAGAAACUUGAGGCUCCUGAUCUUGAAUUAGAUGCUGAAAUGAGAAAAAUGAUCAACAUCAGAUCAGCUUGCACUCUGAGAUUGUUUGUUCCUGUGAGAGGACGGCCUGCUCCUGAGUUGAAAUGGGGCAAGGUUGAUGGGGAGAUUAAAGAGACAGCCCAAAUUGACAACACGGGAAGCUAUGCCUCUCUGACCAUUGAAAAUGUUGACCGAUUUGAUAGUGGCAAGUACACACUGACUGCAGAAAAUGCUAGUGGAGUCAAGUCAGUGUUCAUCAGUGUCAGAGUCUUGGACUCUCCUAGUCCACCAACUAACUUAACUGUUAAAGAGAUUACUAGGAACUCUGUCACACUCUCAUGGGAGCCUCCACUUCUGGAUGGUGGCUCAAAGAUUAAGCAUUACAUUGUUGAGAAGCGUGAAAGCACAAGGAAAGUUUACACUACUAUCACAACGUGUAACAAGAUGUCAUGGAAAGUUGAGCCUCUUCCAGAGGGUGGAAUCUUCUUCUUUAGAGUCUUAGCUGAGAAUGAAUAUGGUGUUGGUCUCCAAGCUAAAACUAUGGAUCCAAUCAAAAUAUCUGAGAAGCCUCAACCACCUGGUAAGGUUAGUGUUCUUGAUGUGACUCGCAGCACAGUUACUCUAAAGUGGGAGAAAUCUGAAUAUGACGGUGGUAGUAGAAUCAGCCAUUAUGACAUUGAAAUGGCUCCCAAAGAUAGUGAGGACUGGACUGUGUGUGCCAGUGUGAAAGGCCUGGAGACAGUAGUAAGCAACCUUAUGAAGGGAGAGGAAUAUCAGUUCAGAGUUGUUGCUGUAAAUGAAAAAGGUAAAAGUGACCCACGACAACUGGCUCAUACAGUUGUAGCAAAGGACCUUAUCAUAGAGCCCUCUGUAAGACCUAAAUCAAGUUCCUACAGCGUUCAGGUGGGGAAUGAUCUCAAGAUAGAGGUUCCAUUUGCUGGUCAUCCAAAACCAACUAUCACUUGGACCAAGGAUGGAGUAGCACUUAAGCAGACUACCAGAGUAAAUGUAAGUGACUCAGCACAUCAUACUACUCUAACCAUUAAGGAUGCCACCAGAGAUGAUGGUGGUAUGUACAGUAUCAAUAUUACCAAUGCCUUGGGUUCCAAGGAUGCCACGAUUGAGGUUAUCACCCUUGACAAACCUGGACCACCAACAGGUCCGGUCAAGAUUGAGGAUAUCAGUGCCGAGAGUGUCACUCUUAAUUGGGAACCCCCUACCUACACAGGUGGCUGUCCAGUGUCCAACUAUAUUGUGGAAAAAAGAGAUACAACUACAACUAAUUGGGUUGUUGUUUCUGCCACUGUGGCUAGAACAACUUUAAAGGUAGCAAAUCUAAAGACAGGUGCUGAAUACCAGUUUAGAAUUUUUGCUGAAAACAGAUAUGGAAAGAGUUAUGCAAUUGAUUCCGAGCCUGUUUUAGCACAGUAUCCCUUCCAGGAGCCUGGGCCACCAGGAACACCAUAUGUUUCUUCAUACACUAGAGAUUAUAUGGUGGUUGAGUGGCAUAAACCACCAUCUGAUGGAGGCAGUGCUAUUUUGGGCUAUCAUUUGGAGAGGAAAGAGAAGAAUAGUAUCUUGUGGACAAAGAUCAACAAAAUGCUCAUUCAAGAUUGUAAAUUCAAGUCUACCCCUCUUGAGGAAGGCAUCGAGUAUGAGUACAGAGUAUAUGCUGAGAAUAUAGUUGGCAUUGGCAAGUGCAGCAAAGUUUCUGAGGUUUAUGUAGCUCGUGAUCCAUGUGAUCCUCCUGGCCGUCCUCAAGCUGUUAUUGUAACCCGACAUUCAGUGAAGCUCAGAUGGACACCCCCACAGUAUGAUGGUGGAAGCCUUGUAACUGGCUAUGCAGUAGAGAAGCGAGACCUUCCAGAGGGAAAAUGGAUGAAGGCAAGCUUUGCAAACAUUAUUGAAAAUGAAUUCAUAGUUACUGGCCUGACAGAGGGCAGUAAAUAUGACUUUAGAGUGAUUGCAAGGAAUGCCGCUGGUGCUGUUAGCAAGCCCUCUGAGACGACAGGAUCCAUAACAGCUAAGGAUGAAGUUGAGCCACCAAAGUGUGAGACUGAUUCUAAGUACAAUCAAACUAUUGUCAUCAAUGCUGGAGAGACUUUCACUCUGGAGGCUAGUGUGGAAGGAAAACCCAUUCCAACAGCUCAGUGGUUCAAGGGAAGUGUUGAAGUUGAAAACUCUGCAAGAGCUGAAAUAAAGAACUCCGAUUUUAACGCAUUACUUGUAGUAAAGGAUGCUAUUAGAGUGGAUGGUGGACAGUACACGUUGGUUCUAACAAAUGUUGCUGGAACUCAGACAGUUCCGUUCACUGUGAAGGUACUGGAUAGACCAGGCCCAUCAGAGGGUCCCCUCACAGUCAGUAAUGUUACUGAGGAGAAAUGCUCACUAUCAUGGCUGCCACCCAGGCAUGACGGAGGAGCCAGCAUUUCUCACUAUGUCAUUCAAAAGCGAGAAACUAGUCGCUUGGCAUGGACUGUGGUCUCUAGUGAUUGUGGAGCUACAAUGUUCAAGGUAACAAAACUACUGAAAGGCAAUGAGUACAUCUUUAGAGUCAUGGCUGUCAACAAGUACGGGGUAGGUGAGCCUCUGGAAUCAGAGCCAGUUGUCAUGAGAAAUCCAUUUGUUCCUCCUGGUGCACCUUGUGAACUAGAGAUCACUAACAUUACAAGGGAUUCAAUGACUGUCUGUUGGAACCGUCCAGAGUCUACAGGAGGAAGUGAAAUUGUUGGUUAUAUUAUUGAAAAGAGAGACAGAGCUGGAGUAAGGUGGACCAAGUGCAACAAACGCAGAGUGACAGACUUGCGUUUUAGAGUAACAGGACUCACUGAGGACCAUGAAUAUGAGUUCAAGGUAUCUGCUGAGAAUGCAGCUGGAGUGGGCCAGUCAAGUCCACCUACACCCUACCUUAAAGCCUGUGACCCUACUUUCGAACCAGGCAUUCCCACCAAUGCCCAUGUUGUUGACACAACAAAAGACUCCAUCAGCUUAGCUUGGCACAGACCUAUAUAUGAUGGUGGUUGUGAAAUCCAAGGAUAUGCCGUUGAAAUUACCAAGGCAGAGGAGGAGGAGUGGACUAUAUGCACACCACCUACAGGAGUACAUGCUACUAAAUUUACCAUCAAAAGUUUGAUAGAGCACCAAGAAUACAAAGUGCGUGUCUGUGCGAUAAAUAAAAUUGGUGUUGGUGAGCCCACAGAAAUUCAAGGAGUCGUUAUCCCUGUGGAUAAAAUCGAUCCUCCAGAAAUGAGUUUAGAUUCAGAGCUCAGGAAGGGAAUAGUUGUUCGCGCUGGAGGCUCAAUGAGAAUCUGCAUUCCUUUUAAGGGUCGUCCCUCUCCUGAAAUAAGUUGGGCCAAAGAGGAUGGGGAACUGCCAAGUAAAGUACAGAUUGAGACCGGUGACGAUUACACACAGCUCUCCAUUGACAUUUGCGAUAAAUAUGAUGCUGGAAAAUACAUCCUUAAUGUAGAAAACAGUGCUGGAAGCAAAUCAGCUUUUGUUUCUGUCAAAGUUUUGGACACACCAGGGGCUCCAUUAAAUCUAAUUGUAAAAGACAUAAAGAGGGAGAGUGUCACUUUGACCUGGGAACCCCCAAUUAUUGAUGGUGGUGCAAGAAUAAAGAAUUACUUGGUUGAAAAGCGUGAGUCAACCAGAAAAGUGUACUCAAAUGUGGACAAUAAAUGUACAAAGACAAGUUAUCGUAUCACAGGCCUAACUGAAGGAACAAUUUAUUACUUUAGAGUCUUAGCAGAGAAUGAAUUUGGUGUUGGACAGGCAAUUGAAACAACAGAACCUGUUAAAGCAUCUGAGCCACCUUUAUCAGUGGGAAAAGUUAAUUUGACUGAAGUCACAAAAACCUCAGCCUCACUCUCCUGGGAAAAGCCAGUCCAUGAUGGAGGCAGCAGGAUCAUUGGAUACUACAUUGAGAUGAUGCCUGUAGGCUCAGAAGAAUGGGUUGUGGCUGCCACAACCAAAACUUGUGAGGGAACGGUCACAGGCCUCAGUGCAGGACAUGAGUACCUUUUUAGAGUAUCAGCAUUCAAUGACAAGGGCAAGAGUGACCCCCGGCCUCUGGCUGCACCAGUAACUGCUAAGGAUGUUACCGCUGAGCCCAGAUUCAAAAUGAGAUUCAAUACUUACAGUUUGCAACAAGGCGAGGAUCUGAAAAUUGAGAUCUCAGUGCUUGGACGCCCCAUUCCAAAGGUUGAAUGGAAGAAGGAAGGGCAAACUCUAAAGGAGACAACCAGAAUAAAUGUGUCAAACACACCAUCAUCUACUAAGUUGGUCAUCAAAGAUGCUAAUAGAGAGGAUGCUGGGAAAUAUGCUGUUACAGCCACCAGUAGCAUUGGAACAGCUACAGAGGAGAUUACUGUUAUAAUUCUUGACAAACCAGGACCUCCUACAGGCCCAAUAAAGAUAGAGGAAGUCAGCUCUAAUUUUGUAAUGCUGUCUUGGGAACCCCCAGUCUAUACUGGAGGCUGUCAGAUCAACAACUACAUUGUAGAGAAGAGAGACACCACUACUACAGCGUGGCAGAUUGUGUCUGCUACAAUUGCCAGGACAACUAUCAAAGUCACAAAUUUAAAGACUGGAACUGAAUAUCAAUUUAGAGUCUCUGCCGAGAAUAGAUAUGGAAAGAGUUCAGCUAUUGUCUCUCCCGCUGUAGUUGCCAAAUAUCCAUUCAGUGAGCCUGCUGCCCCUGGAAAACCAGAUAUUACACAUGCAACUAAGGAUAGUAUGGUCGUUGAAUGGAAACCACCCACCAGUGAUGGGGGUAGCCCAAUUUUAGGGUAUCACCUGGAGAGAAAAGAGAAGAACAGCCUUUUAUGGGCUAAACUUAACAAGCUUCUAAUACCAGAUACACGAUUUAAAACUACAGAAUUGGAAGAAGGUAUAGAGUAUGAAUUUAGAGUUUAUGCUGAAAACAUUGCUGGUCUCAGCCCAGCUAGCAAGGUCUCAGACAGCACAGUAGCCAGGGACCCAUGUGACCCACCAGGCACGCCUGAGGCAAUUGAAAUCACCAGAAAUCGUGUCACACUUCAGUGGACCAGACCCCAGUAUGAUGGAGGCAGUGCAAUCACUGGGUAUUUAAUUGAGAGAAGGAAGCACCCAGAUAUGCGCUGGAUGAAGGCAAGCUUCACCAACAUUAUUGACACCCAGUACACUCUGACUGGUCUUACAGAAGACUGUGUUUAUGAAUUUAGAGUCAUUGCAAGGAAUGCUGCCGGAAUUUCUAGUUCCCCAUCUGAAAGCACAGGGGAAAUAACAGCCAAAGAUGAAAUAGAGGCUCCAGAUGCCACAAUGGAUUCCAAAUUCAAAGAUCUGACUGUUGUCCAUGCCAGUGAGACAUUUAUCAUUGAUGCCGACUACACUGGUAAGCCUCUACCUGAGGUCACAUGGUUAAAGGAAGGGAAGGAAAUUGAUAAGACCACUCCCAGAAUGGAAAUCAAGACCACACUUACCCGCACUAUCCUGACAGUUAAAGACUGCAUAAGAGUUGAUGGGGGGCACUUUGUUCUUAAGCUUGUUAAUGUAGGUGGCGUCAAAAUGAUCCCAGUCAACGUAAAGGUUUUGGACAGACCUGGCCCUCCAGAUGGACCAUUGGAGGUCAAAGGAGUGACAGCUGAAAAAUGUUAUCUGCACUGGAACCAUCCCUUACAUGAUGGUGGAGCUAGCAUUUCUCACUAUAUUAUUGAAAAGAGAGAGACAAGUCGUUUGUCAUGGACCAUGGUUGAGCCAAAGAUUCAGGCGAUCAGCUACAAAAUAACAAAACUGCUACCUGGAAAUGAAUACAUCUUCAGAGUUACUGCUGUGAAUAAAUAUGGAGUUGGCGAACCUUUAGAAUCUGAGCCUGUGGUUGCUCGUAAUCCAUUCACCACUCCCAGUGCGCCCUCUACUCCUGAACCCAGUGCUAUUACAAGGGAUUCCAUUGUGCUUACUUGGGAGCGGCCAGAGAACAAUGGGGGAGCUGAGAUUGAAGGAUAUGUACUUGAAAAACGUGAUAAGGAUGGGAUCAGAUGGACCAAGUGUAACAAGAAGAGACUGACUGACUUAAGAUUUAGGUGCACUGGUCUUACAGAGGGUCAUUCCUAUGAAUUCAGGGUCUCAGCUGAAAAUGCUGCUGGUGUUGGAAAGCCUAGUGCACCAACAGAAUAUAUCAAAGCAUGCGAUGCCAUUUAUCCACCAGGACCUCCAAAUAACCCCAAGGUCACUGACCAUUCUAGCACUACAGUCUCCCUUUCGUGGUCUAGACCCAUCUAUGAUGGUGGAGCACAGGUUACAGGUUAUGUAGUUGAAAUGAAGGAGGCAUUAGACGAUGAAUGGAUUGUUUGCACACCUCCUACUGGUGUGCAAGACACUCACUACACUGUAAAGAAAUUGAAGGAAAAUGGAGAAUAUAAUUUCCGCCUAUGCGCAAUAAACUGUGAGGGAGUAGGCGAUCAUGUGGACCUGCCAGGGUCUGUGAUUGCUGCUGAGAAGCUACAGGCCCCUGAAAUUGAAUUAGAUGCUGAUCUGAGAAAGAUGGUCAAUGUCCGUGCCAGCGCAACCCUGCGCCUCUUUGUGACUAUCAGAGGAAAGCCUGAGCCUGAAGUCAAAUGGUCAAAGGCUGAUGGCACUCUAAAUGAGCGUGCCCAAAUUGAAGUCACAAGUUCUUAUACAAUGCUUGUGAUUGAGAAUGUUGACAGGUUUGACACUGGCAAAUAUGUGCUAACGCUUGAGAACCUUAGUGGCUCUAAGUCAGCCUUUAUCAAUGUUAGAGUCCUGGACUCUCCCAGCGCCCCAACAAACCUACAGGUUAAGGAUGUAAAGAGACAUUCUGUCUCUCUUUCCUGGGAGCCUCCUCUUAUUGAUGGUGGUGCUAAGAUAUCUCACUAUAUUGUGGAGAAGAGAGAGCAGAAGCGAAUGGCUUUCACCAGUGUUAGCACCAACUGUGUUCGGAACUCUUACAUUAUUUCUGACCUGCAGGAGGGAGGUAGAUACUUCUUCCGUGUGUUGGCUGUUAAUGAACUGGGAGUUGGGCUGCCAGCUACCACAGAUCAAGUCAAGGUUUCAGAAGCACCUUUACCCCCUGGAAAAAUUGCUGUGUUUGAUGUAACUCGCCAUACUGUCACACUUUCAUGGGAGAAACCUGAUAAUGAUGGAGGCAGCAAAAUCACAAGCUAUAUUGUUGAAAUGCAGCCCAAAGGAGAUGAAAAAUGGACAGUGUGCAGUGAAGCCAAAGCACUAGAAGCUACAAUUGAUGGACUCUCUACUGGAGAGGAAUAUUCCUUCAGAGUAAUUGCUGUGAAUGACAAGGGUAGGAGUGAUCCCAAGCCUUUGGCUGCCCCUGUGGUGGUUAAAGACAUAACAAUGGAGCCAACCAUCAAUUUGCUUUUCCAUACAUACAGUGUGAAAGCAGGAGAUGAUUUAAAGAUUGAUGUUCCUUUGAAAGGCAGACCUCAGCCUGAGGUGUCCUGGAAGAAAGAUGGCCAUGUGCUCAAGCAGACUACUAGGGUAAAUGUUCUCAAUUCAAAGACCUCAUCCAAGAUCAUCAUCAAAGAUUCCACCAAAGAGGAUACUGGAAAAUAUGAGAUCACUCUGACUAAUUCAAUCGGUACAAAAACAGCUGAAAUUUCAGUAAUAAUUUUGGAUAAGCCUGGCCCCCCCAGUAACAUUAGGGUAGAUGAAGUGAGUGCUGACUUCAUCUCUCUGUCCUGGGAUGCUCCAACCUAUGAUGGUGGCUGCCAGAUUAAUAACUAUGUUGUGGAGAAGAGAGACACUACCUCAACAACAUGGCAAAUUGUUUCAGCUACAGUAGCCAGGACAUCAAUUAAAGUUUCCCGUCUCAAUCAGGGCACAGAGUACCAGUUCCGCAUUGCAGCUGAGAACCGUUAUGGCAAGAGUCACGCAAUUGAUUCUGCUCCUGUUGUUGCACAAUAUCCAUUUGAGCCUCCUGGUCCUCCAACCAAUCUUCAUGUGGCCCAUGCCACCAAGACUGGCAUGCUUGUGGUAUGGGGCAGACCAGCCAGUGAUGGUGGAAGCCCUGUCAUUGGUUAUCAUAUUGAAUGCAAAGACCAAAGCAGCAUUUUGUGGGCCAAAGUCAAUAGAGGUCUGCUGACUGAAAACCAAUUUAAGAUGACUGGCACUGAGGAAGGUCUGUUUUAUCAGUAUAGAGUAUAUGCUGAGAAUAUUGCUGGUAUUGGUCCAUGUACUAAACCUAGUGAACCAGUUGCAGCCAGGGACCCAUGUGAAUCACCACAUAACCUUAAAGUCACAAAUAUUACCAGGAACUCGGUUUCUCUGUUCUGGGAUCCACCUGAAUAUGACGGUGGAGUGAAAAUUGUUGGAUACAUUGUAGAGCGCAAAGAGCUUCCCAAUGGUCGCUGGCUUAAGUGUAACUUCGCCAAUCUACAGGAGACUUACUUUGAUGUCACAGGUCUUACAGAAGAUUCACAGUAUGAUUUCCAUGUUAUUGCAAAGAAUUCCGCAGAUAUGCUGAGUUCGCCUUCAGAAUGCACUGGUCCUGUCACCAUCAAAGAUGAUGUAGAGGCCCCAGCCAUUGACUUGGCGGAUAAAUUCAGGCAGUUAGUUGUCAUUAAGGCUGGAGAAAUAAUCAGAAUUGAUGCUGAAAUUACAGGACGUCCAAUCCCAGUGGUCUCAUGGUCCAAGGAUGGAAAAGACAUUGAGGCCAAGGCCAGGUGUGAAGUAAGCUCCACCAACUUCACAACCACUCUGAUUGUCAGGGAUGCUAUCAGGAGGGACUCUGGACAGUAUGUUUUGACUUUGCACAAUGUAGCUGGAACCAGAUCUGUAGCUGUCAACUGUAAGGUUCUGGAUAGGCCUGGACCAGCUUCUGGACCUUUGGCAGUUUCAAAUGUUACAGCAGAGAAAUGCACCAUAACAUGGGGUCCACCUCAGGAGAAUGGUGGAGCUGAAAUAAUGCACUAUAUUGUGGAGAAACGUGAGACAAGUCGCCUUGCUUGGACCCUUGUUUAUGGUGACAUGAAGGCAACUACCUGCAAGGUUACCAAGCUGCUCAAAGGAAAUGAGUACAUUCUCAGGGUCAGAGGAGUUAACAAAUAUGGAGAUGGUGAGGCCCUAGAGAGUGAGCCAGUUAGAGCUAUAGAUCCGUUUACUGUACCUGCAGCCCCCACUAAUGUCCAGGUCACCUCAGUUACUAGUGAGGCCAUGACAAUCUGUUGGGAAAGACCAGUUUCUGAUGGUGGCAGCAGUAUCUCUGGCUAUGUAAUUGAAAAGCGUGAGAAGACUGGCCUCCGCUGGUGCGGUGUCAACAAGAAACCUGUCUACGACCUCAGAGUCAAAGCCUCCAACCUUCGUGAAGGAAGUGAAUAUGAGUACAGGGUGUUUGCAGAAAAUGCCGCAGGACUUAGUGCUCCAAGCACCCCAUGCCCGCUCACCAAGGCUGAAGACCCACAAUUUCUGCCCUCACCUCCAGCUAAGCCCAAGAUCAUCGACUCAACAAAGACAACAAUUACAUUGGCAUGGAAUAAGCCGCUAUUUGAUGGUGGAGCACCUGUGACUGGUUACAGAGUGGAAUACAGAAAGUCAUUAGAUGAUGAAUGGUUCAUUGGAGUUCAGAACACCAAAAAUACAGAGUUUACAGUUGUAGGGCUGACUCCUGGGGCUGAAUAUGUAUUUGUUGUUAGAUCCAUCAACAAAAUUGGAGCAAGUGAGCCUAGUCCGGAGUCAGAUAAACAGACUGCUAAAGAAAAAGAAGAAGAGCCAGUCUUUGAAAUAAGUAAUGAGAUGAGGAAGACUCUUGUUGUGAAAGAUGGAAGCUCAUUUACCAUGACAGUACCCUUCAGAGGCAAGCCCAUUCCUGCUGUUACCUGGACAAAGCCUGAUGUUGACCUUAGAGUACGUGCUGUUAUCGACACCACAGACACCUUCACCUCAAUUACUUUGGAGAAGGCAACACGUGAUGACUCUGGAAAAUACACUGUUACCUUGUCUAGCAUUGCUGGAACCUCCUCACUUACACUCAACGUUAGAGUGCUUGACUCACCUGGACCUCCUGCAUUUGUGGGAGUCAAAGAAGUGACUAAAACAUCUGCUGUUGUGACUUGGGACACCCCAGAGAAUGAAGGAGGAGGUCCAGUUAAGAACUAUCUUGUUGAUUUCCGAGAGGCAAGCAAGAAAGGCUGGACUAGGUUGACUGACACAUGCCACAGGCUGACAUACAAGGUGUCAAACCUAAAGGAGGGAGAAGUUUACUACUUUAGAGUGACAGGGGAGAAUGACUAUGGUGUUGGUGUUUCUGCUGAGACCAAAGAGGGAACCAAGAUUACAGAAAAGCCAAGCCCCCCACCAAAGCUUGGAGUAACUGAUGUCUCUAAGGAGAGCGUGUCAUUGGCGUGGGCUAAACCUGAACAUGAUGGAGGCAGCAGAAUUACUGGAUAUCUGGUUGAAGCACUGGAAAAGGGUCAGGAGAAGUGGGUUAAAUGUGGUGUAACCAAGUUUACCCACUUUACAGUGUCUGGCCUAAGGGAGAAAUCAGAGUACUUCUUCAGAGUCAAAGCUGAGAACCAUGCCGGAUUUAGCGAUGUUAAGGAAAUGUUCACCCCUGUCAUGGUCAAAGAUCAGCUUGAAUCUCCCGAAGUCAUUAUGAAGGACUUCCCCCACAACACAGUGUACGUCCGAGCUGGCUCCACUCUCAAGUGUGAAAUUCCUCUGACUGGCCAACCCCUGCCCAAAGUCACUCUUUCCAAGGAUAAUGUAGUGCUCAAGUCAACAAUGAGGUUCAACUCUGAAGUCACUCCUGACAGCAUCAAAAUCAUCCUGCGUGAAAGCGUUGCAGGAGACACAGGACGCUAUGAUAUAACUGCCUCCAACUCGAGUGGAACCACCAAGUCCUUUGUCAAUAUUGUGGUUCUAGAUCGCCCUAGUGUCCCACUUGGACCUGUGGAACUGUUUGAUGUCACAGAAGACAGUGUAGGCCUCAGGUGGUUCCCACCAGCAUAUGAUGGUGGUAGCCCAAUCACAAACUAUAUCAUCCAGAAGAGAGAAACAACUACAGCAAACUGGAUUGAUGUGUCUUCUGCUGUGGCCCGUUGCACUAUAAAGAUUCUGAAACUUACCACUGGCCUGGAGUACCAGUUCAGAAUCAGGGCUGAAAACAAAUAUGGAAUAAGCGAACAUAUUGACUCUCCAGUAGUCACAGUGAACCUUCCAUACACUGUUCCAGAUGUGCCAUCAACUCCCGAGAUUACUGCGGUAACCAGGGAGAGCAUUGCAUUAGCCUGGAAGGAGCCCAAGUCAGAUGGAGGAAGCCAUGUGUUUGGUUACCAUCUCCAGAUGAAAGAUAGAAACAGCAUCAUGUGGCAGAGAGUUAACAAAACUGUAAUCCGUGCCACACAUUAUAAGGUCACUAAUGUUAAUGCUGGACUCAUUUAUGAGUUUAAGGUGGCAGCAGAAAAUGCGGCUGGUCUUAGUGCUUUCAGCAAGUCUUCAGAUGCUGUGCUGGCAAUAGAUGCCUGUGAACCACCGAUUAACCUCAGAAUCAGUGACAUCACCAAAACCACUAUCAGCCUUGCCUGGGAGAAGCCCAACUAUGAUGGUGGAUCCCCUAUUACUGCUUACAUGAUUGAGAAAAGAGAGGGUGUUAGUCCGAAGUGGUUCAAAGCUCACCUCACCAAUAUCACAGACACACAUUUCACUGUGACUGGACUUACCCAGAAUGAAACGUACGAGUUCAGGGUGAUGGCCAAAAAUGCUGUUGGUUCAGUCAGCAACCCAUCUAUGACAGCUGGACCAGUUACCUGUGUGGACACCUAUGGUGCCCCAGAGAUUGAAAUUCCACAGGAGUACCUUAACGAGGUCAAAUACAAGGCUGGCUCAGACGUACAACUCAAAUUUAAUAUCACAGCUAAACCUGCCCCCACAAUUGAGUGGUUUAAAGAUGGCAGAGAGCUAAAACCUUCUGCUCAGCUAUCUUUCAAACACCUGUUUGAAUCAACCAGUAUAUUCUUGAGGGACACCACUCGUCUAAACUCAGGGACCUAUGAGGUCAAGGUGAAGAACUCCCUGGGAUCUGCAUGCGCCAUUGUUAGGCUGCUUAUUCAAGACAAGCCAGGACCCCCUGCUGGAGAAAUUCAAUUCAAGAAGGUUAUGGCUGACAACAUCACCAUCAUGUGGUCCCCGCCUGCGGAUGAGGGAGGUGCCAUGGUUACGCACUAUAUUGUAGAGAAAAGAGAAACCAGCAGAGUCAUGUGGUCUAUUGUGUCUGAGAAACUCGUUGACUGCAUAGUGAAUGUACCCAGACUCAUCAAGGGCAACGAGUACAUCUUUAGAGUUCGUGGAGUCAACAAAUAUGGCAUUGGAGACCCACUGGAGUCUGAGCCCAUUAUUGCAAAGAAUCCGUUCGUUCCCCCAAGUGAACCAUCCAAGCCCAAGGUCACUAUGAUCACCAAGUCCACAAUGACGGUGAUUUGGGAAAGACCUGCACUUGAUGGAGGCAGUGAUAUUGAUGGCUAUUACCUUGAGAAAAGGGAGAAGAAGAGUCUUCAGUGGUUCAAGGUGGUGAAGGGAACAAUCAGAGACACCAGACAGAAAGUCAGUAACCUAACUGAGAACAAUGAGUACCAGUUCAGAGUUUGUGCUGUAAACAAAGCCGGUGCCGGAAACUACUCUGAGGCCUCUGACCUUUACAAGGCCUAUGACCCCAUUGAUCUUCCUGGUGAACCCUUAAAGUUGCGUGUAGUUGACUCAACUAAGACCUCCAUCACUCUUGGAUGGGAGAAGCCUGUCUAUGAUGGUGGCAGUGAAAUCACACACUAUUUACUAGAACAGAUGAAUACGGAAGAGAAAGAAUGGAUCAUCACAAACCCAGAGGUUAAGGCUUGCGAGUAUGUGGUAUCCCACCUCAAACCUAGCACCUACUAUUAUUUCAGGGUUUCUGCCGUGAACUGCAAGGGUAAAGGGGAGGACAUCAAGAUGUACCAGCCUGUGCAAGCCAAAGACAUAUUAGAGGAGGCUGAUUUGGACUUAGAUGUUCCCAUGACAACACAAUACACAGCUAGAGCUGGCCGUGAUGUGGAAGUGUUUAUUCCAUUGAAGGGACGCCCAGCUCCAAAUGUGACCUGGCGACGUAGUGAUCGUAACAUGGCGGGUGAUAACCGCUAUACCAUCACUAGCACUGAGAGAUCUACCACAUUGCUCAUUCCCAAGGUCACUCGUGAUGAUUGUGGAAAGUAUGUGUUAGAGAUAGAGAAUGGUGUAGGUGAACCCAAAGUAAUUACAGUUUCCCUGAGGGUUCUAGAUAGUCCAUCCUCCUGCCAGAAGCUUAUAAUCAAGAAUGUAACAAGGGGUAAGCUGACUCUCAGCUGGGAGGCUCCUCUUGUUGAUGGUGGCUCUCCCGUCACAAAUUAUAUCGUUGAGAAGAAAGCCUCGACCAUGAAGGCCUACCAGGUGAUCAGCUCAGAAUGCCUUAACACAUCUUACAAAGUUACUGGCCUGGAAGAGGACAUUGCCUACUUUUUCCGUGUGUCAGCUGAAAAUGAGUUUGGUAUGGGUGACCCUUGUGAGUCCAGUGAAGCUGUCAGAGCGACAGAGACUCCUGCAGCUGUUAAAAACCUUGUAAUGUUGGACUCUACAAAGGUCUCCGUUACCUUGCAGUGGACCCGACCUGACCAUGAUGGAGGCAGCCAUAUCACAGAGUAUAUCAUUGAAAAGAGAAGCCAGGAUGAAGUAAACUGGAGUUUAGGUGCCACAUGCAAACGCUGCACUUGUGAAGUGACUGGACUCAGGGAGAAUGCUAUAAUGGAUUUCAGAGUAUUUGCCAAGAAUGAAAAAGGAAGAAGUGACUUCUCUCAGAUUGGUCCAAUCAUAGUGAUGGACUUUAUCAUCCCCCCAGAAGCUAAUCUUAGUGAUUAUCCUAAUGGAGAGCUGGCUGUCCGUGUUGGUCAAAACAUCCAUAUUGAGCUACCCUUCAAGGGCAAACCAAGGCCUGCAAUCAGCUGGCUAAAGGAUAACCUACCACUAAAGGAGAGUGAUAAGAUUCGCUUUAGGACCACUGACAACAAGACCUCAGUCACAGUCAGGGGAGCCAAGAAGGAGAAUGCUGGACAGUACACCUUAGUUUUGGACAACAGAGUCAUCAAAAACUACUUUGACAUCAAAGUCAUUACUCUGGGACCCCCCACAGCUCCUGUUGGUCCCAUUCGCUUUGAUGAGAUAAAGGCUCAGAGUAUCAUAAUUUCCUGGGAUGAGCCAAAGGAGGAUGGAGGUGGUGAGAUUACAUGCUACAGUGUGGAGAAGCGUGAAACUUCUCAUGCUAACUGGAAAAUGGUCUGCUCAAGUGUUGUUAGGACCACCUUCAAGAUCCCUAACCUUGUCAAGGGAACGCAGUACCAGUUCAGAGUCCGUGCAGAGAACAAAUAUGGAGUCAGCGAGCCUCUCUGCUCUUCAGAUGUUAUUGCCCAGCACCAGUAUAAACCUCCAGGUCCGCCAGGAAAGCCAGUUGCCUUCAAUGUCACCAGUGAUGGCAUGACAAUCAAGUGGGAUGCCCCAGGCUUUGAUGGAGGUUCCCCUAUCUUGGGUUAUCAUGUUGAAAAGAAGGAUAGGAACAGCCUCUUGUGGCAGAAGGUGAAUUCCACUAUUAUUUCCAAUAAAGAGUACAGGAUUAUCGGUCUCCUGGAAGGUCUGGAGUACUCUUUUAGAGUUUAUGCCGAGAACAAUGCUGGACUCAGCCCUGUCAGUGAGCAGAGCAAACACGCUCUGGCUAUAUCCCCUGUUGAUCCACCUGGCACUCCUGUCUGCAUUGACACAACCAGAGAUUCAGUCACCUUGCAAUGGGAAAUCCCCAAGAGAGACGGUGGAAGCAAAAUUGUUGCUUACAAUGUAGAGAGGCGCCAAGGAAGGGGAAAAUGGCUGAGAUGCAACUUCAUUGAUAUAAGUGAGACACAGUUCACUGUGACCGGUCUGUCUCCUGGAGACAGAUUUGAGUUCAGAGUAAUUGCAAGGAAUGCCGUUGGCACAGUCAGUCCUCCAUCUAACUCCUCUGGAUACAUCAUGACCAAAGAUGAAAGCAUUGCUCCUGAAAUUGAGUGGUCCCCAGACCAGGUGGUCACUCUGAGGGCCGGGGAAAAUGUUAAGCUUAGCUGUACCAUCACUGGGCGCCCAGUUCCCCAGGUUGUGUGGUACAAGGAUGGAAAAGAGAUUGAUAAGAGAACAAUGAUUGACAUUGAAAUCACCACUGGAAUUGGUACCAGCAGUCUGUUUAUCCGUGAUGCAGACAGGAACCACCGUGGAAUUUAUACAGUUGAAGCCAAAAACAGCUCUGGUACAAGGAAAGCAGAUGUUAACGUCAGAGUUCAAGAUACUCCUGGACCUGUUGAGGGUCCCAUACGCUUCACCGGCAUCACAGCUGAAAAGUGCACUGUAUGGUGGAACCCACCAGAAAAUGACGGCUGUGCUGCGAUCUCCCACUACGUAGUGGAGAAAAGAGAAACAUCCCGACUUUCCUGGGCCUUGGUUACAUCUAAAUGUGAAGCUUGUUCAUACAACGUUACCAACCUCAUCAAGGGCAAUGAGUACCAGUUCAGAAUCUCUGCAGUCAAUAAAUUUGGUGUUGGGAAACAACUGGAUUCUGACCCAGUCAUUGCACGCAUGCAAUACACUGUACCGGAUGCACCUGGUACACCAGAUGCAACUCAUGUGACUGGAAGCAGCAUCACUUUGUGCUGGGCCAGGCCAAGAUCAGAUGGAGGAAAUGAGAUCAAGCAUUACAUUCUAGAAAGACGUGAGAAAAAGAGCCUUCGCUGGGUUAGAGUCUCCUCCAAGAGGCCUAUAACUGAGCUUAGACAUCGUGUCACUAACCUGACUGAGGGCAAUGAGUACGAAUUCCGCGUAAUGGCAGAAAAUGGGGCUGGUAUUGGACCAACCAGCAGCACCUCCAGGCUCUUCAAAUGCAGAGAGCCAACGAGUGCUCCUAGUGCUCCCAGUGUGAUCAAGGUCAUUGACUCCACCAAGUCCUCUGUCACCCUAGAAUGGAUGAAACCAGUCUUUGAUGGUGGCUUGGAAAUUAUUGGCUACAAUAUUGACAUGUGUAAGGCCAGUCUGGAGGAGUGGCACAGAGUCAACAGUCAGAUUUGUAUUCACAACAGGUACACUGCAAAGGGCCUGGUACCUGGAGAGCUUUACAAAUUCAGAGUCAGUGCUGUAAAUGGAUCGGGAGAGGGUGAAGCUUCAGUUAUGCCACACCCUGUUCAGGCUCUUGAUAGGCUUACAUCUCCGGAAAUUGACAUUGAUGCAAACUUCAAGCAAACUCAUAUUGUAAAGAACGGAGGAACAGUCACUCUCAGUAUCGCUUUCAGAGGAAAGCCUGCUCCCCUUGCCACCUGGUCACGAGCAGACGGUGAGCUCCCUGUCAUGGCUGAUGUGGUCACCACUGACAACUCCUCUACCUUGACUAUAGAAAGUUGCACAAGGUAUGAGGCAGGAAAAUACACUCUGUCCCUGGAGAACAACAGUGGGCGCAAGUCCAUCACAUUCACGGUUAAAGUCUUAGACACACCAGGACCUCCAGGAGCAAUCUCAUUCAAAGAUGUUACUCGUGGUGCUUUGACAAUGAUGUGGGAUGCUCCAUCCAAUGAUGGUGGAUCCCGAAUCCACCACUACAUUGUGGACAAGCGUGAGGCAAGCCGCCUUGCUUGGCAGGAGGUUAGCAGCAAGAGCUCUCGCCAAAUGAUAAGGAUAACUGGUCUAGAUAUUGGUGUGCCAUAUUUGUUUAGAGUGACUGCUGUCAACCAAUAUGGCCAAGGAGAACCUAAAGAGAUGACUGAGCCCAUUGUUGCUACUGAAGAGCCUGCACCACCCAAAAGAUUAGAUGUUGUUGACACCACUAACUCCACAGCUUCCCUGGUGUGGCUUAAACCGGAGCAUGAUGGAGGAAGCCGCAUCCGAGGUUACAUUGUUGAAUUCAGAGCUAAGGGCACUGACCGUUGGGUUGUUUAUGGAGAGAGUAAGUUACAGAAGAUGCUGAUUGAAGGUCUGAUUGAAAACACUGAGUAUGACUUCAGGGUGAAAGCCAAGAAUGAUGCUGGAAUCAGUGAGCCCCAGGGUACCUUCAGCUCUGUGGUCAUUAAGGAACCUCUCAUCGAACCAACUGCUGAUCUAAGCAGUAUCACUAACCAGCUCAUUACCUGUAAGAUUUCCAACACUUUCACAAUUGAUAUUCCCAUCAGCGGCAGACCUGCACCCAAGGUCACAUGGAAGCUGGAGGAAAUGAAGCUAAAAGAAACUGACAGAGUCUUGAUCAGGACCACAAAGGAGAUAACCACACUGAUUGUGAGGGACAGCAAGAGAAGUGACAGUGGGAAGUAUUAUCUGAUCCUAGAGAACGCUGCUGGUGUGAUGACUUUCACAGUGACUGUAGUGAUCGUAGGCAGGCCGAGUCCCCCCACUGGCCCUGUAGAGGUUUCUGGAAUCUCCUCAGAGUCCUGCACACUGUCGUGGUCUGAGCCUGCUGAUGAUGGUGGGACUGAAAUAACCAACUACAUUGUUGAAAAACGUGAGUCUGGCCACGCUUCAUGGCAGGUGGUAAACUCCAGUGUGCAGAGAACCACAAUCAAAGUAACUCAUUUGACCAAAUACAUGGAGUACACAUUCAGGGUCAGUGCUGAGAAUAAGUUCGGAGUCAGCAAGUCUAUCGAGUCUGCGGCUGUUGUGAUCGAACAUCCAUUUAUUCCUCCAAGUCCUCCAACUCGUCCCGAUGUGGUGUCUGUUUCGGCCAAUGCUAUUGCCAUUAAGUGGGAUGUGCCAUAUUCUGAUGGUGGCAGCCAGGUGACCGGAUACUGGAUUGAGAAGAAAGAGAGGAACACAAUCCUGUGGGUUAGGGAAAACAAACUGCCCUGUCUGGAGUGCCAUUACAAGGUAUCCAACCUGAUAGAGGGUCUGGAGUAUCAGUUCAGGGUCUACGCCAUGAACAUCGCUGGACUCAGCAAAGCCAGUGAAGCUUCCAGACCAGUGGUGGCACUCAAUCCUGUUGAUCCACCUGGUAAUCCUGAGGUUACAGACAUCAGCCGCUCCUCUGUGUCGCUGUGCUGGACUGUGCCCUUCAAUGAUGGUGGCAGUAAGAUUGUCGGUUACAUUGUGGAGAGGAAGGUCUACAGCACUGACGAGUGGGAUGACAACCGUUGGCUUAAGUGCAACUACACCACAAUCACUGAGAACUACUUCACAGUCACAAACUUGGGAGAGGGAGAAACCUACGAGUACCGUGUAAUCGCCAAGAAUGCAGCUGGAGUCCACAGCGUACCUUCUCAGUCUACCGGACCAGUUACAUGCAAGGACGAAUACUCUCCUCCAAAAGCUGAACUCGACAGCAAGUUUACACGCGAGACCAUCACUGUUAUGGCCGGCUCCGACCUCGUCCUGGAUGGUGUUGUAGGAGGCAAACCAGAACCAACCGUCUACUGGUCCAAGGGUGACAAGAUUUUGGAGCUGGGAGAGAAAUACUCCCUGACAUAUACAUCGACAAAAGCCAUGGUUGUGAUCAAGAACUGUGACAGAUACGAUUCUGGCAGAUACAUCCUCACUGUCAAGAAUGCCAAUGGUAUCAAGACAGCGUCAGUAAAUGUGAAGGUUCUGGACACUCCUGGACCACCAGCUGACAAGAUUAUAAUCAGCAGAGUGACGGAGGAGAAAUGUACGGUUUCCUGGAAGAUUCCACUGGAGGAUGGCGGAGACAUUGUCUCCCAUUACAUCGUAGAGAGGCGUGAAACCAGCCGACUCAACUGGGUCAUAAUGGAGACAGAGUGCAAGUCACUGUCGUGUGUCAGCUCCAGGUUGAUCAAGAACAAUGAGUAUAUCUUCAGAGUCAGAGGAGUCAACAAGUUUGGACCUGGAGUUCCUCUGGAGUCUGAACCUGUCAUCGCCAGGAACGCCUACACUGUCCCAUCCCCGCCCGGCGCCCCAGAGGCCACAGCAGUGGCUAAGGAGCACAUCAUCAUCGAGUGGCUCAAGCCAGAGAGUGACGGAGGCAGCGAGAUCAAGAACUACAUUGUGGAAAAACGAGAAAAGAGCAGCACCAGAUGGACUCGGGUUAACAGAACCUACACCAUUUAUGACAUACGUCUGAAGAUCACCGGCCUAUUGGAGGGAGGAGAGUACCAGUUCAGAGUCACAGCUGUCAACAAUGCUGGAGAGAGCCAGCCAAGCGAUGCCUCACCAUACAUCCUCUGCAGAGAUCCAACAUACACCCCAGCUGCUCCUUCAACACCUCGUAUCACUGAUACAACUAAGCACAGCAUCAACAUGACCUGGACCAGGCCUAUGUAUGACGGAGGCUGUGAUGUCACCGGCUACGUCAUAGAGAUCCUAGAGGAAGGGUCUGAGCAGUGGUACCGAGCCACCGCUAAGCCAAUCAAGACCAACGAGUAUGUGGCCGCUGGCCUGGCAGCCAAUAAGAAGUACAGGUUCAGGGUGGCAGCCAUUAACAGCAACGGCACUGGGGAGUUCAGUGAACCCAGCAGCGUAGUCGAGCCUCUGGAGAAAGUUGAAAUGCCUGACCUGGAACUGGCAGAUGACCUGAAGAAAACCGUGGUUCUGCGUGCUGGUGGUACCCUCCGUCUGUUUGUGUCAGUCGCUGGCAGACCGACACCAGUUGUUACCUGGAGAAAGACUGGCGUGGAACUACAGAGCCGAGGCUACAUUGAGACUACAGACAGCUACACCUGUCUGAUUGUUGAGAAGGUGAAUCGCUACGAUUCUGGAAAAUAUGUUGUUGAGGCAGAGAAUCCAUCUGGAAAGAAGACUUCUAUCAUUCUGGUUAAGGUCUACGACACUCCUGGUCCUCCUGGUUCAGUCAGGGUAAAGGACUACACCAAGGAAUCUGUUGUGAUCACAUGGGAUGUCCCAAGCCUUGACGGUGGUGCUCAUGUCAGCAAUUACAUAAUUGAAAAGAGAGAAGCCAGCAUGAAGUCAUACAAGACCGUAACCACAGAGUGCAGAAAAACUCUGUACAGGAUCACCGGCUUGGAGGAAGGCGUGCACUACUUCUUCAGAGUCCUCCCUGAAAAUAUCUAUGGCGUUGGUGAACCCUGCGAGACAGCUGAACCUGUGCUGGUGUGUGAAGUGCCUUCAGUGCCUAUGGACCUCAGUAUUGUGGAUGUCACCAAGUCCACUGUGACCUUGCACUGGGAAAAACCACUGCAUGAAGGUGGCAGCAGGCUGACCGGUUACAUCAUAGAGGCUUGCAAGGUGGGUUCAGACAGGUGGAGCGCCGUGGCUACAGUUAGGGCCUCGGUCUCCCAGCACACCAUCCAGUCCCUGACAGAGAACGACCAGUACCUGUUCAGGAUCCGUGCCACCAACAGCAGGGGAGCCAGUGAACCCAUGGACCUUAUGACACCCAUUACAAUCCAGGAGAUUACAAUGGUGCCCAAGAUUGACAUGACCAGUAUCCCUCAGAAGAUCGUUCAUGUGCAUCGUGGCAGACCUAUUGACCUGAACAUCCCAAUCAAAGCCAAACCACAGCCGGUGUGCUCCUGGCAUUUUGGUGGAAUUAAGCUGAAGGACAGCUUGGACCGCAUUAAGAUAGACAGCAACGGCAAAUUUACCCACCUCAUCAUCCGUGACACAACCAUCAAUGAUACGGGAGAUUACACUUUGGAGGUGAAGAAUGCUGUCGGCAUCGCCACUGAGGUUAUCAAAGUCAUCAUUCUCGACAAACCCGGUAUUCCUGUGGGUCCCAUGAAGAUUGAGGAGGUUGAUGGUGUCUCAGUAACUGUUAGCUGGGAGCCCCCAGAGAAAGAUGGUGGUGCCAACGUUAGUGGUUACGUGGUAGAGCAGAGGGAAGCACACCACCCAGGCUGGUCCACCGUCUCUGAAUCAGUGACCAGACCGUGUUUCAAGUUCACCAGGCUUAACGAGGGAACAGAGUAUGUGUUCCGUGCAGCUGCCAUGAAUCGCUUCGGCGUUGGUGGCUUCCUGCAGUCUGAGGUGGUGGAGUGCAAGAGCGCCAAGACCAUACCUGGACCUCCAAGCAGGCCAGAGGUUAUUGACGUGACCCAUGAAGGCAUGACUCUGACCUGGCAACCUCCUGUGGACAACGGUGGCUCCACCAUAGCGGGCUACAUCAUAGAACGCAAGGAGGCCCGUUCUGACAGAUGGAUGAGAAUCAAUAAGAAUCCAGUCACUAUGACCAGAUACCGUUCAUCUGGACUGAUUGAGGGCCUUGAAUAUGAGUUCCGUAUCACAGCAAUCAACUCCAGAGGAACUGGCAAACCAAGUGAAAGUUCUGCCAUUGUUGUUGCUAUGGAUCCCAUCGAACCCCCAGGUCCUCCAGUUCAACCCAGAGUCACUGAUAGCACACGGACAUCUGUCUCCCUGGCAUGGCUGCCCCCUGAAGAAGAGGGUGGUUCUGUUGUCACAGGCUAUCUUAUUGAGAUGCAAAAGGUGGACCAGGUUGAAUGGACACUGUGCAACACCACACCGACCAAGAUGUGCGAGUACACGCUAACCCACAUGCCUCAGGGAGCGGAGUACAGGUUCAGGGUCAUUGCAUGCAAUGCGGGCGGUGCUGGAGAGCCUGCAGAGAUUUCUGGAGUGGUUAAAGUCCAAGAGAUGCUUGAUUAUCCUGACUUUGAGCUUGAUCGUAAAUAUGAGGAAGAAUAUGUGGUCCGCCAAGGUGGUGUCAUCCUACUGUCUGUGCCCAUCAAAGGCAAACCUAUACCUACAGCUAAGUGGACAAAGGACGGUCGUGACAUCUCUCAUCGUGCCAUGAUUGCAACCCAUGAUGACAUCACUGAGCUGGUAAUCAAAGAGGCGCAUAAAGAUGACACUGGUACCUAUGACUUGGUGCUGGAGAACAAAUGUGGUAGGAAAGCUGUGUACAUCAAGGUGAAAGUGAUUGGUCGACCUGAUGCUCCAGAAGGUCCUCUUGAAUUUGAUGACAUCCAAGCUAGGUCAGUACGCGUCAGCUGGAGACCACCUUCUGACGACGGUGGAUCUGACAUCCUGGGCUACAUAGUAGAAAGGCGGGAGGUACCAAAGGCCGCCUGGUACACAGUGGAUGCCCGAGUAACUGAGACCUCUCUGGUGGUAAAGGGCUUGAAGGAGAACGUGGGGUACCACUUUAGGGUAUUUGCUGAGAACCAGUUUGGUGUAAGCAGAUCCCUGAAAUCAGAUGGCGCUGUUCUGCCAAAGACACCUCUAUGUCCACCUGAACCUCCCAGUAACCCACCAGAGAUAAUGGACGUUACCAAGACCACUGUGUCUUUAUCCUGGGCCAGACCCCGGGAUGAUGGCGGCUCUCGCAUCACAGGAUACUACGUUGAAAGAAGAGAGAUUUCCACAGAGAAGUGGGUCCGUCACAACAAGACUCACAUCACUACCACCAUGUUCAAUGUCACCGGUCUUAUACCCAAUGCCGAGUACAUAUUCAGAGUGGUGGCUCAAAAUGACAUUGGGCAGAGUGAACCUGGUCCUGCCUCAGAGCCAGUGGUCUGCAAAGAUCCAUUUGACAAACCCAGCCAACCGGGAGAAAUUGACAUCAUCUCUAUUACGAAAGACAGCAUCACCAUCCACUGGCUCCGGCCAGAACAUGAUGGCGGAAAGGAGAUCCUAGGUUACUGGAUUGAGUUUAGGGAGGCUGGAGAGAGCGCUUGGAAGAAGUGCAACAAGGAGCUCUCCAAGGAUCGUCAGUUCACCAUGGGUGGAUUGAUGGAGGCCACAGAGUACGAGUUCCGAAUCUUUGCUGAAAAUGAGGCUGGACUCAGCCGACCUCGUCGCACACCCAUGGGCAUUAAAACCAAAUUGAGCGUUGGGGAAGCUCCAGCUUUGAAGGAAGAGGUCCAAGAUGUAACCACUAAGCUUGGCGAGUCUGGCACUCUAACAUGUGGAAUCAUCGGCAGACCUUUGCCUGAGAUCAAGUGGUAUCGAUAUGGCAAAGAACUGAUCCAGAGCCGCAAGUACAAGAUGAGCUCAGAUGGCCGUAACCACUCCCUCACCAUUCUGACAGAGGAACAGGAAGACGAAGGAGUAUACACCUGCAGGGCCAUCAACGAGGCUGGAGAAAUAGAGACAAGCGGAAAACUACGCUUGCAGGCAGCGCCCCAAUUCCACCCCGGCUUCCCGCUAAAAGACAAGUACUACGCUGGGGCUGGUACCAGCCUCCGCCUCCAUGUAGUCUACAUCGGCCGUCCGAUCCCCCAGAUCAUGUGGUUCUAUGGCAAGAAACCUCUGAAUCCAUCUGAGAAUGUAAUAAUUGAAAACACUGAAAGCUACACCCACCUGGUUGUGAGGAAUGUCCAACGAAAAACCAACGCUGGUCGCUACAAGGUGCAGCUUAGCAAUGUGUUUGGAACUGUUGACACCUCGCUGCGUGUUGAAAUCCAAGACAAACCUUCUAUCCCUGAGGGUCCCAUAGUUGUCGAUUCCCUUCUGAGAAACUCAGUCGUAAUCAGCUGGAAGGUUCCAAAGGACGAUGGAGGGUCCGUGAUUACCAACUACAUUGUGGAGAAAUGUGAAGCCAAAGAGGGUGAACAAUGGUGCCUGGUGUCCUCUUCUGUUCCGGGUACCACCUGCCGUGUUCCCAACCUGAGUGAGAGCUCUGGAUACUACUUCAGAGUCUCUGCACAGAACCAGUAUGGUGUGAGUGAGCCUCUGGAGAUUCCAUCUGUAGUCAUCAUUAAGAGCCCAUACGAUAAACCUGGAAUCCCACAGCAGCCGUUCAUCAUCAGUGCCACCAAAGACUCCUGCGUCGUUUGCUGGAAGCCUCCAAGUAGUGAUGGAGGAGCGAAAAUCACCAGCUACUUCCUUGAAAAACGCGAGAAGAAGCAGAACAAAUGGAUGUCCGUAACAACCAAAGUAUUUACAGAAACCAGCUAUGAAGUCACAGGCUUGAUUGAGGGCUUUGAGUAUGAGUUCCGUGUGAAGUGCCAGAACAUCGGUGGCGAGAGCGACUGGUCUGAGAUCUCUCUGCCCGUUAUACCCAAGUCAGAACAGGCUCCUCGUGCUCCUGCAUUCAGGGAGGAGAUCAGAGACAUGACUGUGAAAUACCACAGCAAUGCCACCUUUGUCACCAAGGUCGUGGGUCAUCCAAAGCCUGUGGUUAAAUGGUAUCGCAGUGGAAAGGAGAUCCUGGCAGAUGGAACGAAAAUAAAAGUGCUUGAGUUUAAGGGUGGCUACUACCAGCUGGUCAUCAAUGCCGCUGAUGAGAAUGAUGCCUCAGUAUACCAAGUUAGAGCAACCAAUCCCUCUGGAUCUAUCUCUACAACAGCCAACCUGGAGGUGGAAGUCCCUGCAAAGAUACACCUCCCUAAAGAACUGCAGGGAAUGGGAGCCGUUCAUGCUGCACGCGGCGAUCACAUCACGAUCAAGAUUCCCAUCUCAGGAAAGCCAGAGCCAGCGGUUACUUGGCAGAAGGGUCAGGAGAUCCUCUCCAACUCUGCCUAUCACCAAGUUAUCACCACAAGGUCCUUCACCUCCCUUGUGUUCCUAAAGGGAGUACAAAGGAAGGACACUGGCUACUACAUCAUCACUGCUAAAAACAGAUUUGGAGCAGACAAGCAAACAAUUGAGGUGAAUGUGGCUGACAUUCCUGAUGCUCCAAAGGGACUUGUGGUCAGCGACAUUUCACGGGAUUCUAUUACCCUCACCUGGGAACCACCUGCCAACGAUGGUGGCAGUGACAUUAUUAGCUACAUUGUAGAGAAGUGCCCGACCACUGCUGACAGAUGGAUCCGUGCUGGUCAGACCGCUGACUGCAGUAUCACCAUUGUCAGUGUAUUUGGAAAGACCAAAUAUCAGUUCCGUGUUAUCGCAGAGAACCAGUUUGGCCUCAGCCUUCCAUCUGUUCCAACCGAACCCAUCACCACCAAGGAAGACAAGUCUGUGAUCAGGAACUAUGACGAGGAAGUGGAUGAAACCAGAGAGAUUACCAAGGAAGAAGCUUUGUUCUACAAGGUGAAGGAGCUUUCUUCCAAAUACAUCAUCUCAGAGGAACUUGCCCGGUGCCAGUUCGGAGUGGUCCACCGCUGCGUGGAGAUUGCCACAAAGAAGACUUUCAUGGCCAAGUUCAUAAAAGUCAGAGGAACUGAUCGUGAGUUAGUUCUGAGGGAGAUAGAGGCCCUUAACAUUGCAAGACACAAGAACAUUAUCUACUUGCAUGAAUAUUUUGAAAGCAUGGAAGAGAUUAUCCUGAUCUUUGAAUUCCUCUCUGGAGUUGAUAUCUUUGAGCGGCUUGGCACCAGCAACUUUGAGCUUACAGAACAGGAGAUUGUCCGCUACCUGAGGCAGGUUUGCUCCGCUCUCCAGUUCUUACACAGCCAUAACGUUGGCCACUUUGAUAUCCGCCCAGAUAACAUCAUCUACACCACAAGGAGAAGUCCCAAUAUAAAGAUUAUUGAGAUGGGCCAGGCCAGGCUGUUGAUCCCAGGAGAAAACAUCAGAAUGCUGUUUUCAGCUCCAGAGUAUUUUGCGCCAGAGGUUCACCGCCAUGAUCUGGUCACAACAGCCACUGAUAUGUGGUCUGUUGGUGUUUUGGCAUAUGUUUUACUCAGUGGUCUUAAUCCAUUUGCCGCAGAGUCUACAACAAAAAUGAUUGAAAACAUCUCCAACUGUGAGUACAUAUUUGAUAGGGAAGCAUUUAAAGACAUAAGCUCGGAGGCCAUGGACUUUAUAGACAGACUUCUCGUUAAGGACAGGAAGCUCCGUAUGACUGCUCAUGAAGCUCUAGAGCACCCAUGGCUCAAAAUGAAGAUUGAGCAUGUCAGCAACAAGGUCAUCAGGACACUGAGACACAGAAGAUACUAUCAAUCACUAGUAAAGAAGACAGAUACGAUAGUAUCAUCAGCCCGUGUGGCAUUCGGAGGUGCCUUCAGAAACCAGCGUGGACUGGCUGUUGGUAAAGUUAAGGUUGGAACCGAAUACUGUGGCUUGCGUGCUGGACCUGUCAUGCAUGCCUCAGCUGAGGAAGGUGGCCACGUCAGAUUUACUUGUAGCAUUGUUAACUAUGACAAGAGCACUCAGGUGUCUUGGUACUUUGGUAACCGUCAAUUGCAUCCGAGCCCCAAGUAUGAGAUUUCUUACAACAAUGGCUUUGCCAGCAUUUAUGUGAAGGACAUUGAAGAGUCUGAUGAUGGCGUCUAUAGAUGCAAAGUGGUGAGUGAUGAUGGAGAGGACAGUGCCUAUGGAGAACUCUUCGUCGAGACUGUGAGGAGUCUCAGGGAGCAUUACGUUAGCCGUACCAUCAAGAAGCUGAGGAGGAGGGUUGACAGAACUAAACUUCUGCAGAGACCACCGGAGUUUACCUUGCCUCUCUACAACCGCACCGCCUACAUUGGUGAGGAUGUGCGCUUUGGUGUCACUAUCACUGUGCAUCCAGAGCCUCAUGUGACCUGGCUGAAGAAUGGAGAGCAAAUAAAGGAGGAGGUUGGCAAGUACACAUUUACAAGUGAUAAGGGCUUAUAUCAACUGAUGAUUCAUAAUCUGGAUAGUAGUGAUGAUGCCGAAUACACAGUCAUGGCAUACAACAAGUUUGGAGAAGACAGCUGCAAGGCUCGUCUGACUGUCAUACCUCAUCCUGUGCUAGAGGAAACUCUGAGGCCCAUGUUUAAGCGUUUGCUGGCUAACAUUGAGUGCACAGAAGGAGAGAGUGUCCGCUUUGAACUCAGGGUGUCAGGAGUUCCCACUCCCACUCUUAAAUGGGAAAAAGAUGGACUUCCACUACAGUUUGGUCCCAAAGUUGUUGUUAUUGAACAAGACAUUGAUUAUCAUGUCCUUCACAUCAGGGAAACUCUGCUUGAGGAUGCUGGUGUGUACAAAGUCACUGCGACAAACUCUGCUGGGUCUGCAAGCUGCCAGACUACUUUGAAAGUGGACCGCAUCACAUACACCAGAAGAGAGUACAAGAGCGAGGAGGAGAAACACAGACAUGUCCAGAAACAGAUAGAGAAGACCAACAAAAUGGCUCAGCAAAUUGCAGCUACUGAGGAACUUGUACCUCUGAAUCCCACUGCACAGGAGGCCCUGAAAUUUGCUGCAGAAGUGUACAAACCUGCAGUAAGCACAAAGAACAUUGAGGGCGAAUUUGACAUCACAGAGGAGAAGACAGAGACAAAGAAGCUGGAGGAGGAGAGGCGGCUUUUCAUGCCAUAUGAGAUUCCUGAUCCUGUGGUUCAUGAUCGAAAAGCUCUCGAUGAGGACAAAGCUAUUAAGCAGUUUGUGCCUCUCUCUGACAUGAAAUGGUAUCGCAAACUACGAGAUCAGUAUGAGGUCUCAGAGAGAACAGAGAGGAUUGUUCAGAAGAGGCAGAAACGUAUCCGCCUGUCCAGGUGGGAGCAGUUCUAUGUGGUGCCCCUCCCCAGGAUCACUGACCAAUACAGACCCAGAUGGCGCAUUCCCAAACUGACAAUGGACGAUUUGGAGACUGUUAGACCUGCCCGCCGAUCUCCAUCCCCUGAGUCGGAAGCCUCCUUCAGAUCCAGGAGGAGGUCUCUGGGAGAUCUCAGUGAUGAAGAGCUGCUGAUGCCUGUGGAUGACUACCUGACAAGAAGGAGAUCAGAGGAGGAGACGAUGAUGCUGGAAGAUGAGCUUGAGCUCGGCUUCUCAGCCUCUCCUCCUGGAAGUCCUAUUCGAGUUCAGCGACGAAUUACUGAACGUGAAGAGAGGAGACAGGACGUCAUGCAUGAGGCUGCUGAAGUUACAGAGACCAAGAAGAAACGAACCAUUUCUCAGUACAUGAGAAGGAGAAGGUCUCUAUCUCCUACCUACAUUGAGCUGAUGCGUCCAGUCUCAGAGCUCAUCCGACCACCCCGAGCCAGAGCUGUGGAUACUCAGGGAGAGAUUGUCGAGAGAAGGUCACCAACUCCAGAGAGGACCCGUCCUCGUUCUCCCAGUCCUAUCAGAUCAGUUGAGAGGUCUUCACGCUCUUCGUCCAGAUUUGAGCGGUCCGCACGUUUUGACAUCAUGUCCCGUUAUGAAGCCAGGAAAGCUGCUCUUAAGUCUGAGAGGAAAUACCAGGUAGUCAGUCAAACACCUUUUAGCUUGGAUCAUGCUCCUCGUGUAACUGUCAGGAUGCGGUCUCAUCGCAUACCAAUUGGUCAGGAUACAAAAUUCACCCUAAACAUCCAGGCAAAACCAGAAGCUGAAGUAACAUGGUUCCACAAUGGUGCAGAAAUCUCUGAAAGGACGGAGAAAUACAUCUUCACAAACAUGAGUGGUGUUUUGUCCAUUACUAUUCUGGACUGCCAGGAAGAAGAUAGUGGCACAUACCGCUGCGUGUGCACAAACUCAAAGGGCGAAGCAUCAGACUACGCCAUCCUGGAAGUGUCAGGAGGCGGAUACACCACAUUUUCUUCCCGUCGCAAGGAUGAAGAAGCUCCUAAAGCAUUUGUGCCUGAAGUCACGCGUAUUGAUCACUAUCACUCCACUCACUUCAAAGCCGGCUACACUUCCCAAACCUAUCUGGAAGUCGAAGAAAGCAAGUCAAAGCUAACUGAGACACGUAGUGUUGUAACGCAGGAAAGAAUCGGUGCCUCAUCUGAGAGAUUCUCUUCUACUGAGAGGUAUGACUCAUCUCUCAAGUAUGCCUCCACUGAAUACCUCUCCUCAAGUUCCUCAUAUUCCUCAGAGAAAUAUUCUUUAACUGGGAAGCAUGCAACAUCCGAAGAGAAACUAAAAUCAUCCUCUAUUGCUGCUGCUCCUGAACAAGUUUCAUUGCCCAAAGAGAAACCAUCUCUUCCUGCUAAAAUCCUCACCAAGCCACAAUCCGUGACAGUUGCAGAGGGAGAGACAGCCCGGUUUUCCUGUGACAUCGAUGGGGAGCCUGCAGCAACUGUGACAUGGAUACAUGAAAGCCAAACCAUUGUAUCAUCUCACCGUAUCCAUGUCUCCUCAACUCAGUACAAGUCCAGCCUGCAGAUCUCAUCUGUGAACAGCUCUGAUGAGGGCAGUUAUACAGUGGUGGUAGAGAACUCAGCAGGUAGACAAGAGGCACAUUUUACUCUCACAAUCCGCAGGCCACCACCUAAGGAGGAAGUCAAAGCUGUCAAAUCCACUGAGCCACCUGUAAAAUCCCCUGAGCCCCCAACUACAUCACCUGCUCCUUCCAUUACUUCGCCAGUUCCUAGUGUGAAGUCACCAGAACCCAGUGUGAAAACCCCUGAACCAUCAGUCACAUCUCCAACUCCAAGUGUAAAGUCUCCUGAACCAAGUGUAAAAUCUCCCACUCCCGGAAUCAAAUCCCCAGCUCCAAGUGUAAAGUCCCCUGAACCGCCUGUAACAUCUCCCACCCCUGGGGUUAAGUCACCAACACCAAGUAUAAAGUCCCCUGAUCCGGACGAAGCAAAAUCUCCAAAGGGCAUCAAAUCUCCAGAGCCAUCCACACCCUCUCCUGCACGAGGUUUAAAAUCUCCAACUCCUGGAGUAAAAUCUCCUGAACUGGAAGGAAUUAAAUCUCCACGUGGGAUCAAGUCUCCAGAACCCAGACUGAAGUCGCCUCCGCCAGUCAAAGCCCCUGGAGGUCUGAAGUCACCAGAACCUGAGGAAGCAAAAUCUCCCCGAGGCGUGAAAUCACCAGAGCCUGCAGGUAUCAAAACACCAAGGGGUCUGAAGUCCCCAGAACCUGCAGGGAUCAAAACACCAAAAGGCAUCAAGUCUCCAGAACCUUCGGGUAUCAAAUCUCCAAGGGGGUUGAAGUCUCCUGAGCCUGAGGGAGUCAAAUCACCUCCGAGGGUUAAAUCACCUCCCCCCAUUUUGUCUCCAAAGAGGGUUGUGUCUCCCCCGACUGUCAAAUCCCCAACCCCAAAACCUCCCAAAGUCCUCAGUCAGCUAACAGCUGAGGCCUGCGAGGGUUUGGUCCAGAUGUCCUGCAUCUGUGAGAGCAGUGUCAGGGAGGUGGCAUGGUACGUCAGUGGCAGGAGGCUUUCACAGAGCAGCCGCUUUCAGAUGCAAUACUCUGAGGGUUCCUGCAGACUCCUUAUCCAUGAGCUGUCAGAGAGUGACCAGGGAGAGUACACAUGUGAGAUGACCUCGGAUGGAGGAGUAUCCAAAUCCACCUUCUCAUUUACUGGUCAGGUUUUCCAGUCCAUAUACAAAAAGGUGUCAGCUUAUCGUGAGCAGCAAAUUGCGCUUAAAGCAGGAUCAGUGAUGAUGAGUCACCAGGAGUCAUCCACAAAGGCCUCAUCUCUAAGGACAAAGAAAGAAACCCACAUGGUGGAGGAGUCCUCUGCCUUUUCCUCCUCUGCCCAUCAGGCGAUGAUGUCGUCCAUGAUGGAGUCCAGCUCCUUCAGCAGCAUGGCAGCGGAAAUGAAGUUCGAGACCAUGUCAAUGUCCAGCAUGUCCUCCAUGACAUCGGAGACAUAUGCCAAGAGCUCCAGCAGCUUGACAGAAAUGAUGUCACAUAUGGAGGGAUCCUCAAUCAGAGCAAUUGGUUCUGCUCCACGGAUCGAAGCUCUGCCAGAAGACAUCAGCAUAGAGCCAGGCAAAGUCCUGACGGUCGCCUGCGCCUUCUCUGGCGACGCCAAACACAUAGAGUGGUCCCGCAGUGGUAAAACAAUCGACGUGUCCACAGGUGGACGAUUCCACAUCGAGACCACGGAGGACCUAACCACCCUCAUCAUCACUGGGGUGAAGCCGGAGGAUGCCGGAGCCUACACCCUUAGGCUGUCCAACGAGCUUGGGUCGGACUCCGCAACCGUUCACAUCAGCAUUCGAUCGUAAAAGAAAAACCAAAACAACCUGAUAUUUCAAAACUUCCCCUUUUCCCUUCUUCCUUGACUUUUUAUUUAUUGAUUAAACACAGUAGUCUUCUUGAUAAGGAUCUGAAAUAUUCUUGUAAAUAGGAACUAUUUUUGUACCAAACCUGACGUUAAUUUAUGCCAAACUAGACUAAAGUCUAAAGUUGUAAAAUGUGCCAUAUUGGAUAACUCUGACUUCAUUUUUCUGUGACAUGUACAUAAUGUAUAUAGCCGAGUUUACCGGUUAUGGGAAAUGUAUGCAUUGUUAUUUAUGACAAUAAUAUUAACUGAAACUAAAAGGAACUAAAUAUAGUUUAACAGGAGAAAGUUUCAGCUGGAACGAAUACCCUGUUAAACUGGGAAACUAAACUCUGUGCCUCAACAAUAAGUUGAAGUCUAAGUUUGCCUCAACAGGUAGAGAGGCUCCCUGUUGAUGUUAUGAACCAGAGACAAAACUAUCAGCGCGCCACCGCUAAGAGGGCGGUGCUUUAAUGAUGUAACAGGAGCAUGAGAUCCUGAGUGCUGUUUGCAUCUACCCUAAUGUAAGCAGGACGACUGGACCUCGCGCUCCGACGGAUUAUGUCAUAUCGCCACUUCUAUGACAAGCUCACAGUGCGAGCGGCCUGCACUCCCUGAGCUCAAAGCAUUUCAUUUGUUUGUUUUGUGCUCUGCUUCUGGAAAACGACCUCCAGCUCAGACUCUGACGUCGUUCCAUCAACCUGGCCAAUCACAUGAGUCCUGCUGGUGCUUGUUUUCAGAGGCAGAGCUGCCUCUCGGAGGUCUGCAGCGUGCUUUGUGUGUUAGUUUGUAGAGAUUCAGCCAACAGUUGUACAGCGUGGCACCAAGAACACGAGCAUCUGUGUCCAUCGACGCCUGCGGCACAGCGCCAUGAUGAAACAAAAGGUGUUCGUCGGGUGUCACCCUGACCCUUGUUGGAUUGAAGUUAGCUAUAGCUUUGAGUAUUUUCGCAGCCUCCUUGAGUUUUUUUCUGCAAUUCUUGAUUUAAUAAAGCAUGAUCAUCAGCACUACA